CGGCCGCCACGCCGGCUCGGGCCGUGCCAUUUAGCAAAGUUCGGUGGGGAGGGUAGGUGGCGGAAGAGAAACGCAAGGAGACAAAGAGAGGGAGGGCGGGACGACAGGCAGAGGAAAUUAAACCCUAUAAGGAGAUGGAACGAUACUGGGCGAAGGGCAGGGGCGAAAGGCAACGUUAGGCCCCUGGUGACGAAUGGUUGCUCUGUCCCCCCCCUCCAACCAAUAGGCGAGUGGUUCGGCCGGGACAAGAUGGCGGCGGCUGCGCGCCCAAAGAAGGAGAGCAUGAAAGCGGCAGGUAACGGGAGGUGGGAGAAAGUGGGGCGAGUACCCCGUCCCAUUGAGAGAGGCGAUGAAAAGCAGCACGCUGAUUGGCUGACCGGCUUCCCCUUCCUCGUAUAGCUUUAGGGGUGCACUUUGAUUUGCCCCUUUCCCAUUGGGGAAAAACAGAGGAGCCCGCUGAUUGGCUAGCAGAUUCCCUUCACACACACCCCCAACUCGCGAACUGUGGUGCCAACUGCCUCUGCCCCUUCCUUAUUCUAACGCUAGGUUCUAGAAGGUUCCAUUGGCUCCUCUCCCUGCAACUUGGCCUCUCUUGACAUAUUAAAUGCUGUAAAUAUAUAAGGUGGUUUGUUUUUUAAUCACACACCAGUGCCCUCAAGAAGCUUCCCAGACAAACUGCUAAAAUAAAUUGAUAAUUUCCAUGGAACACCCCACAUAUUAUAUUAUUAUUAUUAUUAAAUUACCGCCAUAUACUAUAACAGUGGUUUGCAACCUUAAAUUUUGAGUCCAUGGCUCCGUGACCCCUUGGCCUGCAGAUCCGGCAGCCCUUCGCCCCUUUUUUGAACACCUUCCCUUAUGGAUGGACGUUUCCCUCAGCCUCUUCUCCUCCCCUCCUUGGGAGUCCUGGGCAGCAGCCUCCACCACUCCAAAGAGAAGUGCCUCCUUGUGCCUCUCCACAGGGGCCUGGGGAAAAGAUGCCCCCAGCCUUAAGCAGCCCGACAGAGAUUGACCAAAGAUGAACAUGAAGCCAGCUCCUUAACUUGGGAGGCAGCAGCGGCCGCCGCUCGGCCUGCAUGACGGAAAGGCGCCCCUUCUGCGCCGGGCACUCACCUCCCAGGCAGGCGUUGCCCACAGCAUGCGCAAGAAAGGCCAACAUGCUGCCUGCUUGCCUGCCUGCCCGGCCUCCCACUUGCCUACCCGUUCCCAACAGCAAGGGCUGGCGGGCCGGCCGCCUGGGCUCCCUCAGUCACCCACUAGCUUGCAUGCUCCGAGGCAGCCUCGGUUUCUGGCAGCUGGCACCCCCUGGCAAGCCCGAGAGGCACCAUUGGCACUGGGAGCUUGUAGCCAAGGCUUCUGCAACAAACAGCUGCGCAAGCCUUUGGGAGGCAGAGAUGCAAAAGGGUAUCCAAGGAGGGAGAAAAGAGGGACAGAGGCUGGUGUUGCCCACGGCACCCUUGACCAUCCUUCAAGGCACCUGGGGUGCCAUGGGACACUGGUUGAAAACCCCUGCCCUAUACCAUCGUACAAACUUAAAAGAAAAUAGCCCACCCUGGCCAGUAAGAUGAAGUUAAGGCAGUACAUCAAAAUAAGACAAGUUCCUAACCCAGGUAACCAUUUAUAGAGAAGGCAAUUUAUAUAUAGUUUAUGCUAACCAAAAAGUUUCAUAAUGUCAAGGGAGUGCUCUGUUUCUCAUUUUUGGCCGUGUAUAAAUGUAAUAAAGCUGUACCGAUUAGUUGUGGAGGAGUCUUUUUGUGCCAAACCUUGUGCUGGUUUUAUUAUACUAUUUCCCACAAGUGCUGUUUGCCACAAGAGCACAAAGGAAAGUUUUUUUAAAAAUAAAUAUUAGUGUUCCAAAAACUUGGUUUUAUUGAUUUUUGAAUGGUACCUCUUCAGUUCAGAUCUGUUGAACAUAAUAAUAAGGAUGUGUGGGUGGAAAUGGGAGCUUGGCUAGGUUACUAGGUCUGAAUGUAAGAUUAUGGAGGGUAGUGAUUAAUGGAUAUCCAUGAGGUUGUACAGUAAUGCACGAUAUACAUAAAUAUUCUUAAGUCAGAUAUGUAGGUUAAUAAUACUUAAAUAAUAGUCGUAUGGUAAACAUAUGUAUGUACGAAUACAUCGGGUUGAAGUAGCUUCAGGAUAAGUAUUUUCGGGUUGCGCGCUGCGUUACUUCCGGGUUUCGCCGCUUACGCAUGCGCAGAGGGUCAAAAUGACAUCAUGCGCAGAAGCGGUGAAUCGCUGCACGCGCAAACAUACGGACGCGGUUUGCGUUAGCUUCUGGAUGCGAAUGGGGCUCCAGAACGGAUCCCGUUCGCAUCCAGAGGUACCACUGUACUUAACUUUAAAAGGUAAUAUUUGCACACUGAUUGGUACAGUGAAGACAUACCACCUAAUUUUAUAUAUAUAACCACAGUGACUGCCUGAGAUUUUACAUUCUCCACUUCCCUCCCUCCCUUCCUGGUUAAGUCAAACCAUAGUUUACUGUUAUGUUCAGACUGUGGCAUACAUUAAGGAUGUGGAACUCAAUACCCUUCAGAUGCUGUUAAGACUGCAACAGUAUUAUUAUUAUUAAAAUGUUCCUGCUUUUUUCUCAGGCAGUGAAGAGCAAGAGUGGGAUUCCCUUCAGCUAGUGUAUUAUUAUUAUUUCCCCCCCUAUGUGAUGACUUGCCCAUAGUGUCAUGAUGAUUUGCAGUUCUGUAGAACUCAAAAAGCUUGCUUGCCAUUUAAUUUAUUGCACAGUUUCCUCCAACCCUUCCUCCAAGCACAUGGUGGCUGACAGCACAGAAUAUACAAUGUAAUAUAAAAAUAUAUACAAGAAAAGCAGCCUAAAAUGAAAAACACAAAUCAACAACACUAAGAGCCCCUCCAGAUUUUCUUUUUACUGCACAUUCAUUACGAUUUAUGUUCAUGAUGCUAUUUGGGCAGUCAUACACAUUCCUGCUUUCAGUUCCCUUUGUCCCUAUAAACGUUUUGGGGCAGUCACACUGCUUCAUUUUCAAUCUGUGCAUGCUCAAUACCACAAAUGCUCUGGUUUAUUUUUGUCCCGCUUUUGGUUUGCAAUAGUCCCUCUGCAUAGCAAUAAUGUGGCAUUAGGGAAUCAUCGCAGAACAAACCAAAGUAGAUUAAAUCCACCCCUAAUUCUUUAUUGUUGGGUCGAGAAUAUGUUGUAGAAUACACCUGUAAUAAAAUAGCAGUCUGGAGAGCGCCUAAAUAGUCUGCUCCAACUUCAGAAGGAACAUUGGCUUAAAAAACAAAGGCCUAGAUGAAUAGAAAAUUGAUUUGGUCUUGAAGAAAGCUAAUGCAGAGGACAAUCUCUCGGGAUGGAGCUGUAAAUUGGGUGCCACCACCAAAAACGCCUUGUCUCACAUUGCUGUCUUGUGCAUGGUGCAGGUCAUAAGUAUUAUGGCCAGGGGCCUCUCAGUUGACUGCAGGGCUUGGGGCAGGAAGUAUUGCGGAAGGGUGCUCCUUCAUGUAUCAAGGUUCCAAGAGGGAAAGUGCUCUUGUGCUUGGAUCUUGCUUGCUGGUUUCCCUUUGAGACAUCUGGUCGGCCACUAUGAGAACAGGAUGCUGGGAGGCCUUGUUCUUGACAUUCCUUGUAGUGGGUCUUACUCUCACAUUUACCUGUCCUGUUUCUUUGCUGAUUCCUCUGCCAGUCAAAAAUGCCCCCCCCCCAUUGGUAGGACUUCAACCUUGAUCCGAGGCAGACCUGCACUGCCCACCCACCUCCCAUCCCAAGGAAGUUAUUUAGGUACGGAUGGUUCCUGUCCUCAUUGAAGUGAUGGGGCCAAGGCCUGCACUGCAUACAUACAGCCUGGCUUCGGCUUACAAUGCCUGCAUACAUAAGACUCAUGUUGAUUUUAUCUAUGCAGUCAGAAGACUGACCCCACUUCUUGGGACUUUGGCAAGGUGUGUGUGUUUGUGUACCUCCCUAUUCCCAAACUAGGGCAGGAGGGGUGCUUGGAAGAGGGAAAUCUCUGACAAUGCGGAAGGCAGAAGAGGGAAAAGAAAGCUAUAGAAAGGCCAGCAAGAAGAGGAUGUGAAGGUGCCCCCUUCCACCUGAGCUGGAGCUGCAGGCAUAUUUCAUUUGUACAGACGAGCUCUAGAAACCCCAGCAUGUCAUCUAUGAAUGUGCACAGUGCUGGUUUUCCCGGUGGCAGGUCAGCUGCCUGCCCUUGAAUGACUUAUCUGGCUUCGUCUCCAGGCAGGGCUAAUUUGGCAGUGAGUCAUCCUUAGACUCCUCAGCUGGAAAGCGAGAGGAUUUCUGGAUGCCCUAGCCCUGCAUUUGCCCAGCAAGCCUGUGUUUUUCACCGUUACUGCUCUGUUUACACACGCACCCACCUCCUUCCUGGUAAAAUCUUCCUAUACAUUGUGUGAAAUCAGGUGGCAAUAUUUAUUUUAGAUUACCCCCUUCCCCCUCCUUUUUUUUACUGCCCUUUACAAUACAAAAUUCCCAGGGUUGUCAAUGUAAAAAGAAAAUGCACAAACAGUUAUGAUACAUAUAGAAUUCUGUUUACAAAUGACAGUGAUGGAGUUGGAAAUCACAUUCCUGGAUGCUGCUGCACGUUUCUUUUUCAUAUAUUUCUUACCAAGUUUUAAUAGCAACAGACAUGCUUCAGGAAAAACAAACAAACAGAAGAAGUAGUAUAGGUUGUCACAACUGCAAAUAAAAAAGUAUAGGAUUCAGCUCUGCGAUUUACCUAGUCAGUAAUAAAACAUACAGAGAGGAAAAGAGUGUGUGGUCUACAAUAAGAAAGUGUUCCAUGGUCUAAAGGAAAACAACAUCCCACCCCCAAACACCCAAAGGAUAAAAAAUAAUCUUUGGCUGUUCAAAAUCCGGACAUUUGCAUAGAUUUGUGGAACCUAAUGCUUCUGAGCCACUUUAUUUGUAUGUAUGUAAAAUAGAAUUAGACAUUUGUUUUAGAUAAGGGGGGGGGGUUAACUCCAACCCCUGUACAUUUAGUAAACUGCUACAGUAGGAAGAAAGAUUUGGCCUCUAUUCCUGAAGUGCUAGGGGAGCACAAGUCCCUACUCCACACGCAAACACCCCUGUAGUCUGAAGUGAUGGAGAGCCUUUGUCAACCUGGUACUGUCCAGACAUUUUGGACUACAGCUGCCACCAGCCCUAGCCAGCAUGUGAGAAACAGGAUGCUGGACUAGAUGGACCAUUGGCAUGAUCCGGCAGGCUUUUCUUACAUUCUGCCAUGUUGCAAUUACUUCUUCUGGAAACUGGAAGAAAAUGCAUAGGCAGGAAGUGUGGAGCGUGGGCUCCUAUGCACAGCCAUCUCUGUCAGUAGAUAGUGAGGCAGCUGCUUUAAGCGGCAGAUGUCAAGAGGCAGGGAACAGCGGUGAGGUAAGUAUUACCUUCAGGCAAGAGUUUGUAAACUGGAACUAGCAAAAGCUUUGAAGGGGUUAUUGGACCUUGCCAAAUGCACCUUCAUAGCACAGGAAGACACAUGUGUAAUGGGAGGGUGGACCCAAAACGUUUCUUGAGUCAGAUUCCCUUUUUGUUUUUUGUUUCCCUUUGAAAGGCAGAAGUCUCUGUGGCUGAGGUGAAAACGGUGCCAGCAUUUCAGGCAGCAGGAUGGGGGAGUGGCAAAGGAUCUUUGUACAAAACUUGACGGUCCCUCCACACAACCAGAGGAGACGGCACUCUCCACCCAGGGAAUCAACGGCGUUUCAGUUCAUCCUGAAGUCUGUGGAGGGAGAUGCAUUGAAGCUGGUAAGAUACCCCUCCCAUGAAGACCAAGGUUGUUGUUUUUUAAAGAAAAAGUAUGUCUGUGCAGGGACAUUUGGGGCAUCGCCUCACAGCUGAGAUUAUUAUUAAGAUUAUAAUUAUUAUUUAUUAAAUUGUAAACUGCCUGUCAUCCGAAAUUCCUAGGGUUGUUCACAACAGAAAAAUACAAUAUGAGAAUACAAAAUACACAAUAAAACAAAAACGAACCCAUAACCCCAGGGCUUUGAUAGGCAUGUGAGUCAUAUGAGCCAGAAAGCCCGCCAGAGCUGUCUGGAAACCCAUUAGAUCCAUCAGCCUCUGAGGGCAGACCAUCCUAAUAGAUCCCCCAUCUCUGCAGAGAGGAAGGUGCUGAAAACCUAAAUCUCAACAGGGAGUGAUCUGACCAUGACAAGGGGCUGAUGUCAAUAAGAUGCCAAUACAAUAACAUUUAGAUGAAAUGCUCAUGGAGGACACCACCCCACCGAAGUGAAUCUAUGAUACUUCCACUGUCACAAAGAUAAUUCCCCACUAGCAUCAGUGUCUAUAAGUGGUAACCAUCACCAACAUCAAGUUGUUGGUGGGGAAAAAAGGUCUUUUUAAAAAAGGAGUUUGCAGUGUAGACGAUGACAUCAGGGACUUGAACUUGGGAACCUUGGGGUCUGUGGGUGGGGUCUGGCAUCGGAACUAUCUCAAGCAUGUAUUCUGGCAGAGAAAGAAAUAAUGUGCUCAGAUAGCCAAACAUCCUUCUGCUGCAGUUUAUAUUUUUAACUGGUGCUGCUAUUUGGUGUAAUCAUUUGUGUGCAUGUGGCUGUAUACAUAUGUACGCACUAGUGGCGAGUUCUCAGCCCUGCCUGGGAAUUUUUAGCAGCAGCAGGAGCAACAACAACAACAACGAUAAUGGCAUCUGUCUGUCUCAGGAGACAAUGGAAGAGUGUGCCUUCAGGGGUAAAGUCAAACCAUUGGAGAGUUACAGCGCCUGCUGUGGCUGUAGAGACCAAUACGGGAGGGACAUGUUUUAUUGCAGGUGGAGCAGAUGAAGGCGUCUGGUUUUGCUGCUGCAGGUGCAGUCUCUAUCUAUCUAUCUAAUUUGGCAUGGGACAUUCUCAAACCUACCUACAUUUCUAAACUACAUACCAUAGAACCUACUUCCCCACCCCAUCACUGAUUUCUCAUUAUAAUGGCAGAAUGAGAUCUGGCCAGCUUGCCUUGUCUUUCUCAUUUCCCCUUCAUUACCCUGUCUGUCUGUCUCCAGAAUAUGCGAUGCUGCUGGUGCAUCUCACUUAAAAUAAGUAGGAUUCACCUGUUAAAGCAAGCCUCUUUCAUGUAUAAGGGGGUGUGGGGUGGUAAGUGGGCAAGCUCAGCCCCUUCCGUACCACCUUGUGAAAGUAUAAAGUGGUUGAUUCAACUCCCAUCUACCUUAUCCAACCUGCAGGCAGAGACCUGAGAAGGUGAACCUGCCACUCUCUAGGCUGAAGUGUUCAGGGGUUUAAAGCCCUGUCCUGCUAAAUAAUGCAGAGCGACUAAAUCUUUAAUAGCACACUUGGUAAAGUCUCUCUGCUCUAAUCCUGGCCUUGCUGAUGGUAUUGGAGAUGAGGGGCAGCUGGGAGUUAAAAUACCUUCUUGUGGAUCGGGGGUCAACGCUGAAUGUACGUGGGCUGACCCAGGCCCUAAAGGGAGGCCCUGUGCUCACACCCUCCUCUGCCAUGGUCCUGUCCCUUUUAAAUCAAGUUGGGAUGGAAAAUUGCUCACUGAUUAUUUUGUAAGAUAAAGAAACAAUAAGCAAAAGAGAUGCCACAUGUGUUUAAUGCACAUUUUAUAGGGUUUCUGUCUCAAAACACUGUUGCUGGUCUUCCGACUGGAGUGGGUUGUUGGAAGUGCAUGGCUUCAGGGCUCCAGUUUGUGCAGUGGCUGCCUCUUGCCAUCCCGGCUCAUUUCACAGUGGUGGAGAUCCGGGAAUGACAAAAUCUUUUUUUUUAAUAUAUAAAUAAUAUUUAUUAUUUUUCCAAAGACACUAAAAAAAGAAAGAAAAAGAAAAGAAAAAGAAAAACAAUACAAUGCAACACAUCAAAUUAACAAAACAAGACAAAGACAAUAAAAUAAAUCAAACAAUUUCAUUAUCCCAUCUUUCAUUCACUUAUUUCCACGACCUCCUCACACCUCCCUUUUUGUAUUCCACUUCUGUUAAUUAUUUCAGCAAUUCCUUUCCAUCUUCCUCUGUUUUCUAUCCUAUAAUUAUCUUAACUCAUUCUAACCUUAUUUUUCCUUUAAUACUCUAUUAACCUAUCUGUACUUAAUUCCUUAUAAUAUUUCUACUAAAGCCAUAUAACUUCAUUUCAACAUUUUUCUAACAUUCAUUAAUUUUACAAUAUUUCUGUAGAUAGUCUUUAAACAUUUUCCAAUCAGGGAAUGACAAAAUCUGUCAGUUUUGGUUUCUGACAGUUUCUUGUUUUUCCAAACCUAAAUUCAGGUCACCCACACUUGUGCAUCACUUUGUGCCUUUUUAGUGAAAAAAAAGUUGCCACAUUAAACUUCCUGCUUCCCUGGCUGUCUGAGGGUUCUACUUUCCCCAGGGCAGCAUGUAUAAAACUAAAGAAUCGGCAGCAAGUUACUUCCAUUUAAUAGCACCUAAAAACCUGGCCAAGGUGAGUUGUUCUUCUUGCUGUUAUUAUUUGUUAUGCACCACCCUUUCCCUGCUGAGAGCAUGAGACAGACAGGAAUAAAAACACAGCAUUAAAAGCAGGAACAGAACCACGAUGUAAAAUACAAGGUACAGUAAUAAACAACAUUAUGUUAUGCAAAUGGUGGCACUUCUCUUAUGCUCUAAAGCAGUGGUUUCCAACUGGUGGUCCACAGACCCCAGAGGGUCCACGUAACCCACCUAGGAGGGUCUGUGGCAUCAUUCACAUAACAAAAUAUACCAUAAAGAUAUUAAAAUUUUCUAAAGUAGGGAGUCUGUGACUUUGCUUUUGAAAAACCGGGUGUCUGCUGUACUAAUUGGGAACCUCUGCGCUCCUGGAACAAAUAGGUGACUUGCUGCAUCUUCUCUUAACUGUGAGGACUAGAAACAUGAUUUAUAAAUAAGUCUUUGCUCCAGCUUAAUUGGAUUUCUUCACCAAUAGCACAUGUCUCCUGCCAUGGCCAACCUUGUAAAUAUUUAAGAUGGAUGGGGUGGCUAAUCUUUUUUUUUUGGCCUAAGGGCUAUGGUCUGCUUCACAGCCCCCUGCCCCCCCCCGAAGCAGACUUUGAGGAUGCGUGAGGGUGCUUUAGAGAGGAGGGGAGGAAAGUGAAGCCCCAUUGCACAAGUAGAAGCCCAGGCUUACACACAGACUGCUUUGCGUAUAACCCAUUGACUGUAAUGUUAUUUUUAAAAUGAAAAUAAAAAGUGUAUUAUUAGAUGCCCAUUUAAAUUUGUAUGAGAAAAGCAAUCCGUGAAUAAUUUAAGCGGCGCUGAGUGCCAUGUUCACACAGAGAGCUGCUGUGUGGGCUCUUGACCUUACUAUCACCCAAGAGCGCUGCCUUAACUAUGCAAAUCUCUGUGUCAAGUUUUCAGGACGUGAGCCUGCUUUAAGCAGCUGUUGUGUAAUGUGCUAGUGGCUAAGACUUCCAGGGGCCAAUUGCUUUCUAUUUGACAGAGAGUGAGAACGUCGCCUUGUUUAAAAAUCAGAUGCAGUUAACUUUAAUUACUUUCCCUCUGAUUCUGAUACUGGCCAGCUGUUCCCUCUCUAUCCUGCCCUCUCAUAUUACUGUAAGAUAUUUUUUUUAAAAACUAUUUAAUCCUAACCUAGUUCCUAUUCGACCACAUUCAGCUCCCACCUUUGCAUGUGAUUUCCCACACCCAUGGCUGUCUUCUGUGCUAUCUCAUACUAUAUGGAACCCUGUGCCCCUUGUAAUUUAUGUUCUUCUGUGUACUUUGCCAGUUUUGCUAUAAACUUUUAACUCCCCAUGGGGAUAUUGCAAACGUGGGUUAGCAUUUUUAUAUAAAAUUUAUACACCCAGUUCUCUUUAAAGUGGAUAAGUAUAAACAUUCGUUAAGCCGCUAUCCUAUAUUCGUUUACCUAUAUUCGUUUACCUGGUGAGACCAGGAUGGGUAAGAAUUGGAGGGUUUACCUACUGACAACCAUGGGGAGCAGCCCGGCAGGUUAUGACAGGUAGCGUCUGGGCUGUGCGAGAUGGAGAAACAACCCAGAGGGAAAGCUACAGAUGAGGACUUGGACCCAGGGGAGGGUCCCAAAGGUGUGUCACCCCAGUGCUCCACCCGAACUCCUUCCAUGUCACCCAGAUGCUCUCUGCCCACUUCUCCACCAGCCUUUCCUCCGCCUCCAGCACCGCUGGAGCUUGCCCCUCGUCCAGCCUUUCAGGAGACACCCACCACCCGUCUGGUCCUGAGCCACUGGUGACACCUUCUACGUUACAUAGGUUGUGAAGAGUCCAUCACUGGCACAGACAGCUUAGGCUCAGCCCAUCAGAAGAUGUUCCCAUUUGCUUGCCCAGUCCAAAGAAAUAACCUGCUUGCCACACUGAAGUGGUGCCUUCUACAGUCUUUAUAUCAGGACGUAAGGGGGCAUGCUGUUUGUUGGAUCAAUGCUGUGCAUAACACCCCUUGGGCCAUUGAUCCUUGCUUUGCUUAUGUACUACACCGAUCUGAGCAUUAAAAAUUUUGGCAGAAAAUUUAACCUGAGAUUGAUUUCUUUAUACACCGGGAACCAGGACAUUACCUUGGAGUAAAGGUAAAGGUCCAGUUGCGGACCACUCUGGGGUUGUGGCGCUCAUCUCGCUUUAUUGGCCGAGGGAGCUGGCGUACAGCUUCCGGGUCAUGUGGCCAGCAUGACUAAGCCGCUUCUGUCGAACCAGAGCAGCGCACGGAAAUGCCGCUUACCUUCCCGCCGGAGCGGGACCUAUUUAUCUACUUGCACUUUGACGUGCUUUCGAAUUGCUAGGUUGGCAGGAGCUGGGGCUGAGCAACGGGAGCUCACCCCGUUGCGGGGAUUCGAACCGCUGACCUUCUGAUUCGCAAGCCCUAGGCUCUGUGGUUUAACCCACAGCACCACCUGCGUCCCUUACCUUGGAGUAAGUUCUACCAAAUUCAGUUCAUCCUACCCUUCUGAGUAGGCACAUCUCAUAUACCAGUUAGUUUACGGCAGCCUUUUCUGGCCUGGGGCACUCCAAAUAUUUUGGAUCACAACUCCCAUCAUCCCUGAUCAUUGACUGUAAUAAAUGGGGCUGGCGGGAGGACAGCAGGUUGGGGAAGAAGUAAUGUUGCAGUGUUUCCCAAACUUGGGUCUCCAGCUGUUUUUGGACCACAAUUCCCAUCAUCCCUGACCACUAGUCAUUCUAGCUAGGGAUGACGGGAAUUGUAGUCCAAAAACAGCUGGAGACCCAAGUUUGGGAAACCCUGAACUAGAGCAAGGAGAUUUGUUAAAAUAGGUGCAAAUAGUUCCCGUUCUCCUUAGGAUAGGCCCUCCUCUGUUUUGAUGGACAGACCAUGCUAAUCAGCUCACUACUACUGGCCUUGACAACUGUGUUCUGCCUCCAUGGUCAGAGGCAGCACUGUAAGAACAGGAUGCAUUGUUCAAUGGGCCGUUGGCCUGAUCCAGGAGGCUCCGCUUAAGUUUUUAACAGUUUGCUGCAAAUUCCAUUUGUAAUCUGAGAACUUGUAGAUGAACCCUGCAUUCUGCAUGUUGCUGGAAGGGCCACCUCCUCUGGACCCAUGCCUUGAGAGAGGCAAUGGAAUUUCCUAGUGCUGCACUCUCCAUCUUUAAGAACUUAAUAAGAAUCCUUCUCAACUAGACCAAAGACUUAUCCAGCUCAGUUUCCUGUUUCCCUGGAAACCACAGGAAAGGAGGGCGCUCUUGUGCUCAGGUCCUGCUUGCAGGCAUUCCAUAAUUGGCAUCUGGUUGGAUACAGUGAUAACAGGAUAUUGGUCUAUAUGGGCCACCGGCCCGAUCCAUUUGGUUCUUCUUACAUUCUCAUGGUUUGCUUUGGUCUACCACUGGCAGAGAGCAUUGGACGAAAUGUCGGACGUGGAAUUCCAGCUGCGCCUUUCCUUCUUUGAUGUCACCUACCACCAUUUCUUCGGGAAGACCUGGAGGAGUGCCACGAGGCCCCUUAAAGCUGGGCUGGGACAUCCCCCUGCUGUGGUCUUCCACGAGGUAAGGAAGAGAUGCUUUGAGUGAUGGCUGAAAUUGGGGUGUUGUGGGGCACAGGGUGGUGAAGUAGAAUUGGCCCAAAUCCACAGGGUGGUUCAAAAGCCUGUAGGCGACUCAUUAUUUCUGCAGUAGGGUGGGGAGUUCAUGCUUAUACCAUAAUAGACGUGAUGCUAAUUUGAGCUGUUUUUAAGGGCCUUCGACAGGAUGGGUGGAAAGCUGGGAUCAGGGAAGGCAGGGCAGGAAAAUCUACCUCCUUUGUACUUUCUGACAAGGUAACAGGACAGGGUUGAAGAGCUGAGAGUCCUGAUGGCCUGGUGAGGGCUCACGGCUUUGCUCUUUCAAAAAAGUUGGCACCUCAGCUCCAAAGAUGGGUUCAGUCUGUUCAUAUAUGGGUCCUGCUGCUUUUAUCCAUGUGAUGGUGGUUCCACUGCAUGUACAGAGGUUCCUGUUGAUGCCUCAGGGACCUGUGGAAGUUUAGAUCGCCAACGUGCCCCAGGAUUUCAGCAAGGACUAUGUUACAGGUUGCAAACAAUACUUUGCCAGUAUCAAUUAUUAAUAAUCAUAAUGAACUAGAAAGAUAGGUACGUGUCUGGGACGCGAGGUUAGGAAUGGGUCUCCUGCUGUAAAUCAUGCAGGCACCUGCCAUUGCAAUAUCUCCCCUUAACUGUAAUUGUAAUCUGGUGGGUGGUAUUGAUGUCACAGUGGAAAAAAAGUUCUUCCCUUACACUUUUAUUAAUAGCUUAAUAAACAUAAUACAUACGUCUCGGCUUCUUGGUUUCUGAAACUGGGACCAGAGAUUCUCUGCCCUCUUAGUCUCCUUCACCACCACGUUGGAAUCGUAUGAUGUUGGGGCUGGAAAGAUCCCGGCACCUGGUUGCUUGAGGUGUUAAAAAUCGUAUGCUGGUCUCUUUGGCGACCUCUUGCAGUCUUUUUGUAUGCUUUCUUCUCCUGAACUGCUCUGCCAGUGCGUGUGUUGGAGGUAUUGUCAGAAUACUCAAAUGGAGAGGAAGGCGAACCCCUUUCCCACUAGGGAUUGCAUAAGUGAAUUUUUCCCACAUCUACUGCUUUAGGAAGCUGCUAGUGUCUUGAUGAAGGCCGCAGCCCCUACUCCAGUCCCCAGCCUCAUCUCAGACCUAGUUGCAUGCCCGGCAACCAAAUAACAUGAAGGCAAGUGGGGAUUCGUAUCAGACCUGGAACCCGGGUGUUAUCAGUGAAUAUAGGUAGAGGUCAGCAAAACAUUGGCUAGCCUUGCUAGCCAACCAGCAGUUUGUGGUUUCCAGGAACCUCACCCUGAAGUCAGCAGGAGGUCAUGUGCAAUCCCGUAAGAAUGUAAAAAGAGCCAUUCUGGAUCAGACCAAUGGCCUGCCUAGUCCAGCAUCUUUUGUCUGCAGGAGAGCUUCUCUUGCAAGUUCCAGAGGUGUGAGAAGCCCAUUCUGCAGUAACUCAGAGCAGGGCUUUUAGUGUGCCUGCUCUUGUUCUGUGGAAUAUCAUCCCUAUUGUUGAUUUAUGUUGUGGAAUAUCAUCCAUAAUGUUGAGCUGGUCUCAACCAGAGCCAGGGCUUUUUCGGCUGUGGCCCCGAUCUGGUGGAACGCUCUGUCACAAGAGACUAGGGCCCUGUGGGACUUGACAUCUUUCCACAGGGCCUGCAAGACAGAGCUGUUCCGCCAGGCCUUUGGCCAAGGCACAGUCUGACCCCCUCCUUUGGUGAUCCUCGUAGAACUCUGGCCCAGUGGUUGCCAUUUGAUUUUGAAUAUUGAUUUUAGAAUGCUGUGUUACUUUUAUUGCUGUUAGCUGCUCUGAGCCCGGCUUUGGCUGGGGAGGGCGGGAUAUAAAUAAAAUUUAUUAUUAUUAUUAUGACAGGAACCCUGAUCUGCAAUUUCUGGAAACAACUGAAAAAACCCCCAGAUGCUAUAACCUUUCCUCAUAGAGCAGUUGCUCCAGCCCAUUGAUUUAGGAUGCCCCUUUAUGUGCUUUUGCUUAAAGGGCUGGUGAUCUCUUAGGAGUCGCUUGAGGUUAGAUGCUGGAGCCUGAAUGAUCACAGAUACAGCAAGCUAGGAUCCUAUGAUCCUGAGGCUUCAGUCAUCUGUGAUUCUAUGGCCAUACCAAUCACAGGGGGCAGAGUGGUGUGAUCUAUUCCUCUUAGCAGCUCAAGUGGAGGGUGGGGCACACCCAGACUUGGCUAGAUCACAGCCUUGGACCCUGCCGGAGUCCCUGAGCACAUGCUCCUUCCUUGGUAGUUUAUGUAUUUAUUGCAUUUCUGUCACACCUUUUUCUCCAAGGAGCUCAAGGUGGUGUACGUGGUUCUCCCUCCUCAUUUAAUCCCCACAACCUACCUGUAUCGAGAACUUUUUAAUGUUUGAUGUUUUUAUUAUGUUGGAAGUCAGCCAGAGUGGCUGGGACAGCCCAGUCAGAUGGGCAGAGUAUAAUAACAGCAGCAACAACAACAACAACAACAACAACCUGUGAGGUAGGUUAGGAUGAGAGCCAGUGACUGUUCCAAAGUCACCCAGUGAACUUCAUGGCCGAAUGGAAAUCUGAACCGUGGUUUCCUAUGUCCUAUUCCCAAAACACUACCCACUACACCAUGCUGUCUUUCCCCCACUCCCAUAUCACUUAUAGGUCUCUCAAUAUUCUCCUGGAUGUCCUGCCUUUCUUCUUUCCCCAUUUCUAGUAAUUUUAGCUGUAAAAGUAUACUCUUUCCCCGCUCCUCUCCAGAAUGAAGGGUUUGAACAGAACUGGGAUUUCUCUUGAGUGUAACUUGGUGGAAUUCUCUCCUGCAAGAGGCAGUGAUGGCUACACACUUUGAUGGCUUUAGAAGAGGGUUAGACAAAUUCCCUGAGUUACCCUGCACAUAAGUUGUCCGGGGCUUUGUAAAUGAGCAUGACUCGGUAUUGUGCCUCCAUUCUGUCUGUCUGCUUUACCCUCACCUCCCAGUCUAGUAAAUGAUAGAAUAGAUUUUAAAAAAAAUAAAAAUUCUCACUACUUGUCAUGCCUGAGAUCAGGCAGCAGAUGGUGCUCUUGCUCCAGGAAUGAUACAAGGUCAGCCAGCAUAUCCAACCAAUUCAGGAAUGGUAGGAGCAGCUGAGGGUGAUGGGGUGUCCCUCCCCAGUAACUUUAUUCUGUGUUGUCUUAAACUUGGCACCACUAGACCUUGUUCUGAGUAGCCCUGCGUCUUCCCUCCCUCCCCGAUGAUCCCAUUAAGUGGAUUGCCUUUCUUUCUUUAAAUGCACUGUUGCGUUUUAGUAUUUGUAAAGCACAAUUCCUGGGGACUUUAGGAUUAUGGUGCAUUUUACCAUUUCUCUCUCUCCUCCAGUGGCGAAUGGAUGCAGUGGGCCAAUCAGGUGCUCAAUAAGCUCAUCACAUUUGAUAUAGAAAAAAUAGGGGUGGUUGGCUUUUGCUGCCCAACUCCCCAAGGGACUGAGUCCGCUCUAAGUUCAUGAUCAGUCAGAGAUGAAUGGAUGGAGGCAGGAUGUAGUGAAAGCAAGGCAGAUCUUUAUUUUUCUGUUGCAACACAGUCCCCCCCCCCUUGCAAAGAGGCAAGAGAGACCCAGAACCAAGAAGAAACAUCUCUUUUAAGGGUUUGCAUUUUGGGCGUGGAGAAGAAGCACAUCCCUGCUACAAACAGUCAGAAAUUACAUCAUGCACAAGGUGGGGUUACUGUGGCUCAGGCAGGCCAAGGUGUGAUAUUCCUCAGGAUUUAGCAAGUUUUGCAUAGUUCCAGACACAGUUUACACAAAACAUUAGCAUUUGAUAAGACAAUCAGGAUGCCCGUCAGAGAUCCCUCAAUGCAGAGCAUCUGGGCAAACAGUGACCAAGGAGGUUCAUAGAUAUAGGAGAGGAAUCCCUUCAGGAACUUCCCCUGAUUGCUAUUUGCCUACGUUUUAUCAGGCAAGGGGGAUUAGAGAGGCAGAGGAAAUACUGAGAGUCUUUAGGAGAGCUGAGAUGGCUUUUGGAUUGCUCUCCUGUGCUAUUUUAGACAUGUGGUUUAUAUGCUUAUGUAUGUGUGUUUACCUUUUGCAAUUAUCAACAUUUAUUCUAUAUUUAAGACCUUAGAAUUCCUAUAACACAUUUCACAGUGAUAUUUCAGUGCACAAAUAUAAUUUCUUCUUAUCAGGACUAGUGUCAGCGUAGGGUAGUCCACCGAGUCUCCUGGGACACAGCCCUCACACUGAAUAUGUCAAGCCAUUUUUUCAAAAUUGCCUCCUCAGUAUCCCAAAGCCACGCUCUCUUUCCCGCACACAUUUCAUACUUCCUUGAACUUACAGAGGUAUUUGUGUCACUCUUCUGUUCUUUGGGAGGAGCGUCUGAAGGAGCGCCUCCACCCCCACCAUUCAGCCCGGACACUGAGGUCCAGCUCCGAGGGCCUUCUGGUGGUUCCCUCACUACGAGAAGUGAAGUUACAGGUAGCUAGGCAGAGGGCCUUCUCGGUAGUGGUGCCUGCCCUGUGGAACACCCUCCCAUCAGAUGUCAAGGAAAUAAACAACUAUCUGACAUUUAGAAGACAUCUGAAGGCAGCCCUGUUUAGGGAAAUUUUUAAUGACUGAUGUUUUAAUGUAUUUUUAAUAUUUUGUUGGAAUCUGCCCAGAGUGGCUGGGGAAACCCAGCCAGAUGGGUGGGGUAUAAAUCAUCAUCAUCAUCAUCAUCAUCAUCAUCAUCUCUCCAGACUGCUCAGCCAAUUUUGAUCCAAAAGUAGAAUUGUGGCAGAGUGUCUCUAAGCAGAAAAACCAUGUGAUUAGUUGGGCUCCUGGAAAGUCAGCCCUGCUAGGAAAGCUCUUAGUCCAUCUAUUGUUUUAAGGGCUGCCCAGCACAGCCACUAUGGCAGAUAUGGGAGGCACCAGGACUGCUUCAGAAACAGCCUUAUGUGGUAGCAUUCACCUGUCAGAAUCAUGCAUUGUUUCCGAGCAUGCAAAGAGAUGCCUCCUUAAAGGCCAGAGAAGCAAUAGCGAGUGCUUCUUACUUUAAGGACCGUUUUUGUUUGUUUAGUUUAGUAAUAUAAACAAACAACAAUUUUCAACCUGAGGAUCUUCCAGUCUCCAUUUUGGCCGGUGGGGAGUCAACGAAGGGAGGGGAGAAGCAAGGAGGAACAAGUGUCAGGAUGAGGGCAGCAGUAGAAGGAGGAAGAGGUGAUGAGGGUGGAUCAAGGACAAAUGCAGGCUAGCCUCUGUGGGCUUCUCUUUGGGCGGGAAUGAAUUAUGCUGGGUUUGCAAUUCAGCGUUUUUUUUCUUCAAUCAAUCAAUCAAUCAAUCAAGGAUGGUAUCAUGCCCAGUGAGGUCCACGUCUCACUUGUUGCAUUUGCAGUCUUAUGAGUGAAUUGAAAACCACUUUCCUGCCAUUCCCAUUCUUAAUCAUACAGAGGUGCCGCUAAUGCUUUCAGUGAUGCCAGCAUGACCUCACAGGGGGACGAGGGCAUGCCACUUGUGGCUCUGAGACCCUUGCUUCCAGGACAGAUUUCCCUGCUAGUCUGAGCAACUCGGACACCUGCUUCAGCUGGCUACCAGGUUCCUUUGCCUUUGACUCCCAUUCUCCAUCCUUCUGCCAUUUGAAGAGUCUCAAGACCUUCUUGUGACCCUUCUUUCCCACAAUAAUGGCAGUGCAAUCCAAAGGAGCCGGUAAAAUUGUUCUGCUAAACAGUAUCAACAGCGACAGAAAAAUCCAGGUUUGGUUUUUUUUUGUUUUUGCAUUGAGGGUAUUCCAGGGAUUGGAAUGCAGCACAUGUUAAUGGUUUAGAAAGUUGUUUAUUCCGUCACAGAGAAUAACUGUCAAGUCCUGAUAAGCCGCUCCAAAGAGGGCAGGAGAACAUCGUCUCAUCUGUCACAAACACGGUUCCUGUGUGGAUAAUUUGCUGAGCUCCGUUUGCCAUUCUCCCCCAGCCGUUCCGUUCCAGCUAAUGAACAGCUUCAUAUCACUGUGAUUAUUCAAUUAUUAUUUCCCCCUGAUGAUAAUGGGGGAGCACUUGUGUGGAGAGGUUUGCCAAGGUGCCAUUGCAAAUAAUUACAUUUCCCUCGUUUACCUUCCUGGGAAGCUGCUUUCAAACCUUUCCGAGAGAGCUGCCUGGGCAGGGGAACUGUUUCUUAAUGCUUGUCUUCUUAAUGGCAAACAGAGAGAGUUGUCCAAGUUCCUGGAUGCCCAGCGGAUUCCCCCUGUCGACAAUUAGGCAUGUGAAAUAUGCUGCAUGCAAGUAAUCCUGCUUCCAUUACAUAAAGCUAGGCAAGCACAUAAUAAGUAAAAAAAAAAUAUUUAUUUGGAUUUAAUCGUGCAUUCUGUGCUGUGGAUCCUGGUGGAUGCAAGGUUUUAAAGAACUCACAUGUUGUUCCCAGGCUAUACAAAGUCCGAGCCAAAGGCUCAUUUCUAUGAUGCCUGUGGAAGACCCUCAAGUGGGAUCCAAGUACAAGAACCUUCUCCCAUUCUGUGAUUUCCAGCAGCUGGUAUUCAGAAACUUCCUCCAACUGUGAAGGCAGAGCAUAGCCUUCUGGCGGUUCCCUCACUGCGAGAAGCCAAGUUACAGAGAACCAGGCAGAGGGCCUUCUCGGUAGUGGCACCCGCCUUGUGGAACGCCCUCCCACCAGAUGUCAAAGAGAAAAAUAACUACCAAACUUUUAGAAGGCAUCUGAAGGCAGCCCUGUUUAGGGAAGCUUUUAAUGUUUAAUAGGUGAUUGUAUUUUAGUGUUUUGUUGGAAGCCGCCCAGAGUGGCUGGGGAAACCCAGCCAGAUGGGUGGGGUAUAAAUAAUAAAUUCUUCUUCUUCUUCUUCUUUUGGUACAUUCUCAAGUACAAUGCCACAUGGGCAGGGCUUUUUAACUCUUCCCUGUCAUGGCCCUCAUGCCCCACCUCGAGGCUGCAAUUUGUGGAAGGAAGGCAGGCCUGAUUUUGGCUGAAGCCAUGGAAGUGGGUGAGGAACAGUGGCCCUUUCUUCUUCAACCACCCAGUUAAUGUCAAAUGCAACAAGACAUUUAAUGUAGCCCAUUCUCGUUCAGGAGGGAGCUCUGCCAAUUUCUCUCCCAAAUCUUUAGCCCGGUGUAACCCUGGUGACUUUGAACUGCCAGCGUGGUAGCCCCAUUCAGGAAAGGAGGCAUAAGACUAGGAAGACCAAUACUGGCACUUCUGGAGACAGAAAUAGACUUAGCGACGCAACGGAUACCCACUUUGAGAGAGGUACCCAAUUCUUCAAGAACCUGCACAUAACUCUGCCUUGCCGGUCCGCUUGUCAACGGUUGCUGACAAUUUUUUCCAUCAUUUUGCAAUAAAAGAUAAUAGAAUAACGAUUUAUUUCUGCGGACUGAUGCUUUAAUGCCUCCCUCCGUUAUCCUUCCUUGACAGUCUGUGAUUACAGCAAAUGUUUUGCCUGUGACACUUGGAUAAUGACUCUCUAAUAGAAGGAUUAACCUGCUCUUCAAUCACACGCCAGCCAGGGAUUGCACCCAGACUUUCCAAGUCAUGCUGGUCUAAGGAGAGGCUGCUGGACAAGGUUUGGGAGUGGUCCAGAAGUGAUUUCCCUUGACGGGAACUGGCACAGGCUAAAUGCCUUUGAGGAUCAUACCCUUAGUAAGCGCUGCUGCUUUUUGGAGUCUUGAGAUUGUGCAAAUUUGCCAAGAUAAUCUUAGGGUUUCUAAUCUCCAAAAGGAGAACUAAAAAGGUAAAGGUAAAGGUACCCCUGCCCGUACGGGCCAGUCUUGACAGACUCUAGGGUUGUGCGCUCAUCUCACUCUAUAGGCCAGCGCUGUCCGCAGAUACUUCCGGGUCAUGUGGCCAGCGUGACAAGCUGCAUCUGGCGAGCCAGCGCAGCACACGGAACGCCAUUUACCUUCCCGCUGGUAAGCGGUCCCUAUUUAUCUACUUGCACCCGGGGGUGCUUUCGAACUGCUAGGUUGGCAGGCGCUGGGACCGAACGAUGGGAGCGCACCCCGCCGCGGGGAUUCGAACCGCCGACCAUACGAUCGGCAAGUCCUGGGUUCUGUGGUUUUACCCACAGCGCCACCCGCGUCCCUAAAUGGAGAACUACUUAGCCCUUAACCCUCGUGACUUUGGAAAUUGGAUCUUUGAUCAGGAUGCCAACCAAGACAGAGCAUGCAUGAUUGCUGCCCGUUACUCUACUUGGUACCUCCAAAUUAAGACCAAUCACUCAAAGCCCCAUUACCUUGAGACUCUGGCCUUCCCACAACUACACAGGGCCUUUGUAGAACUAAAAUUUCAACAGAUGCCCUCGACAUAUUUGGAGGGGAGAUACCGGGGAAUUCCCCAUAUGGAUCGCAAAUUUAUACAUGGAUGCAAUCAGGUAGAGGACAUCGCACGCUGCCUGCUGACUUGCCCCCUGUAUACAACGCCCAGAGCAAAAUUUAUAUUGCCAUUUUAAUUGGCUUCCAGGUUGAACCAUACAGGAAGUGACAGCUGAACUCCUUGCAGAUAAACAUUUGUACAUUACCCACCAGGUAGCCACAUUUGCCCUGGCAGCCAAGAAGCUCCGUUCCAGCUAUGUGAAUGCACUCUAGUCUUAAGUCUUAAUGUAAAUUUUUUGUUAUGUUGUAAACUACUACAAGGUUACGUUGUAUGAUUUUAGAUGAAAUUUCCUUUUAUUCUCUGUCGUCUAUUGUAAAGGCCUUUGGCUAUAUGCAAUAAAAUGGAUUGAUUCCCUUUCGACGGGGGUCAGGGCUGGCCCACCCAUUAGCCUUGGUGAGGCAGUUGCCUCGGGUGGCAGGCUGGGGAUGACUGGAGGGGCAGCAGAUCCAGCCUCCCCCAGGAGCAUACUGCUCACUGACUCUUGUGCUUGCUGCCCAUGGCGGCUAAUGUCACUUGCUGCUCUCCAGAUUCUCCCCCCCCCAGCCCCACCCCCUUCAGCAUGCUGUGGCUUCUAGUCACCUCAAGCAGAGGAUGAGGCAGUGAUGGGGGGGGGGGCUCCCCUGCCCUUUUCUGUUUUGCCUUAAGUGGCAAAAUGGCUUGGGCUGGCCCUACCAGGGGUAGUUGGUUGUUCAUUUUCACUCCCGCUUGGCUACUGCUAAUGCCAUAACUGAUAUGGACCCAGCGCUGUGGGCACCCACUCUGGGCUUCCACUGAGGGCCAAGGGCUGCACCCACAUGAAAGUUGCAGAAAGUUGGUGUAUGAAACCUGAGUGAGAGGUGGGGAAAUCAAGAUCUCCCAGGGUGGGAGACUAGGAGGGGACAGGCUUGAUCCAGCCGGCUCUUCUUCUAUUCUUAUGUACCAUAUUUGUGUCCUUGGAAGAAGUUCCAGAUAUACAGGCAGCAAGGGACCGCAGUUUGGAAUCGGCUUUAGUUAGCUGUAAGCUGCUAUGAUAACCCAACUCAUCUCCUCUCCCCUCUUGCCCUCCCCUUCCAGACUGUUUAUUUCCACACAUCUUUGGAUUAUCCCAGCAUCGUUUUGGUGGUGGAGGUCGUAGCAACAGCCAGGAGGCGGGACGGGACCCCGCAGGAGAUGUCGUGUGGUUUUGGGAUCGUACAUUUGUUUAACAGCAGAUCUGAGCCAACAAACCUGAACUUGAAGGACAAAGGGUAAAUGGAUAAACUUUUGUAAUAGCAGAGGCAGAUUUCUGUGUCUUUAGGGCUGUUCACACAGUAAAGAUUAGCUGGUUUUUAAGCCUAGAGCUGUAUUUGUGUAGACAUGGUUGGGGAACCUGCAGCCCUCCAAAUGCUGUUGGACUUUAACAACUGACCAGUGUGGCCAGUGGUCAGGGAUGAUGGGAGUUGAAGUCCCAACAACAUCUGGAGGACUGAAGGUUAAAGAGAGUUUUACCUUGGGUUAAGAACUUAAUUCAUUCCGGAGGUCCGUUCUUAACCUGAAACUGUUCUUAACCUGAAGCACCACUUUAGCUAAUGGGGCCUCCUGCUGCCGCUGCGCUGCCACUGCGUGAUUUCUGUUCUCAUCCUGAAGCAAAGUUCUUAACCCAAGGUACCUUUUCUGGGUUAGCGGAGUCUGUAACCUGAAGCGUCUGUAAUCCGAGGUACCACUGUACUCUGCACUGGGACAAAAGAUGACACCAACCGUCUGUAUCAUGUUCUGUCUCCUUUUUCUCCCCAGGCUCAGUUUGUAUCAUGGGACCCCACGAGCCCUCUUGCACCCACUUAUCCAAGAGCCAAUAGAGAGUAAGUCAUGAGGCAUAUCGCCAUUUUCACAUGCUAGACAGUGUAUUCUUUGCAUAUGUAUUAAGGCGGAUCCAUAAAAUUCUGAGGGAAAGCAGAACAUGGACUCAGAGGGGAAGGGAUGAAUGAGCCCAAAGUACCCACCCACAAAAGAGUCUGCAUGCUGUGUCUCUGUAUGCUUCAGCAGUCUGGCUUGCCUCCUUCCAAUCAGCCCUUCCAUGGUGGGUCAUUCUGUCUCAUCUUUGCUCUGAGUGUGACUGGAGCAUACGGUCACUUCUGACACAGAUGCACUCUUUGCCCACUCUCAGAGACAUCUAUUUGCCCGUUGCAUCUCAGGUUGAAGCACUGUUCUGGGAUUGUGUUAUUCUAAAUACGUGACACACUCAAGCAAGCAAAUCAUGCACAAACCCAGGGCAAGGUCUUGUUUACGACCAGCUAGCCCUUAACACACUCUAAAACUAAACCUCUUGGGAAGUAACAAGAAACAUGCCUCUGAUUUUAAAUCAGAUAAAGAGUGUGGUUCAGAGGUCUGGAAAUGCCGAUCCAAACUGCCUUUAGACAGACUGCUUCCAGGGAGCUGUCAGAUUUAAUUUACUGUUUGUUUUCCAUCUUACCUGCUGACCGAUUCCUCCCUUAUCCCACCCUAAUUGUCUGCUCUGGUGCUGCAGCAACCAUGUCAACCUUUUACAACAGCCCAGCUGUUUCUGGACAGUCGCUCUGUGCAGCCCAGACAUGAGCCAACUCCAUUUGGGAAGGACAAAGGUCCUUGUUGGCGGCAGUUUUGCAGGAGGGCACAGUCUCAUGCUGAAUAUUUUAUGCAGAUUGAAUCCCUCCUUGAGGACAGUGCCCAAUUGAUACAUAGCAGCAAAUGGGAUGGGAUGAGCUAUUUAGAUAUGCUGCAGUGGGUUUUCCUGCUGCAGAUCUGGCUCCUGCCAGAGAGCAAAAACAACCUUGGAGUGAGGCAAGGUUGGCCAUGCUGAUGGGAAGGCAAGCUAAAAGGAGAACAUGAGCAGUAUGGUGGCCUGCUUUGUGCCUAACACUAAUGCAUGGUUUAUUUAGCCCAAGCUGAACCAUGGUUUGUUUGAAUGUCUGAACCCAGCCAAGCAGACUAACCUUGCAUUGCUUUCUGGGAACAAACCACUGUGCGAAGCCAUGGUUUGCUGAAUUGCAGACCACUAACAAAACAACAACAAACAAACCUAUGGUCACGUAAAGCAUCCUCAAUAAACACCCGAGAACUGCAGACCACAGCAUGUUUUAAGUGUGGUUUAGUGUAACAUCCAAACCAAACAGCCUUGCUUAACCAAGCUUUGUUUGGCCGCCCCAGCCCAGGUGCUUUCUGGCUUACAGAGCCAUGAGAGAGAAGUGCAGCAGGAAAACAACAAAAUUUGGAGAGUGAAGAUGUGGGUUGUUUGUUCAUCAGUGAGAUGUUGGACAAACUAUGGUUAAAACAAACCAUGACAUAGCACUUUGUGGGGACAAAACCAUUGUCUGCUAAGCCUGUGCUUCUGAUUGAGUUCCAGCUCCCUUUAGAACAGUGCAAAAGAAAGAAUUUUGGGUGUGGCUUGUCAAGCGGGGGUGAGCAAAGAAGCACCUCUAAAAAUCCUCCCUACGCAUACCCUUACACACAUACACAACACACAUAAACAGGCUAAAGAUCCAGAGAUGCCCCCAAUUGUACUUUGAGUACACCCUUCAGUAUUAAUGGCCUUGACUAUUUCAUUUCAUUAAUUUCAGUGGGUUUAUUCUGAAUAAACUUAGUUGAAAACAAUCCAUAGGAGUCCUGCUGUCUUCCUUUUCAGUGUGGUUUAUUUUCUUGGGCAAGGCAGGGCCCUUCUCGGUCUCACUGAAUUAAGGAAAAAAGUUUCCUAUUCUCGUUUCUUUAGUGAACAAGAACCUGAUGGCGAUUGACAGCUGUCAUCUUCAAUGCAGCUUGCAGCCACACCCACCCCUGGAGACUGUCUAUCACCUCCUGCCAGAGAACACCCCUGUGUCCAGCUUGCAGAGAAUCCCUGGCAUGCUAACAGCACAUGAAGGUAUUGUGAAAGACACACUUUUUCUUUUUGCGGUGUGAAAGACUAGGAGCAUAGGAUGGAAGCUGCAUUAUACCAAGCCAGACCCUUGGCCCAUCUUGCUCUGUACUGUCAACACUGGUUGGCAGCCGCAGUUCAAGGUUUCAGGCAGUUCAGGGUUUCGGCAUUGUGACUGCUCAUCCUUUUGGCCUUCCACUUGACUGUGCUAAAAUUGUAUACUUUCCUGGAUUUGACCUGCCGAAUUCCUCAAGUCCGAAAACGUGUGAUGACUGGAAAACUUGCUGAUAAAUCACUUCAAUAAAUCACACUCUGUGUGGGGCUACCCUUUAUGUUAGUCCAGAGGCUGCAGCUGGUGCAGAACACAGAGAUUUAGGUUGCUUGAGUAGGCAAACUACUGCCAGCAUAUAGCACCCUACUUGCAGGAUUUGCAGUGGCUACCAAUCUGCUACCAUGCCAGGUUCAAGGUGCUGGCGCUAACAUGAAAGCCUCUGCGGUGAUUGAGAGCAGGGCUUUUAGUAUGGCUGCCAGUGUCAUAUGGAAUAGCAUCCCUGUCGAGAUGUGACAGGCACCCACUAUCUUCAGUUUCCAGAAACAGUUGAAGGAUUUCUGUUCUGAUUGGCUUUACCACAAGUGUCCACCUGUUAGGGCUUUAGUCUUGUUUUGCAGUGGAGGGGAAACUUAACAGACUGUGCUCAGAAUGCAGGUAACUUUCAGCUUAGGACAGAGCUCCCUAAAUGUGCAUUCCCCAAAAGAACUGCGAAGGGGAAGUUCCCUGCUUUCUUGUUCUUGACUGGAGCCUUCUGUUCCUUUGUGGCAUCGGCAACUGUUAUACCAAUCCCUACCUAUUUGCAUGCCUAGCAAUCAAUGAACCUCCCACUCAUUGAAAGAAAGGGGCAAUGACUUCUAUGCUUAGCCAAAGCAGUAGGUCAGGAAUGUAGGUGGGCAAACAGAGGAGAGCAACAUGCAACAUAUAUCCUGUCCAGCUGCACAUUUAUGCGACUGUUUGGGAAUUGGGAAAUGGUUAAAGGUGAGGAUCCAAAGGGAUGGAGAGGGGAAGGAAGCAGGUUUCUGGGGUUUUUGUGUAGCUGUAUGCACACUCUCUCUUUAUCCGCAAACAAGCCAGGCCGCACUCUGACACAUGGCCAUUCCCAGAGCACCCAAAUUAACAUUCAUCAGCUGUACUCGUACACCAGGAUCUCCUGAUUGUUGUCUGUGUUGGCUGUGCUGUGCAUCAUUUACAGAGCAUACCAUUAUCAUGGACAGCUAACAAAGUGACCUGUGUAUAGGAAGGUCCUGUAUCUUGCAGACUUCCUGGGUGGUAGGAAGUGGUAGGGGAGCUGGAGUCAUGCCCUGCAACUAGACCUAGUCAUGUUUUUUGUUGGUUGGUUGGUUAAAGCGACUUACAACCAAACAGGUUCUCUGAGACCAGUGGCUAGUGUUGGGAGUUUAGACCGGAGACACUAGAGCCUUGAAAUGGAGGAGGUGAAAGAUCACAACUUGUUUGAUCAGACAAGGGCAGAAGGACAGGUUUCGCGGUACUUAUACCAGGCCAGGCUAGUCUACUAGAGGCUUCAUGUGACCUGUCAGUUGUGUGGGGGGCAAUGUUUUCCCUUGGUCUUUGUACCUGAAGGUCUGAACAUGCAGCCUGUGGGAGCUCAUUAGACUUGAUUCUAGCCCCAGGUCACGAGAUCCCUGGUUUGAGCCACAGAGGCCCAGAAAUAAAAGCCCUACCACUUUAAUUGGAUUUCAGUCUGGGAUUUCAGAGGAAAGGGAGGCGGGGUGUCAAAUUUCAAAGCUCUCCCUCAAUGCACAUUUUUGGAUUGUGUUGAGCACCCCUUUGACUCCAUCUUCAUCCAAAAGUUGAAACUCGGGAAUGGGGAACUUUUUAGGUAGGGGCCCCAGAAAUUUCAUUGCUUCCUUGGAAAACAGUUGAGUCUAAAAGUGGGCAUUUCAAAAUUCUCUGUGGCAGACCCUAUGUCAGGGGUCAGCAAACAUUUUCAUCAGGGGGCUGGUCCACUGUCCCUCAGACCUUGUGGGGGGCCAGACCAUAUUUUGAUUUUUUUAAAAAAAGGACAAAUUCCUAUACCCCACAAAUAACCCAGAGAUGCAUUUUAAAUAAAAGCACACAUUCUACUCAUGUAAAAACACCAGGCAGGCCCCACAAAUAAUCCAGAGAUGCAUUUUAAAUAAAAGGACACAUUCUACUCAUGUAAAAACACGCUGAUUCCCGGACUGUCUGCAGGCCGGAUUUAGAAGGUGAUUGGGCCAGAUCUGGCCCCCGGGCUUUAGUUUGCCUACCCACGCCCUAUGUUGUGGGUUUCAUUAUAUACCUUUUGGCAAAUGCUGAAGAUGCACUGCUUUACCCUGGCUUUUCUGCACUUGAGAUACAUAUUUUUUUAGGACCCACCUUAUUUCUGCAGUUCUAAAUCAUUUGAAACUGCUUUUAAUAUUUAUUCAUUUAUAUUUCUUUAUUAAAUUUAUUGGUCGCUUUUUCUUACCAAGGUAACUCAAAACGACUUACACUAUAUAAACAAGCACAUGCAUUAAAAGGAAAAAACAAACUAAAAGACAAACCUAAAAGGCAGGAUUAAAACAUCUCACCCACUCAAGGAGGCCCAAGGCCUGAUGGAAAAUAAAUGUUUGUGUAAUUAUGGUGCCAGGUGAGCCUCCCCAUGGAGAAUGUUCCACGAGUGGGGAGCCACCACUGAAAAUGUCAUGUUCUCAUACAGCUACUCUCCAGGCCUGCCAAGGAGGAUCCACACAAAGAAGGGUCUCAGAUAACAAUUGAAGGGUCUGGGUCAGUUCAUGUGGAGAGAAGCGGUCCCUGAGGUGUUGAGGUCCUUAGCUGCGUAAGGCUUUAAAGGUCAAACCCAGCACUUUGAGAGGUGAUAUGAAAACCAACUUCAAAUGUCUGAAGGACUGCCACAUUUAAGAUUGAGCAAGCUUGUUUUCUGCUCCUCCAGAGGGUAGGACCUGAACCAAGAGCCAGUGUGGUGUAGUGGUUAAGAGCGGUAGUCUCGUAAUCUGGGGAACCGGGUUCGCGUCUCCGCUCCUCCACAUGAAGCUGCUGGGUGACCUUGGGCCAGUCACACUUCUCUGAAGUCUCUCAGCCCCACUCACCUCACAGAGUGUUUGUUGUGGGGGAGGAAGGGAAAGGAGAAUGUGAGCCGCUUUGAGACUCCUUAAAGGGAGUGAAAGGCUGGAUAUCAAAUCCAAACUCUUCUUCUUCUUCUUCAAUGGAUUUAAAAGAAAAGAAAGAAGAUUGAAACUAAACAUUAGGAAGAACUUUCUGAUGGGAAGAGCUGUUUGACAGUGGAAGGUGGUAGACUCUCCUUCAUUGGAGGUUUUUAUGCAGAGGUAGGGUGGCCAUCUGUCAAUGAUUCUUUAGUUGUGAUUCCUGCAUUGCAGGGGGUUGGACCAGAUGACCCUUGGGGGUCCCUUCCAACUCUACAAUAAUAAUCAUAAUAAAAGAUCCUCACACACAAUCAGAGCACACAUAGACGGACAGGAAAAAAUCACAGGCGCGCGCACACACACACACACAGCCAGGCGCACACACUCUAGAACCUAAUGAAUGAUUCAUCUUUUUAAGUUCUGGGCAUGAAAAUGGCCCUUGCUGGCUGUGUUACUUUGACAAAGAUCUGUGUCCUCCAAAGUUAGCACUCCAGCCCUUCUGUUCUUGUUUGUUCUCCUUAACCAAGACGGCCCCACAGUAAAUACUACUUGGUUACUGGACAAGACAGAGCCGAGGGCCUGAAAUUGGCUGCAAAUGGGCACUUCCAGCCAAAUGUACCCUGUAAUUUGAUACACUGAAGCUUUGGAUAACAGCCUCUAUGAAAUUGAGGAGGUAUAUUUGGCUCCCAGAAUUGAAUUAAGGCAGAUUCUAGUGUUAGCAAAGCUAAUUUGUCAGAAACUCUCCGUUCCCAGCACUUCCUGCGGCUCUUAAACUGCUCCGCCAGCCAGAGAUGUAUUAUUUCACUCUAUUGCCGGGUGCUUUCUGUGUCGCCGGGGCUGUGCCUCCUAACUAUACAGUGCAGGCUCAGUAAUGCACAGUUGUGUAUCUUGGGGAGGACAAGAAGAAUCUUUAAUCAGCUGCCUCUUGGGGAGAAAAGCGUUACGGGAUGGUUUCCCUUACCACUUUCUUCCCUUCCGGGCAUGUAGAUUUCAGGCACACAGCAGAUAAGUAGGAGGAAACAACACUUGGCAAUAGCUCAAGGAUUCUGAAGGUGAGCCGCCUCACCCCAGCAACCAUUCUGGAAGAGGAACAAGUCAAGGGGACGAUGUGCCUCUUCACAGCUUUCAUGUCACUGGAGUAGCACAAGGCCGGGCUGACCCUGUCCAGGUGUUGCUGGAAUCCAGCUCCCAUCAGCCCUAGCCAGAGUGGUCAGUGAUAAUGGGAGUUGUAGAUCUGGAGGUCAGCAGGUUGCUCAUCCCUUCAUUAAAAGGAGGAGGAGAUGAUGGAGGUAUCUAGGCUAUUAUUACGUUAUGUUCAGUACAGGUGAGUGAUGGAGGUAGCUAGUUACAUUAAAUGCAAGUAACAGUCUCAUUCAGGGAUGGGGAACCUGUGGCCCUCUCUAUGUUGUUGGACUCCCAACACCCAUCAGCCCCAGCCAGAGUGGUCAGUGGUCAGGGAUAAUGGGAGUUUUAGUCCGCAGCAUCAGGACCGGCACCCUGUUGCCUGCCCUUGCUGUAAGGGCUAUCUGUCAAUUGAACUGAGAAGGCACUCUUGAGUCAGAACGUUCUGGGUUCAGCCAUGAGAACAGCCUCGGUCCCUACUCCUGUAAUAUCAGGACAAUAAUACAAGUAGUCUUUCUUCUGUGCUCUUUUUAAUGCUGUGUCUCUUAACACUGUAGAGUACCUUGCUGUUGCUUUUAGGUGCAUGAUAAAUAUUAAAAAUUAGUUUGUGGUGCUUCAAAUGCUCUGAAAAGAUAUGAGUCAUGCGUGGACAAUGCUCACCCCUGAAGUCAGCCUGCUGUUAUUUCAGGAAUAUUCCCACAGCAAGGAAAUGUUAAGAAUCUCCAACUCUCCUCUGGACACUUCCUUGUCCACAGAAUCCAGCUGACAUUGCAUUAAUGCAGAUGACUUUCCAAGUGGGUCCUUCUUCUCCUGCCAUGCCCUAAAGAUCUUUUCUUCUGCAGCUGUAUCCUGGGGAUUCAAGGAACUUGAUCCGUCAUCCCCGCCGACAGGCUCAUCAAUCUCCCGCUUGGCUGCUGUUUGGCCGUGAGCUUUUCCCGGCGACGAGCUUAGCAACCUUGUCACUUCAUGCAAAGUCACUCUUGGCUGUGCAGAGGGUCGGAAUCACACCUCUCCAGCCUCCAUUAGCGUAAUGGAGAUAGAUGGGUCGUGCAGGUGAAAGGUGACUCUCUGGUGCUCUACAAAGCUGUUGGCGCAGCACAGGCUGGGAGAGGAUCAGGCUAGCUUAGUCCAUCCCCCCCCCCUUUAACUGGCUCUGCUGUAGAUUUGCAUUGGCUAAGCUCUCCAGCUAACUCAAAUAAUUAGCCAAGAUCUUCCAACCCACCUCUAUGAAAUCUGGUACUUUUAUCCUAGCGAUAUCUUUUUUAUAAUUUUUAUUAAAGGUUUUCCUAAUUUGAGGGGCUCAGAAAAUAUGCCUACUCAUCUCUGUUGCCUUCUUGCAUUUCCAAAAUGCAUUUGCCACCUAAGAAGAGCUAUUGGAUCAGGCCAACGGUCUAUCUACUCCAGCCUCCUGUUCUCCCAGUGGCCAACCAGAUGCCUGCGGGAAACCAAGCAUGAUUUGAGCGCAAGAGCAUUUCUCCCCUCCUGCAGCUUCCAGCAACUGGUAUUCAGAAGCAUUUGCCACCUCCGACCGUGGAGGUAGAGCAUAGCCAUUGCGGCUUGUAGCCAUUAACAGCCUUCCCCUCCAUGCAUUUGUGUAAUCCUCUUCUAAAGCCAUCCAGGUUGGUGGCUGUCACUGCCUCCUGUGGGAGUGAGUUCCAUAGCUUAGCUGUACGCUGUGAGAAGCCUCUGUUGCUGUCUGGAGGCUGCUCCUUGCUGGAGAUACCUUUGAGUCUUAGUGCUGGCUCCUUACCUUUUCACCCUGGAGAGCUCUCUUGCCUCCAAACCCAGGCUAGAAGCAUCCUUCAUGAAUCUGCCCAGUUCUGUCUUCAAAGCCAUCUGAACUAAUGCCCUUCCACCUACUACCACUACAGCAUUUCCGGCUACCGGCCUACAUUUCAUCUCCCGCUCUUCUGGCAGAUGCCUUUGGAAGGGCCCCAGGUGUUGACAUGGUAGGCCCCAAGGCUUUCUGUUGGAAAGACCAGCAUGGAACCUUACAGAGGGGCUCAGGAAGAGGUUGCUGCCUUGCUGCUGGUUUUCUUCCCAUGCUUGAAUUAACUCAAGUGCAACUUUCUCCCGGCCGGCCAGAGAAGGGGCGGGGGAAGGCUGAGCCAAAGGGAGAGAACAUCUGUUCCAGUUCUUUCCUGAUGCGCUUUUCUUUGAAUGAUUGAAUGCUACAAUUUGUCGCCCAAGGCGUUUUUUUGUAGUAGGGCUCAGAUAGCGUCAGCAGUUUUAACAUUUGUUUAUUUAUUGUACUUCUUGUUGGGAUUAAUUUUUUUUAAGAAAAAGGUGAGAAGUCUGCCCCCCCAUCUCUUUUAGUAUAAGAUUUUAUGCAGUUCAUUGCUUUUUGAGGCCUGGUAUAAAUGCUGCUUCUCCCACAGAGGCCCUCAGAGAGCUCUGCUUCUUGCUGACAUUGUGUAGGUAGUCGGCAAAGCCCCUUUGCUGGUUGCUGCUGUUAAUUCGAUUUACAAACCGCCCUUUAUCAAAAGAUCCAAGGGUGGUGUACAACAUGAAGAACACAUUUUCUAGAGCAUAAUAAUGAAAAGAUAAUAACAGGUAUCAUAAUAAUAACAUAAGCAUAAUAACAGUCCCCCUCCACAAUUUUAACAGGCCAAAAGCAUGGGUAAAAAUGAAUGUUUACAGGGCUGAUGAGUGGACACUCUGUGUUCUGUGUUUUUCUUUUUUUUUAUUCCCCUAACAUGCUUACAUUCGGGUGGUGCUGUGGGUUAAACCACAAAGCCUAGGGCUUGCUGAUCAGAAGGUUGGCGGUUCGAAUCCCCGCGACGGGGUGAGCUCCCGUUGCUCAGUCCCUGCUCCUGCCAACCUGGCAGUUUGAAAGCCCAUCAAAGUGCAAGUAGAUAAAUAGGUACCACUCCGGCGGGAAGGUAAACGGAGUUUCCGUGCGCUGCUCUGGUUCGCCAUAUGUGGCUUAGUCAUGCUGGCCACAUGACCCGGAAGCUGUACACCGGCUCCCCCGGCCAAUAAAGCGAGAUGAGUGCCGCAACCCCAGAGUCGUCGACGACUGGACGUAAUGGUCAGGGGUCCCUUUACCUUUACCUUAUAACAUGCUUACAUAAAAAUGACAUUACAAACACUAUAUUGGAGUCAAAUAGGCCCAGCCAUAGUCUAAAAAAGGCCUUCCUCUUUGCAUUCAGACGCCUCCACAUUCAAUCCCUAGCAUCUCCAGGCAGAGCUGAGAAAAUACUCCUGCUUGAAGCCCUGAGGUCCUCAAGUGACACCCAUCCAACUCACACCAGCCACAAAGUUGCCUUCAGACUUAGCCUUUGUUGUGGAGUUUGUCCCUCAAAAGCAGAUGCCGCAAUAAACUGCCUUGCCUGUGCCACAUGACACUUUGUGGGUUUCUUUCUUUCUUUUCUUUUUUUAAAGAAAGAAAUGAUAUAUGGGAGCCUGCAAUCAUGCAAGCACAGAAACAUCAAUCCGUUUUUAUAUUGAUUUUUAAUUUAAAGCAAAGCAAGAAUAAGAUCCAACGUAUGUAAUAUGUAUUAAAUUGUAAAUAUAUGUCAUUCCAGUGACGCUGCAUACAAUAUAUUUAUUCCAAUAAGCACAUGUAGAACGGAUAUUAAAUCACAAAAAUAAGUUUUGCCAGUGACAAUUGUUCCAAUAUGUACUCUAAUAACUGAGAAACACCUUUCAUUUCUCUCCUAAGUCUCAUGGAAUAUAACCCCUAUUAUGUUAGUUUAUUAGUUCAGUCAGUUUCCAAUAAUAUCAAGAAUUUCCCUCAACCGCUUGGAGUCAGAGGGCACGACGUACAUUUUUUUCAACACCGUGCCCCAACUGUUUCAGUUGCUACUAACGCAUGUUCUCAAACCGCCUUCUCUUUUGUUUUUAAUGAAUCUCCUAUUAAAUUCAAUGAAAUUGUCAGUGGAUGAAGAGUUACAGUACAGUAAAAAAUUACUUCCAGUACAAGCUUCCAAGAUCACUAUGCUUUCUGCAGAUUUCCGCUAUAAAUGAAGAAAAUCAGCUCUGGCAGCCUGAAAUUUCAACAUCUGAUAAUACUUGUAGGAUUAAUUUCCAUACCACUGGCUGAACAUUUUAUAUUCAGGCUUUCUGAAUAUUAAAGUGACGUUGGGUAGUACAAAGUAUGUACAGAGGCUCAAACUUCUCCAGGAACUUCAGGCCUUGGAUUCCAGAGCUUGCCCUAUAUAUGAAUUGCAAAUAAAUUCUCUAAGUGCCGCUGAGAAUGUACUGUAAGAAGAGUCCUUCUGAAUCAGGCCAAUGGCCCAUCUAGUCCAGCACCCUGUUCUCACAGGCGCCAACCAGUUGUCUGUGGGGAAACAGGCAACCAGGGCCUGAGCACUAGAGCCCUUUCCCCUCCUGUGGUUUCCAGCAACUGGUAUUCAGAAGAAUUGCUUCCUCCGACUGGAGCCAGAGCAUAGCCAUAAUGGCUAAUAGCCGUUGAUAGUCCCCUCCUAUCUUCAUUGAGAUGAGUACACAUUGAGUGAGAUUUCACAAAUGCAUGUGGAAUUAUGAUGUCCUGGAGUUUUAUUUUUGAUUUUUGUAAUAAUAAUAAACCCCACUACAUUGGCUUCACUUUGCUGAUCUCCUUUCCACAAACACCUGCAUCAAACGUCUGUAGUAAAAUGACAUAAACUGCUUGUGGAAUUUUGAUGCCUCUGAUUGCAUUGUUUUUUGAAAGGAUCUUUUUGUGUGAAUUUCAGCAACGUAACCAAUAAUGCUGUUUUCAAAAACAAUUGCAAAACCUUACUUGGGCAAAGUGCGCCCUAGACGAAAAAACAUCAGCAUUGUGAGAAAGAGAAAGGGCUGUGAAGUGGGCUCAUAAAUUCAUGAACAAUGAACAAAGUGAGGUGAUGUCACGACUUGAAAGCUUGGUUGUGCCAUGACCUGUGACUCUCUUUGCAGGAGACUUAUUCCAGAAGCCACGACUCAUGAAGACAGUGACGUGGUACUUGGAGAAGCUGUCCAUCCACCUCUACCCUUCGUUGGAGAGAUUUGAAGAGGAGCUCUUGGACCUGCUCAUGAGUGAUCAGGUACUCUCCAAGGCUUGGAAAGGCGAGAAAUGCAGUAAAAGUCAAGGAGGGGCGGGGAGAAGAGGUUUGAGACCUCCAGGUAGGAAUGGGGAAUAAAUUCAGUUUGGUUUGCAUUUUUAUACGCCCUUACCCUAAUUCAUACUUCCCAAAACAAUACGUAAACCAAAACACAGCUAUCCUUUCAAGCUUGCUCUUCUCUGAAUUUUCAGUAUAGCUUUCCAGCCUAAUAACGUAUUGUCAGGGAACUGCCAUCGGCUCAGGGGCGAGAGGGGAAAAGCCGGAUGGAUUACAGAGAGCCCCCAAAGACUGUGGGAAGCAGCACCUCCUCAGCGGAGGAGAGUAACCAAGCCUCCAGCGGAGAGGAGCUGCAGGGCUCGGGGGAGGUGAGGCGGUGCCAGGACACCUUGCCUGAGCAAAGCGGGGAGGAGAGAGGUCCUCCGUUACCCAUGCCCUCCUUGCGCAGUAGGCUUCCACGCAGAGAGGGGAAGCGCAGACUGGGCGUCAAGAAACUACUCUGGCAGAUGAAGGUGAUGGACUAUAUGGAACUGGCGGAAAUGACUGGCAGAAUCCAAGACCAGGGAGAAGAGUCGGUGGAAGAAGAUUGGAAGAAAUUUAAAGACUAUCUACAGAAAUACUGUAAAAUUAAUGAAUGUUAGAAUGAUGUUGGAAUGAAGCUAAGGGGUUUUUAGUAGCAAUAUUACAAGGAGUAUGUAAAAAUGGACUGCUAACAGAUGAGAAUAUACAGUUAUUACAUAUUAAGACAAAGGACUAAGAUAAAAACAAAGAGGGAAAGGAUUUGCUGAAUUAACUUACUGAACUGGAAUACAAAAAGGGGAGGUGUGAGGAAGUCAGGGAAACAAGUGAAUGAAAGACAAGAUAUGGAAAGAUUGAUUUGUUUUUAAUUGUUUUUACUUUUUUGUAUUUUGUAUUCUCUUUUUCUCUUUUUUCUCUUUUUUAUUCUUUUUCUUUUUUUUCUUUUUCUUAUUACUAUUAUUGUAACUUCUUUUUUAUUUUUUUGAAACUUUAAUAAAUAUCUUAUAUAUAUAAAAAAGAAACUACUCUGCUGGGGAAGGUUUAAGGACCGCCCACUUUCAGACUCUGCCAGUGAAUGAGCAAGACAUGGACUAGAGGCGCUCCGCAUGUCGAAGGUUUUUUUGGCACCAAUAACAAGGCUUUACAGCCAACCAGGGAGGAAUUUGCCUGAUUGCUCUCGAGCAACCCCCUGAUACCAUUACACGUAUACAAGAAAACAAGCAUUAGUGAAAAUAACAUACAAUAACUCAUGGUAUUAGGAAACAGUUGCUUGGGGGAAAAACAUAUAUUAGGCCAAGUUGCAUAAUGAAUUUUGCCUAUUGGAGCCUGUAUGACAUAGUGGUUACAAGUGGUGAACCAGGACCUUGGAGACCAGGGUUCAAAUCCCCACUUGGCCAUGAAGCUUCAUUGGGUAACGUUGAGUCAGUCACUGCCUCUCAGCCUAACCUACCUCACAGGUUGUUGUGAGGAUAAAAUGGGGAGGCAGAGAACCAUGUACGCCACUUCAAGCUCCUUGGAGGAAAAGGGUGGGAUAUAAAUGUAAUAAGUAAAUGGAUAUUACGAAAUAGGUGCACUAAAAUUCUGACACAUUUUCACGAGGACUUUGGAAAAAACCAAACCUCACAAAACUGAUGUGGAAAUGGGGGGAAUCAAAUUUAAGAGUGGAGAAAACAAGUUACUGAAAGAAAUAGAAAAUGACAGUUUCAAGAGUGUGUUUUAUUCAGAAGUCUAGUGGAAGUAUUCUUUAUUCAACCCAGUGCAUUUCAGAUUGAAUUGUUCUUCUUCAGGGGCACUCUGAAGCAUAACUAGUUUCAGACUUUUGGUCUCAAAUCUCAUUGCACAUUAUUUUCCAGACAAUGACCAGACAUAACCUGUUGUCAGGAAUGCGCAUAAGUCAUAGUGUCGGUCCAAGACAGCUUUCUUGCUUCUUUGAAGUGGCACCAAUGUACUGAUCUCCCUUGCUUUGAGGAAGAAUUUAAAAUCUCUUGCCGCACCAUUCAGACACCAAUGGUUGUAGCCAACUAAGUUUUACUCAGAACUAAUGGAACAAAGUUUCUCUUCCUCCCCAGUUUAUCUUGACCCAAACCAUGGUGAGGUACAUUGGGCUGAGGGACUGUGAGUUGCAUGGCCAAGCAGGGAUUUGAACCCUGGUCCCCCUGGUCCCACUCUGACACUCUAGCCACUAGACCACACUUGUUGCUUCACCCUGCUGCACAGGUAGACUGGCCCUGUGUUGUCUAAGCUAAAAGAACAGCAACAAAACCCCUGCAAUUCUGAGACCAGGUGGUCCAAAUUCUUGCAAACCUGGUCCUGUGAUCGGUCUCGAUUAUACAACUUGAGCAUCUUUGCACAACAGCUCCUUUUUUGCAUAAUUUAUUUGACAGCUGUUACAUAUGGGACGCGGGUGGCGCUGUGGGUUAAACCACAGAACCUAGGACUUGCCAAUCAGAAGGUCGGCGGUUCGAAUCCCCGCAACGGGGUGAGCUCCCAUUGCUCGGUCCCUGCUCCUGCCAACCUAGCAGUUCGAAAGCACGUCAAAGUGCAAGUAGAUAAAUAGGUACCGCUCCAGCGGGAAGGUAAACGGCGUUUCCGUGCGCUGCUCUGGUUCACCAGAAGUGGCUUAGUCAUGCUAGCCACAUGACCCGGAAGCUGUACGCCGGCUCCCUUGGCCAAUAAAGCGAGAUGAGCGCUGCAACCCCAGAGUCGGUCACGACUGGACCUAAUGGUCAGGCGUCCCAUUACCUUUACCUUUUUACUAUAUCGCAGAAUUCAUUCUGUAUCGGCUAGUCUUUGCAAGGGGGAGCUAUGUAUGGUCACGGAAGCCCUUCCUGAACCGCUGAAAGCCUUAUUCAGACACUGGACAGCUACCUAGCUUUCACUAGGGUUUUCUGGAUCUCCUCUGCAACAAUCUGGUGCACAUGCUUUUGGACUACAGUUCCCAACAGCCCCAGCCAGCAUGUGUUUCUGGCCAAAACAUCUGGAUGGCCCCGGGUUGGCGAAGUCUGUUCUAAGAAGGUAGUCUUGUUCAUAUGGACUACAUCCUUUUUUGUUCUUUCAAAAUGAAGCUAAUUUUCAGGAAGCUGGAUUAUCCUUGCAAGUCAAUAGCUGGGUUUCUUGUCUCCUCCAAUACCACCAAGCGGAAAACAAUGGAUUUUUUUCUAAGAGGGAUGAAUUUCCCAUUUUCUGGGCAAUAACAAUGCAUCUGCUUGUUUCUUUGCAUAUGGAUUGCUUUUGAGGCUGCAUUUUUUGCGGGGAGGGAAGAGUCCUUUUAUUGCCUUAGUUCUCCUUCUGAUUAAGAGACUGCUCUCUUCUCAGCCUCCCUGUUGCUGUUUCUCCUCCCCUCCUCCUGGAAUAAGCAACUGCUAAUGAGCUACACGGUGGCCAGGCUGCUUUUGAUUAAUGGAUACCCAGAGCAACUUCUAAGUUUUAAUGUUUGUGUUUUCAGCUCUCGCAAUUUAGGAAGCGGUAAUGACCCCCAAGGAUGCGCCUUGUUGAUUUGUCAGAUGCGCAGUGGAUUUUCAGAGAGGAGAAGAUGAAAUACUUUAAUAUCCAGCAGUCACUCUGGGGCAGCUUUCAUUUUUAUUAGCUAAGGACAUCCUGCCUAAAAUUACUUUUCCCGCCCCCUCCUCACAAUACAUUGGUAUCGGGGGUUAAAAAAUGCCGUGGCAUUUGAUAAGUUGGCUGGGCCCUUACUCUGGGUCUGUUUCCAGUGCAUUUGAAUAUAAGGAAAGGGAACAGCAAGCUGGAUUUUCAUUUUCCAUCAGCCCUGCUGUAAGACAAGCCACAUCAGGCCUUCUCUCCCUUAGCUAUCACCCAGCCAUCAGCCAUUCCUGCAGACCAGAACAGUGGGAGAGAUGGGUCGCAGAGCCCAUCCCAUUGGCUCUCAGUCAAGCGCCUCCAACAUGUUCCUGGAAUUGUUUCCAUUCCAGGUGGUCAUGAAACAUGGGGCUGUGCUUAAGACAACUUAGAAACUUCAGUCGGUCAAAAAUGCAGCAGCCAGGUUAAUGGCCGGGCCUCUGUUUAAAUCUCAUACAGUAGUACCUCGGGUUACAUACACUUCAGGUUACAUACACUUCAGGUUACAGACUCCGCUAACCCAGAAAUAGUACCUUGGGUUAAGAACUUUGCUUCAGGAUGAGAACAGAAAUUGUGCUUCGGUGGUGCAGCGGCAGCAGGAGGCCCUAUUAGCUAAAGUGGUGCUUCAGGUUAAGAACAGUUUCAGGUUAAGAACAGACCUCCGGAACGAAUUAAAUACUUAACUCGAGGUACCACUGUAUAACCUUUGUUCUAAAGCAGCUGCACUGAUUACCUGUUUAUUUCCGGUCCCAAUUCAAGAUUGGUAUUUAAAGCCCUAAACAAUCUAGGCCCCAAAUAUCUGAAAGUUCCCCCUGCUUCCAUAACAGACCCUCUUGGGUGCAGCGUACAGUGGUACCUCGGUUUAUGAACUUAUUCCAUUUCUGAAGUCCAUUCUUAAACCGAAUCUGCUCUUAAACUGAGGCACGCUUUCCCUAAUGAGGCCUCCUGCCACCGGUGCCCUUCCACCGUUCAGCUUCCAUUCUUAGACUGAGGUAAAGUUUGCAAACCUGAACACUACUUCCGGUUUUGCGCAGUUCAUAAACCGAAUAGUUCGUAAACAGGGCUGUUUGUAAACCGAGAUACCACUGUAGUUCGUCCACCCUCAGAGGUUCGGAGGUGUGUGGCUGUCUGGGAGAGAGCCUUCUCCACGGCAGCCCCUGUGUUGUGGAACUCCCUCCCCAAAGAAGUGCACUUGGCACCUUCAUUGUACAGCUUCCGGCAAAUGCUGAAGAUGCACCUCUUUAACUUGGCUCGGGGUGUAUAUUUCUAGGAUGUGGCUUAUUUCUGUAAGUUGUUUUGAGUAUUGUUUUCUUCGUGUCGUAAUACGCCCUGGUACCUUAGGGUGAAGGACAGGAAAAGGAAUGAAUGAAUGACUAUGUGACAUUUUGCAGGGUUGUUCCUUGUGCCUUGAGACAUGACCUGUCCACCUAUGGAUUUUCCUAGGGCAACUCGAUGCUGGAUGGGAACACCCUCGCGGUGCAGGAGAGGCGGCUGCACAUUGGGGUACACAACGGCUUUUGCUUUGUGCAGCCACCACAGGUGGUGGUGGUGGUGCCAGAGGCCGAGGUGGCUCGAGGGCGGACCGGCAGCUUACAGAGGAAACAAGGAGCCGGUGUCAGACCCAGGUAAGAAGGCGGCUUUCCAGGCAAGGAAAAGCCAGAAGUUCCUACCAACCAAACACACACGUCUCUUUCCUUCCUUCAUCCAAGCAAGCAAGAAGAUGAUCACAUUUCAAGGGCACAUUCUGGCAAAAGUAACUGGGGAGGAUGGGGUGAAGGGCCACUGCGGGAUGUGGCUUGAAGAGAGGGGUUGUUGCCUGGGGAAGAGUCCUGAGGGUUGGAUAGGCAUGAGCACACCCUACACUGGCAGUACUUUGUUUCUCUCCAAGCAGAAAUUAGGGCAGAAUAAAGAUGGUCAGGACUAUAAACCUGAUGGCAUGUGGCUGGUUGGCAUAUCAUAUCUGGGUCUCUCUGCUCCCCCCCACUUCUUUCCUUGCAGUUCGGAGGGGCAAGCUCUUGUGCUGCGAAGCCGCAUACACUUGACAGAGAUGGUCCAUCACCCGGCCUUUGGAGUGGUCCUGCUGCUGGAGUAUGUCUUCUCCAUGGCAAGUGGACCAGAUGGGAAGGUAUGCGGUGCAUCUGCUGUCACCUCUUUGGUAGCAUAAGGAUGGCUUGAGUCUCUGUCUUCAUAGGGUCACAACUCAGUUGUGCCAGCUUUGACCUCCUGGUACCUUCUAUCCCUUUUUUUCUAUGAGGAUAUCUUGACGAGAGGCGGACAGGCAGGCAAUGCUUUUCUUUCCUUGGGCACAGCAUAAGGACAUAGAAACAUCAGAAGAGCCUUAUGGGGGUCAAUUGUAGCCAUUGACUGCCCUCCCCUCCCCUCUACGAGCUUCAUCACUCAUUUAAAAGCCAGGUCUGCAAUGGCGGUAGCUGCGUAUCAUCCAUAUGAUGCCGUCUUGAACAUGGCCAGUACAGAACCAAUGCAUUGGAUAUAAUUGCACACUCACAGCACAUCUGCUUCACGUAGGAAUAUUAGGCCAGAGGCUGGCUACUGCUCUCCCAGGGCAUCUCUCACCUGGGACACAACCUGAGCAAGAGGUGACUUGAUAGAAGUUCAUAAAAUUGUCCAUGGCACAAAGGCAGUGGGUAGGGAAAAGCUUUCUCUUUCACAACACUGGAACUCAUGGAUUGGACAAAUUCAUGGAGGAUAAGACUAUCAGUGGCUACCAGCCACAAUAGCCAUGCUUUGCCUCCACUGUUGGAGGUAGCAAUGUUUUGUAAUACCAGUAGCGGGAGACCACAGGAUGGAAGAGUUCUCUUGUCCUCAGGUCCCGCUUGCGGGUUUCCCAUUGAGGCAUUUGGUUGGGCACUGUGAGAACAGGAUGCUGGACCAGAUGGGCCACUGGCCUGAUUCAGCAGCCUCUUCUUAUAGCUAGAUCUGAUUAGCUACUUUCAGGGGCCUACUGGCGGCACUCAGCCUCAGACUCGUGGGUCAGAAUUGGUCCCAAUAAUGAAUAACAGAGUCUGUGUACUUCUUGAGUUCCCAAGCCAGCAGGCAACCAAAUUGCUUUCUAAGGAUUAUGAAAAUGUCACUCUUUCAGAAAUCGUUUGCUGUAGUCAGAAUAUGGUUCUAAAUGUUCUGUAUAAUUGAGAUUUGAUGGUGGUUUUCUUUCAUAUCUUUACAUAGAUUUAACUGCUGGCUGUUUUGAGUGAUUUUGUAACCUGUAUUGGGUCCACAUUUUGAAUGAUGUGGGGAGGGGGAAUAGAAGGAGCAUUGGGGGGGGGGGUCCACUAAGUGUAGGCUGCUACCUCCCAGCAAGUGAGAGUAUGAUGUUAGAAAUGUGCAGUGGGAAAACUCAUUUCGGGAAUUAUCAUGGAAAUGAUUUCGUUUCCUACAGGCUGGGCUAUCUCUGCCCUCAAAAAGGUAUUCCUGUCUCAUAUAGCAGUGGUAGUUGUUGCGGAGGAGUGCAAGGAUGGCUGAAGAGAUUUACAACAUGUCGUGAGGCUUAGGCGCAUUGCACAAUAUGCUCAAAUUGAUUUUUAAGUCCUUUUAAAAUUAUUUAAGGCUGGGAAGCCAGUGUGAAUUUUGCUGCUACCCUUGACUCGUACCGGAUGGUUCUAUCAUACUUAAUAAAUCCUCUCUAAGUGGUGUUGUCUCAGUGGAGUGCCACCUUCCACCAAACAGUGAUGAAAGAUCCAGGGGGAGUUGCAUGUUUUUGCAGGUGUGCAGGGGUGUGUGUGUGAGUUUUCCAGCAUAGGGGUUGGCCAAAUACCAUUUCUCAGAGGUGCUGUUGCCCAGUAGUUACAGUAAAGGUAAAAGUAAAGGGACCCCUGACCGUUAGGUCUAGUCAAGGAUGACUCUGGGGUUGCGGCACUCAUCUCACUUUAUUGGCCGAGGGAGCCAGCGUACAGCUUCCGGGUCAUGUGGCCAGCAUGACUAAGCCGCUUCUGGCGAAUCAGAGCAGCGCACAGAAAUGCCGUUAGUUACAGUACCUGGGGAGAAUACCUAGCAAGACCGUCAGGAGUGCUGUUGCCCAAUGGUUACAGUACCUGAGGAGAAUACCAAGCAAAAAAAAAAAAAAAAAAGAGAAUACCAAGCAAUAAGAAGUUGUGGGUAGUGGUGUUGAUCUCAAGAUCCCUCCCUGCCCCUUGUACUUCCAAGAGUGGCUGAACAGCCAAUACUUCUUCCCAAGAAAUGCUGGGAAUUUUAGCCCUGGGAGAGUAAUGGGGACUCCCAACAGCUCUUAAGCAUCCUAAUAAAGUACAGCUCCCAGAAUUCUUGGGGAGAAGCCAUGACUGUUUAAAGUGAUAUCAUAGAAUCAUGUGUGGCAUGACUUGUCUAGUUCAUCUCACUGCUAAGAGGAGAACCUGUGGCAGGAAUGGGACAAGGAGGCAUCUAAUGUGGAAAACAGUGAUGGAUUGAAUGGAUCCCUGGUCCGAUCCAGCAGGGCUCUCCUUAUGUCCUCCAAGUCUAACUCACCUUGCAAGAAUCUUAGUUGGGCAAUCAUCCACUGAUGAAUCAUAACCUACCACCCUGUUCAGUCUUGGCCAAGAUUGUGGUCCACUCCUAACUGGCCUGAAGCCUACUGGAGCCCAUUGCAGGAUGCAGGAAUAAUCUGGACCCCACCUCCCUAGAGAAGAUGAGCUCUCUAUGAAGGCAGUAGUACUCAGUUAUGAAGCAUGCACUGUGGCGGUGCUGGUUUGUCUUGUAUUGGGAGAGCCAGGAGCCGAGGGAGCUUCUGUGGAAGAGUCACUGGUAUAUGAAGCAUCCAGGACUAGCAGGCAAGCAAUCUCAACAGAGAUAGGUGGUGGGAGGAGAAGGGCUCCAGUGAUUCUCCUCCAUCAUUGAGUCUUGAAGUCCCCCCCCCAUGAGAACUCCUUGCAUUUAACAGCAGAUCAGAAAAAGUUUUAGCAAAGCUAUCUCUCUACUCUGCAAGUUCUGCCUUGCGUGUAGGAUUUAUUUAUAUUUUAACACGGAGGAGCAUUCAGAAAUAAGAGCCUGGAAUUCUCCCGGCUCAUUUUGCAUAAUGGGUAGCUCGGCCCUGGAUAUUUAACUUGGAAGAUAACAAAAUGCCUGUGGGAAACAAUCCUAGUUGCCCGAGUCUCCCGCUGAAAAUUACUGCUGAUGAAUUUAAUUCUCUGUUUUGUAGAGGAGGCAGAAAAAAAGAAAAAGAAACUUGCCCAGCCUUAGUUUUGAACUGGAACUUGGUGACCUUCUCCUUUUCACCAUGCAGAUCUCCCUUUCAAUAUAACUCAAUUAGCAAACGUUUUGAUUUGGGGCUCCAGUCUCAAGUGUUCCGCUUGACAUCCAUGCAAAGGCGAAGGCACCUUCAACACAGCAGGAGUGAAGUCCAGUGUGCUUCUUUUAUUUAUCCAGAUGAAACCCGGGCACUGUGAUCAGGUGUUCCUUGGCUUUUUAUUAAUAAAAUUAGCCACCUUAAUCCACCUGUGCCGAUCUGAAGUGUUUGGUUCAUUAGCCAGCGCUUAGCAGCACUGACCUGGAGAGCAACUUGCUUGCUGUCAAAUUGCUUACCUUCUCUAAGGAGCAGAAAGGUCACCUGCUGAGCCCCUCAACCCCUUAUUGAUCCCCACAAGGUCUGACUUCCUUUCUAAGGACAUGCCUGUGCAAGGAGUCACCCAGGUUCAUUAUAGUGUAGCUUUGAUGUUAUGAUGCCACUCCACUGCCCCACCCCCACUGAUGCUGCUGAUUUCUUCCCCCAUGACCCACACCAAGAAAAGGGGGGGGCAGGCUGAAAAGGAGGCUUUCAAGGGGAAGAGGUCAUCAUUGUUAGUGCUUAUGAGAAAAACCCUAUCCACUUUCUCCAUGCCAAACAUGUUAUAAAUAUCUAUCCUGUCACCACUUAUUUGCCUUUCCUCUAAACAAAAAUGUCUUAUUAUCUGGAAAGACCCUUGUCCUCAACAAAGACCCAGAUGAAAGUGCCUUUGGCUUCCUCCCGGCAUUCCCUUUGAUGCUGCCGGAUUUCAAAACCGUUAAUUAGAAGCGGAGGUAACUCUUUAGUUAACUUUGCCCUAAAUACUUCCAGGAGCAAAUGCCAUCGAGGAAUUGUCUGCCCUUGGGGACGCCACAAACAGCACCAUUCUGUUGGCCAUUUGGCUGCCCCAGCAGCGCACUUUGCCCUUUCCCCCUUUUGGUAACGUUUGGACGGCGACCUGUGCUUGGCUCCGAGCCCCUUCCACUUCCGCCUCUGAAAGUAGGUGAGCAGGUUGGGAGGAUCUGUCAGUCGUUAAUUGAGCACUUAAUUGCAUAUCUGUGUGCAGAUUGCAAGCGCCACCUCGACACAGCCAGCUUCUCUUUGGCCUGCUCAGUCUCUCUCUCUCUCUCUCUCUCUCUCUCUCUCUUUCUCUCUCAUCUCUUUUGCAGGCUGUAAGCAAGCUCUGAGUUCCGCACACAGUGGGCCCGUUCCUGAGCCUACUGUAGAGACAAUGGGAGUUGUCAGGCAAUGCAUCAACCCAAGGCUUGAUUUCCCCAGGGGGUUGGCAAUGGCCUGAGAUGUCAUACCUGACCGUGCCGCUUGCCUGAUUGUACAGCUGCGCAGUUGGAAUGAGCAACCUUGUCUUGACAAAUACAUUGUCAAAAGUAUAACAAAUGAACUGGCUGUGGGUCUCCAGGGAAGGAACAUCCUGUGUUUUCACCCUAGAGAAAGAUUACCUCUCGCAUUACAGUGUCACGGAUCCAGAAAGGACUUAAUAAGUGAUGCUCCCUGCCCUGAGUCAAGGUCUUGCACAAUGACACAACUUUCCACAUGAGAAUAUUUGGGGAGGGACCACAGCCUCUCUAAACCAACAUAUGUCCUGCUGUUGAACUGUACUUACGAGUAGGUCCCACCCUUCACCUCUGUAAGCCUUUGCUGGGGAGUCUGGAGUGGGGCACAAAAUCCCAUAUAUUUGCAAACAUAUUUUAUGUAUAUUUAUAAAACCAGGAAUGCCCUUCCUGUCUCCGAAGAAGAAAAAAAGAUGGACCCAAGACACCCAACAGAUCCCAACAAAAGUGUUGCAAGAAAUCAAAAUAAAUUAAAAGAGUUGCCAAACAGCAACAGAUAAAAUCAGCCAGGGUGCAGACAGUUCAUUAUAUCCUACAGCUGAGUGUGGUGGGAUGGGGAGACUCUGGUCUUCCAGAUAUUGCUGGACUCCUGACUCCCAUUAUCCACUGGGCCAUUGGCCAUGGGGGCUGCUGGAGCUGCUGGGAGUUGGAGUCCAGCAGUAACUGAGCAUCAGUCAACCAUGAGUCAAAUGGCUCUGUAUUGCUCACACUGGCUGGCAGUGUGUCUCCAGGGUUUCCCUUCCUUUCCUGGAGAUGUCACUGAGGAUUGGACCUGGGACCGUCCGUAUGGAGAGUGUUAACUGGUUGUGGCUCUCCAGGGUUGUAGAUGGGACAUUCCAAGCCCUACCUGGAGAUGCCAUUGGGGAUUCAACUUGGAGUCUUAUUUAAGAAAACCAUGUGCUCAAGCACUGAGCCAGGCAUGACCAAACUUGGCCCUUAAGCUGUUUUGGGACUACAACUCCCAUCAUUCCUAGCUAACAGGAUCAGUGGUCAGGGAUGAUGGGAAUUGUAGUCCCCAAAACAUCUGGAGGGCCAAGUUUGGCCAUGCCUGCCAGUGAGCGAUGGUCUCCCAAAGUCCAUUUCUUUUUGCCUUCCAGUGCAAUAAUGCACCCACUCUCAAAGUAAAAAGCCGUUUUUGAUUGCAACACCAUUGGCGGUUUUGCUUCCGAUGCCUUUCAAGGUGUUUCAUCGCUCAUCUUCAGAUUCUGAGCUUUGCAAAGGUGUCACAUGUAACAUGCUAAAAUAAGUAUAUUAAAUCACACACACACACCCUUCAGUCCAUGGCGUUCAGUCUCCUUACUCACUGUGUGUGCAGGAAAUACUGACUUGCAGCAGUCCUUCUGGAAAGCUCUAGAAACAGUGACCUCCAGAAGAAGCACUUGAAAGCUCUCUAUUUUUUUCUUUCAUUUAAAGAAUUAUUGAGGUCAUAGCACAGAAAGAGAAGUGGCCUAAUACACACACAAAUGCUUUCUAUGACUCAGAAGUAAAAACAAGUCAAUUUCUUGCUCCUUUAACUCUUAAGAAGCUUGGUAUUGUGUGUUUGUGUUAUUUGUGUUAUUUUUUUAAAAUUCUGUUCAGUUUUUGACACUUCACAGCUAUGUUGCUGUAAAGGAAAUUGACCUGUAGAAGCACUGAAAUAAUAUAAUUACAUGGGAGAUGGUUGAAUGGAGGAUUUGAGGAAUUAGAGUGAAAGAAUAGGGGUAGAGGAAGGAAUCUGUUGGGAUGGCAGCAUUGCGUUGUAGUGGGUGGAGGUGCCUUUAUCCAGUACUGACCCAGUUUGUAUUAGGGAUUUUCUCUCUUGCAAAUAUCUGUAUCCUGUUUCCAGACUCACUCGAUCUGUGUGCUGAUGACUAAGGCGAGCAAAUAGAAGCAAUGCAGUAAUAAUCAACAAAACAAUGGGGCUUAUACGGACCCGCUUCAUCCCCUCUGUUCUUACCUAGGCAAUUUUUGCUGAAUGAUAUGAGGGAGGCUCGAUCUGGCUUCAUGCAGACAGGUGGACCACAAUGGUGGUUGAUGGUCAGCUUUGCAUAAGCAAAUCUGAGUUAUGUUUAGUUCUCAUGGAUGUGUGUGUUCAACUUCAGGUGGCAGGUGGGAGUCAGGUGCUAUAGGGAAUCCACAUGAUUCCCUAUAUAGAGAACACUAGCAUGCCCACAAAAAUGCUAGGCUAGAGCUAUCUGUCAUUUGGUUUUCUGUGUGAAGGCUGGAUUUCUUUAAGUCUUACGAGUUCAUCUCAAAUGCUUUGGCCCAGACACAUAUUUAUAGCCCAGACACUGAGACCUUAGGGCAGAAGACAGCUGAUCUGGUGCUCUCUGGUUGUUGUUGGAUUCCAGCUACGAUCAGCCCCAGGCAGCCUGGGUGAUGGCCAGGAUUUGUAUGAGCUGCUGCCCAGAGAAUGCCAGGGGGUGAUGCUCUUGCCCUAGAGCUCCAAUGAUGGACCUUAGUUGUGCCUUCUCUCCUGGGAGAUCCAUCAGAGAGGAAGUUGUCUUGGUGUACUGUGCAGCCUAAUCCAGGCUGUGGGUUAUGUGACCUGAUUCUCCUGGUUUCACACCCGGUGAACUGAUCCAUCCUUUUUGGAACUGAGAUUCCAGGGCUAUGAGAUUGCCUGGGCAGGUGGCCCCAGCUCAGCUUCCCAACUUGGGGAGCCCCUGUCAGAGCUGUCUGCAAGCUGGGUCUCAACAGAUGUGUGAGCAGGCGUAACUAACUCAAAUCUUGAAAGGUCUGGUGCAAUAACCCUGGAGCACCCAUUUAAAUUUAGGAUUAAAGCAGUCUAUUCAUUUGUAAAACCGAGCCUGUCGCCUUUCAAAUGUGCCUUUCUAAUCUGUGCAUGCAAAUCUAGCAGGUUGUAAUUAUGCUUGAUUAAUUAACCUGGAAUAAAGGAACAUGAUUUCUUCCCCCACCAGCUCACCACAGCAGAAGCAAAUGGUGUAUCCCCAGGAUACAUCAGCAGCUUAGCCAAUUCUCCCCCCCCCCCCAUGAGAUAUUUUGCAUGCUUGGAAGCUAUUGGCUAGGGCUGGGAUGACGCAAGAGAAUGAGAACUGUCAGUGCAUCAGAGAAAUCUCAUUGGUAUUUUAUGUGUACUGAUCCCAUGCCUGAUGUUUUCCCCAUACAUAAUCUAGGAGGGCACUGUGCGCCCAUUGCUUCCCACAGCUCCAUCACACUGUGAAUACCAACCCAGUGCGCACAUUUUAAUAUUUAUAGAUAGGCGAUUGUAUCUCCCCUGUGGGUCAGAGAAGACGCCAUUUGUGAGUUCCUGUUUUGAAUUAGACAUGCCAGGCUGUGGUAAUAAUGGAAUUCACUUUCCUGCUGGAUGGCACCUGGUCCUGCUGGGGGAAGGAACAGCUCCUCUCCUGUGCUCUGCAUGUCAAAUCCAAACCCAAACUGGUUUACCUUGCAUUAAAAUAGCUUGCAUUAUAAAAAUAGCCGGUCUUUAUUAACCAGUUCUGCCUGAGAUAUUUGGGGCCUGGUGUUUAGAUAGUUGAAGACCCAGUUGUCUUGAAUUAUGAUCAUCAGGAUGGUUUUUGAAAGUAAUAUUUGUGAAGCAAAAGGUAAUCUUUGCUUUUAGGUUAUGGACUUGUAUGUCAUCAUCAAUGACUGCUAGCUAUGAUAACAGUGUUCUAUCUCCAAUUGUUGGAGAAGGCAUGCCCCUGAAUCUUCCAGUAGCUGAGAAUCACAAAUGGGGAGAGUGUGGUUGCACUCAGCUCUUGCUUGUGGGCUUCUCUUUGAGAGAUCUAGUAGGCCACCCUGGCAAGAAAGCUGAAGCACUCUGGUGCAGACUCUGGGCUCCCCACCAGGUCCACUGCAACCUUUGCCCUUGAGAACCUGGGAGCUGGGGAAGGGUGGAGUGCCAGAACAAAGGCUUGAUAACCCUUCCUGCCAUGGUGAGGGGGUAUGGCCUAGCUAAGCCCAGUGGGGCAGCUUACUCUAUGGUCUUAACCCCUUCAUGCAUUAAUUAGAGUUAAGCAUGCUGGUCAUAUGAGGCUGAUUAUCCCAAAUUAUCCUCCAUGAAACAGGAGGAAGCAGUUUCCCCAAAGUGAUCAGCUCCCGAGCGGGUGCCCCCAAGUAAGCCAGUUUGUAUGCUGAGCUACCGUGAUCAGGCUCCUGCACCAGACAGUCUGCCCGUCAUAUGAGUGUGAGAUGUGCAGAUUAGCAUGCCUCCCAGCGCUCUAGAGUGUCAUCAACAGCCCUUUUGCGCAGCCCGGCCGUGGCUUCGCACUGAACCCAAUUAACCCCCUACCCUCUCCUUUCUGGAGGGUGGAUAAUCCCUAAGCUGAUUGCCUUUGUAGCUUUCGUAAUGAGCAAUUUACAGGGAGCCGGGAGAAGGAUUUCAAAACGCUGGGACGCAGCCGUGAGUUCCUAGGCUUUUCUUUUGAGACCCUUCUGAAGAGUCCUUAAAACGGGGACAGCCUGAGCCUCCUGAGCCUCUCUAGCUAAGAAGCCAGCCCAUAAUGUUAUAUUCAGAAUGGUGCUUCCCACCGGUGCAGCCCAUCCUGUCCCUAAGAAAAUGCAUCACUUUCUCUCUGGAAGGUCAGGUUACUGGCAGAAUUAGUACUAGAGCUCCAGGUACUGGAGAGAGAAUCCUGAUUGCUGGGGUUGAUUUAUGGGGCUAAUAUUAAAGUUGGUAAGACUUAGGAGAAAAGAAACAGUUCUCUCCUCUUCAGUUUGAAUGCCAAAUGAUCACCAGCCUUGCAGGAUCUGCUUUGUUAUUUUUAUUAUUGUUAUUUCUUAGAAGCCUGGACCUGUAACUAGAAUCGGGUGCACAAUACCAGCCAGAAGGGCAGACACGCAUUAAGAAACAGAGCGCUUCUGAGCACAUGCUCAGCCCAGAAAUUGCGAUCAGUUUCAGAAAUUAACUCACAGUCAUUUCGCACACAAAAAUCCAAUUCUGGUUCCUGCCCACAUGCUUUCUUUGUUCCAUCACUUCAAUUUAGGGGGAUAGGGAAGCCUAUUAGUCAUUGCUACUGUCAGCCAAGCUCUCCCUGACCCACUGCGAAGAAUCAACAGAUCUAUCAAUAGAGCUCAGUCUACCAAGUAUCUCACCAUAUAAACUGCCCCGGACCCUGCAAUCACCAUAUAAGGCCCUUCUCUGUGUGCUCCUUCCAUGGCAGGCCUGGAGAGUAGCAACCCUAGAACGGGCCGUUUCAGUGGUGGCCCCCCUCUUGUGAAGUGCUCGUCCUGGGGAGGCUCGCCUGGCGAUUAUUUCAUACCCUUAGGUGCCAGGCAAAAACAUGUCUUUUUUCUUGGGCCUUUUAAUUAUCUGAGGCCUCCUUGAGUGGGUGGGAUGUUUAAAUGUCGCCUUUUAAGAACAGGGUUGUCUUUUAGAUUCUUAUUUUACGCCUAUUUAUUCAUGGUUAUAAAUCACUUUGAGUUGCUUUUGUACAAAAUAUGAACGAAGCUUAAUUAUUGUUAUUGCUGAUAAUAAUACCUACCACCUACUCCAGAAUCUCAAUGCUACAAUGGCCCUUUCCCAGCCACUCUACCAUAGACUGUGGAGUGGGAACACAGAUAAUGAAGGUUUUAUUACACAGGGACAUUGGUACAGUGGGAGGAAGUUGCCUUUGAAAAAUCCUGGGGGUUUUUGGCUCCAGGAUCAGCUUGAACAUAGCACAUCAUUUUAGAAGCAGCAAGGAGUUUGAAACUAUGUAUUUUUGGGAAGGGGCUUUUUUUGGAUUAUUGCUUGAUUUUAUCCAAAAUCAUGAAUCAUAUUCACAUUUAAUUUACUGUAAACCAACAGUCUUGUGGCACCUUAAAAGCAAACAAAUGAUUGCAGAUAAACUUUUGUGGUCCACCGCCUAUUUUAUCAGAUUCAUGAAGUUGGCAGAGGCAGGCAUAUCAGUACAUAAAUGCUUACAUAGGGUGUGGGGCCCAGGGGAACGAGGUCACAGGGAGAUUGUGGUCAUAUGGUUGCCACUGUGCUCUUUUUUUAAAAAAAACAUUCCCUUCUAACUUCUACAUUGCCUGCACCUCCACGUAUCAUUGCCAAAUUAAAAAGUACAAGCAGUGUAUCUGAUCUAGAAGAUCUGGAGAAGGGCAACCCAACUGGGGGAAAGUUGCAGCAUUUGGGACUUCUUAGCUUAGAGAAAAGGCAAGUAAAAGGUGACAUGAUGGAAGUUUAUAAAAUGAUGGAUGGUACUGAGAAAGUGGAUAGAGAAAAGUUUUUCUCCCUCUCUCGUAAUACUAGAACUCACAGGCAUCCAAGGAAGCUGAAUGUUGGAAGCUUCAGGACAGGUAAAAAAAGUCCUUCUUCAUGCAGCUCAUAGUUAAUCUGCAGAGCUUGCUCCUGCGGGAGGCAGCGAUUGCCACCAUCUUGGGCAGUUUAAACAGAGCUAUUAAUUAAUCAAUUAAUUCUAACAUGAAUCUUUUAGUUGCCUUAAACCACUGUCUCAAGGCAGUUAACACAUAAUUAUAAACACAGACACACACACAGACACACACACACACACACACACACACACACACAAAAGCAACAAAUCCAUAACAAGUGGACAUUCAUGGUAAAGACCUAGCUAGUGAAGCCUGUCUGAACAAAACUGUCUUAAGCCAUUUCUGGAAAGCAUCUGCCUGUCUUAUCUCAACAGGGAUGCUAUUCCACAGAUAUCUGUAUAUAUCUGCAUAAUCCGGACUGCAUUUCUUGGUCACACCAGUAUGCGAUGCUAAGAGUGUAACAGCCCCAUGGACAUGGAACUGACAUUUAAUAAGUGAUGUCUUCAUUCUCACAUCCAUUCCUGCCCCCCGCACCCUUGAACCACAGACGCCAUCCGUUACAUCGCUGACAACGCCGGCUUACAUGCACUCAAUUCGCUGGGCUGUUUGGAACCCCUCACUGGACGCAACUUCUUCAAACGUGGUCCUGCCAUUGCAAGGAGGAGUGCAACAUAAUCCCAGUCACGUUUUGGUUUACAAGACACCACCAGCCACCAUGAGCUCUGAAGAGGUGAGUUGUGAUCCCCAGAAACAUAUUUUGGGGAAAGUAUUGGCAGAGCUGGUGGUUUGGAGGCAACAGGCCCCUAGCCAGGGACAUGGUGAAGCCAGUCAGCAAAUCAGCCAUAAAGAGCAGUCAGAGGGAGGAACCUAUGAGAAAAAAUUGGCAGAAUUGGCACUACUACAUGUGCCUCAUAAUGCCUAUUACUUAUUUGUCAAAACUCAAUCAUUUACUGUGGCAGCACUUACACUUUGGAACUCCCUGCCCAUUGAUAUCAAGCAGGCACAUUCACUGUAUUCUGUUCGGCUCCUGCUAAAAACAUUUAUGUUUAGUCAAGCCAGGUGGUUAGAAAAUCUGAUGUGAAAUUUAAUCUGUUUUAAUUUUAGUUUCUUGCAUUCUGUAACGUAUGGCAAUUUCCUCCUGAAUUUGUGGUUUUACAUUUUUGUAAGCUGCUUUGAGUUUUCUUAUAAUUAAGCAGCAUAUAAAUUUUAUGAACUAAAUAAAAAUAAACAGUCCCAGCCAGCGGCUAGGGUGCAAAACCGACCAGGAGCAUGUGCUAGGCUUGGAUUCCAGGCAUGCAAAGCCACAUGCUGAGUAUUGAACCUGGGACCUUCUGCACUAAAGCAGGUAUUUUCGGAGAACCCCAGCUUCUUUAAGAGAGAGAAAGGAGUUUCUAGUCCUUAAGGUGUGUGAACACCUGCUAAAAUCUGAGAAGGCAGAAGGGCUGCCAAACAAGAACUCCAGUGGUUGGAAUAGGGGGCAGAAAGUCUGUGCUUCUUCUACCCCCGUGGUCAAGCCACGACUACGUCAAAUAGUAGAAAUUGCAGAAAUGUGCACAAUUUAUGCAGGUCUCAGAAUUCUUGGGGCAGAAGUCAGAUUCCUUCGACCCGGAACAUUAGGAUUUUAUACUGUUCCGCUGUUCCACGGUGGCAACAUGAAGAAUAGGAGAAAUAAGGAUGUCCUUGCUUCCUCCCCUCUCCUUUUUUCCAAAUCCCAGGUGAAGCAGGUUGAGUCAGGGACUGUUCAGUUCCACUUCUCCACCGGCUCCGAGGAGCAACCUGCAGUGGCUGGAAAACCCUCAAGCAGCACGAAGGGAGAGGCUCCUCUCUCAAAGAAUCCUCCGCCCACGCCGUCCCCCAGUGAGUUCUUUUUCCAGAUUGCUAACUCUUCAAACGCACAGCAGGACGUCUGUUCCACUCCAGAACUUGGUGGAGGUGGGGAGAGACCACUUAAAAUGCGCUGCUGUAGUCGGAGAAUUUGGAAAGAUAAGGCCAACAACUUGGGCUCUGCUUUCUUGGCAAGAUUCCCACUCUCUUCCAUCCUUUCAAGUGCCGCCAUUCAGCUGCCUGCAGCUCAAGAGGCUGUUGUUUCUGGUGCACGAACGUGGACUCCGUAAUUGGAGACACACGUUCCCGUGGCAGCCACGCAAGCGCUGUGACUGGAGAAGGGAACACAGUGCCCUCCGUCAAGCGCUGCUAAGAUGGAGUUGACUCAUAGAAUAGAAUCAUAGAAUUGCAAUCCAUUCCACUGAAAAGCAGAAAUCACAACUAAAUAAUCACCGACAGAAGGCCAUCCAACCUCGGCUUAAAAGCUUCCUGCGAAGGAGAGUCUACCAUCUUCUGAGGUCAUAGAAUUGUAGAGUUGGCCCGUUGCAAUGCAGGAAUCACAGCUAAAGAAUCCCUGGAAAGGUGGCCACCACCUUCUGAGGAAGGCCAUUCCAUUGUCAAAAGAGCUGUUAUUGUCAGAAAGCUGUUCCUAAUGCUUAGUCAGAAUCCCUUCUCUUCAUAUUUCGUUGCACUACAAGGUGGAGAUUUCACUCCUGGGUUGGAAAAAGUGUUCAGUUUGUAAUACAGUGGUAUCUCGGGUUACAGACGCUUCAGGUUACAGACCCCGCUAACCCAGAAAUAGUACCUCGGGUUAAGAACUUUGCUUCAGGAUGAGAACAGAAAUUGCGCAGCAGCGGGAGACCCCAUAAGCUAAAGUGGUGUUUCAGGUUAAGAACAGUUUCAGGUUAAGAACGGACCUCCAGAACGAAUUAAGUUCUUAACCCGAGGUACCACUGUAUCUGGGCUAGAUGUUUCUGGGAUGUGCUACCCUGGCCCCACCCCAUAAGAACUUAAGAGCAGCCUAUUGGAUCAGGCCAAAGGGGGCCCAUCUCAUCCAGCAUCCUGAUUUUACAGUGGCCAACCAUAUGUGGGUAUGACCCAAACACCGCAAGAGUUCUCUCUCCCCUCUUGCGGUUUCCAGCAACUGGUAUUCAGAAGCAUUACUGCCUCUGAUUGCGGAGGUGGAGCAUAGCUUCCAUUGUGGCUAGUAGGAUACAAUGAACCCCUGCCCCAGACCAAGUGUUGGGAAGCUUUGGCCCUCCAGAUGUUGCUGAACUUCAGCUCUCAUCCUCCCUGGCCACCCUUGCUGGGGCUGAUGGGAGUUGUGAUUCAGCAAGAUCCAGAGAGUCGAAGUUUUCCUACACCUGCGCUAGACAGGUGCUGUCAAUACUUUCAACCAAAUGUACAUGGCAAAACUAAUGUUUCUCCCUGUGGGUUUUCCAUCUUCCUCUCUCUGGUGCCUAAAAUGGGAAAUGUAAUAAUUCAGUGAACUUGGGCCCACAAUGUAGAUUCAGGAACCUGGAGACCUAUAUUUCUCAUGAUUCCUUGUACUUGGGGUGCUGUUGCAGUAAUUCUGUUGCACUGGAGGUAGGGAAAGGGUUGCAGGUAAAGAGACCUUGCUUCUCUUGCUUCCAUAAGUUUGAGAGAAAAGAAGGAGACGGUGAGGCAGGGAGCAUCCCACACAGUAGCUGAAUUAUGAUCUAAGAUGGAGAAGCAUUUUUGGGCCGCCACGUUCUGUUUGGAUUGAAUAGGAACAUUAUGAGUCACACGUUCUAAUCCUAGAAAUUACAAACACCUUUGGCCAUUGCUGGGUUGUCUCCAGUGCCCGUGCUAUUCAGAGUAGACCCACUGAAGUUAAUGGGCAUAACUGACUUAGGUCCAUUCAUUUCAAUGGGUCUACUCUGAGUAGAACUUACCUGGAGACAAGCUACUGGUUAUAUCUCUCCCACUUGCCCAAAAGUCUUAGAUAAGUGACAUAUUAACACCUGAGGCUUCCUUGAAUUUACCGACAACAUAACAAAAGCCUCUCCUUUAAAAAACAAACCGAAACAUAUCUCUGCAGAUAGAAAGCUAACAUGUUGGAGAACUGAGCUAGAACAUUUCAUCCUGAGGUGCUGCCUUUCCUCAGACAAUUUUUUUUGGGGGAAAGCGCCCUCAACCAUGCAGCAGGCCUCCUGAAGUCUGAGCAAUAACUGCACCGUGUAAUUCUGCUGACUGCGUAGGCCAGAUCCUAGACUUUAUCAUUCAGUCACUUAACAAUAAGACAGGAAAUUGCAUUGAACUCUGCAACCUUACCUGGCUGGCUCCUGUUCAAGAACCAGCAAUAGGAAUUAAUGCAUUUAUAUAGUUUGCCUUUAUCUGGGGUGGGUAACGUACAGCCUUGCAUUAAAAGAUGAAGUGAAGCGCUGUCCCACCGUUCAUCAAAAUCUGCUUUGCAUUGCUCUUUUUAAUCUUUCCCCAUUUGUCUGUGGAUGUUUUAACUGUAUUCCUCUCAACUUAACAGCCUGUGUGAACACUCAUAUGCGCCUUUAUUACCUUAUUAAUGUGGUGCAGUUACUGAAUUUUUUAGGACUGUGUGCACUUGAGAAAGUGCCAGGGAGGAUCCGCUGGUAGCAAAAACUUUGGUCUCCUAGCAAAGAGCCAGUUUCAUUGUGGAAUCAGGAAUAAGAUCCUCUUCAUUUAAAAAAAUGGAAUUAAGCACAAUUUUUACAAAGACCUGUGGGAGAACAGGGUGUUCUUAGAAGCUUGUGUGCGACCCAUGGGGCUUUAGGAAGCUACAUAUGAUUACCCCAUGGAACCAUUGUUCUUACGUUACAAAAGUAAUUGUAAGGAUUAGCUUGAUGUGGUAGAAAGUGGGCAUCAGAAUGGCUUCCAGCAGUCAAAGGGGGGCACCUCUUCUGAAUCACACCAGACAUUUGCCCCUCAUCCCCCUGGAGCAGGAGUGGGGUGAACUUCAAUCCUGGGGGCCAAAUGCAACACUGCAGAUUUCCAUCUGGCUGUCAAGAGUCUCCUGAGUCCAUGAGAGCUAGUGUGGCUUAGUGGUUAUAGUGUAGGACCUGGAAGACCAGGGUUCAAAUCCCUGCUCAACAGUGAAAUUCCCUGGGUGACCUUGGGGCCAGUCACUGCCUCUUAGCCUAACCUGCCAUGCAGGGUUGCUGUGAAGAUAAAACGAGGAGGAGAGAGAACCAGGUACCCCACCCACGUUGAGCUCAUUGAAGGAAAAGCAGGAUAUAAAUGCAUGAAAUAAAUAAAAUUUAAAAACCACACCCCUUACUCGCCUUGUUCCACAUUCUUCUUGAGUUCUUUGUCCUGGCUAGAAUGCAAUAAAAUACUUCUUGCCUGCCUAGAUAAAGAGAUAGGGGAUGGGAUGUAGAAAAUGCUGGCUUUUGAAUAGCUAGAAUGUACUCUAUUGCACAUAAGUAAAGAAUCCACUCAUUUUUGCCUCUGGCUCCACCAGGCAUUGGCAUCCAUUUCCCAAAAGGCUGCCUACGAGGGAUUGUUGCCCUCAGGGUGAAGUAAGGUCCCCUAUCCCUGCCUGAAACUGAGCACCCAUAAUCCUUUGGGCUCAGAGUUGGUUUGCUCAUGAUUUUGCUGCCAACAUACAUUUCAGUUUAGCUCUCCCCCUUCAAAGCAUCCUUUUCAGAAGAGUCUGGAAGAGGCAAAAUAAUGUGAUAGCAUUUAAAGUCCUGGCUGAGACCUUUCCCUGCCUGAAUAUUUCACCAGCACUGAAAGUUCCUUUGGUAAUCCUGAUGCCACUGAAGCUGUCAGCUUGAGAGAAGCACUUAGGCUGGGAGAUAUUAUGAACAAUCCUCCCAAUUGUCUUUUAUUUCUUGCUGCAGCAUUAGAAGCAGCAGCAGCAAAAUAAGAUGCAUUUCUUCUGUGGGGCCACUAGAGGGCAGUGUCUCCCAGGCUUCUGCCUUGCUGGGACCUGUGCUGACCUAUAUUCUGUUUGCAAAUGCUCUGGUUUCAACAAGAGGUGGGUUUCAUGUGUUGUUUAAUAGGUUUUAAAACCUGGAACUGGUGAGGGUCAAUUGAAAAAAAAAAGUUUAAUGGUGGCAAUUUCACUUAGACUCUCCUUGACAUAAUCCUGAGCGGUAGUUGAGUUAGCCGUGCUGGCACAGGGGCGUUGGGGAGGGGAGCAGUAGCGCUUAGGAGACAAUCUAGUUUAUUGUGACAUAAAUGGAAGUGAUCGAGGCACUGCUGUGCUACUGACAUUCCUCCCCACAGAGGCAGUUCAGCUGGUCGGAAUCAAACCCGAAUGAGAGAGGAGGGGGAGGACGAGUCCUCUGAGCGUGCUCUGCACACCCCUACUGCCUCUUCCAGCUGGGUCUCUGCUUGAGACAGAGCUUGUUGGGACUCAGCUCGGGCUCAUUCCAGGCUGGGCUCUGCAGGGAUGUUCGUAAUCAGACAGCUGGGGUUCAGGACCAGGGAGAGCUCCCCAUGGAGCCACUUUUGCCCAACACCAGUCUGGGCCUCUUGAUCAGGACCCACAGAGCCUUCUUCACUCAGCACUAGUCUGGAUGGACUACUUCCUGUUAGAAUUCCUGCUCCAUGAUUGCAGUCAUGGGAUUGUUGUCUAUCACAUGACGGUAUAUGUUUUUACUCCACAGAGUGGGAAGUGAUAGAGACAGGAUGUUUGUGUUACUGUGUUCCGUAAAGUGGGACUAUUAUCCUUUGUUCUUAUUUUCUUUUGCUGUCUUAUGCUAGAGAGGGAGGGAGCCAUGUUGCAGUGCUCCGUGUGUGUUUAUAUGUAAAUAAAGUAGAUUAGCCAAAAUGCUGAGUUGCAACUGCAAAGACUCUGCGGAUCCCUAAGUGUGCCGAUGUCUGUUGGCAUUGGUCGCUGUGAUGUUCGGGCAAAAGAAAGCUUUUGAAGCUCCUGAACGAUCGAGCAGGAGGGAGGGAACAUGCCAGUUGGGCAUGUGUGUCUGCCAGGGUCCUACUUGAGUAUAGGCUAAGCUCCUAACACUUCCUGUGAAGCAACCUUAACUCAGCACUAGCCUGGAAUCAAAUUUGGGGGGUCAGUCCUAUAGAGAAAGAGUCUGAUUCUUGAGAUUUAAAGGGGCCACGCUCUUACACAGGGUUGGGAUGCCUCCCAUGAUCCCUGGGCUUGGCGAGGUGUUGGAGAAAGGGGGUUCCCAUGCUCACCAUGGACAUCUGCCAGGAAGACCUAGUCAAUUCUGACUUCCUCGCUUAUGCCCCUAAGUAUGCCUUCCCUUUGGGGCCUGGCUGCCUCAUCCAGUAUGAUGCGAAGGUGCUCGUUGGCGAAGCAGAAUGACUGCUUCAUUGGCUGCUUCUUGCAGUGGUUCAGGGGCCCAGACUUUUUCAUCCUCCCAUGUCAUAGGAACAGAGGAAGCUGGCUUAUACUGAAUCAGACCAUUAGCCCAUCUAGCCCAAUGUCAACUCUGUUCUGACUGGUGAUAGGUUUCUGGGCUUUGCAGCAGGAGUUUUGUAGCAAGAUGCCCCGGGGUCUGAACCUGGGACUUGCUGCAUACAAAGCAGCUGCUCUACCACUGAGCUACAGCCCUUUCCCUUAAAAUAAAGUAAGAUGGUAGUCGUCAUGGUUCUAAUAUAAAUAGAAAGGUGCCUUAUCUGAAGUCAGAGCAUUGGUCUGUCUAGAUCAGUAUUGGCUUCACUGUCUGUGACUCUCAUUAGUUUCAGACUAGGGUCUUCCUUACCCUUACCUGGAGUUUCCGGAGCAGAACCUGGGGACUUUGGCCUCCAAAGCUGACGCUGUACCACUGAGCCCAUCCCCAAGGUCUUUAAAAUUGUCCUCUGCUGGGUGGGGUCCAGAUUGUGCCUUCAAUACAAUCCCCACACAUUCUGACAGCUAGUGGAAUUUCCCACAGUGAACAUGUAGCAGGUGCUUGUAGCAUGUUGAGUGUGGUAUGUAUGCCUGGGAACCACGUAUUUUCCCCAGACGCAUAUACACUGGUGGUUAAAGAUGCAGAUUUCCUUGCGUGUGCUGGCCAUGUGUUCUGUGUUUCUUGUGUGGCAGUAUCCUUGGAAAACUAGCGGUCCUUGCCUUGGUUACAAUAUGUGGAGCAGCUCUUAAGGCCAUUUCGUGUGUGAACAAGUCAUUGCAGAUCUUUUGCAUUGCUCAGUGCCAGCUCAUACGGGGAAUAAUUUUCCCUAGUAAGUGCGCCUAGGAUUUAUUUAUUUAUACUUCCCCCUCCCAAAACUAUAUAUAAUGUUUUUUGUUUUUCCUUUUAAAUCCAAAGUGCAGAAGGCAGAAAUGCCAAUUAAAACAGCAUUAUAAAAUGCAAUUAAAAAUAACGCAGAUGCUGCCUCCUUCCUCUCCUGGUCCCCCUAGCACAGCAACUGGUGAACGUUCGGUGUAUUGUCAGAUUAUGUCUUCAGCAGAGCAACUUUUUCCUGCAUGAGGCAGAACCAAAGAGGGAGGGUGUGCGCCCUGUGCUGUCCUAGCUCAUCCUCUGCCUUGGGAUUUUGUCUCUUUGCAGCCUCCCUUUGCCAGCUCCUUUCAACCCCAAUUUGCUGAGGACCUCAUCCCUCCCCCCCCCGCCCCAUUUGGUCUCCUGAUCUCUCCUUAAUUGCCGGCUGAAUAUGUCUAUUCAAGAAGCGGCAAUGUCACGCUGAUUGAGACUAUUCAGGAGCGGCUGCACAGAAGCUGGUUCCAUUGCAUUUGGGGAAGGCUGACGGAGGUCACAAUUACUGACAGCCUAUUUCAGAACAUACUCCUCGCUGCUGCCACUGAAAUAUUACCAGCAGGAAAACACAGAGCUUUUAAAUUGUCUUUGGCCGAGAGAUCCGUGCAUCUCCCAGGGAUGGAGAGUGGAGAUGGACUGCUCCAGAGGGAAACAGUUCAGUGCUGCCCAUGCUUUCCCUCUUCUCACUCAGAUCAUUAACGUUGCAUCCAUCACUGCAAAAGAAUCGGUGGGCCUCCAGUGAACAGAAUCAUUCCAUAGUAAACAAUGUCUGGAGUACUGGACCUGGACCCUGGAAGAGAGAACUGCCAGUCUCUGUUUAGAGAUGAUUCACCCUGGACAUGGCCAGCUGGUGUCAAGGCAGGCCGUGCUCCCUAAAUGCUGAGGGGGGCACACAAGGGAGCUGUGUUUAGCUGUGUCUUUCCAGGGAUGGGAAUGAAAUUAAUCUGGCUAUUAUUUAUUUGCUUGGAGGGGAGAAUUCUCUGGUGCUUGGGCCCUGCUUGAUGGUUUCCCGCACGCAAGUUGGUGGCCACCGUGAGAACAGGAUUCUGGAGUAGGUGGGCCACUGGCCUGAUCCAGCAGGUUCUCCUUAUAUUUUCAGUGUUUUAUAUUAUUAAACACACUGUUUCAUUACAUGAAUGGUACGAAUCCAAAUCACAUUUAGCAAUAAGCUAGUAGCCAAGAUUGCGUGUCCAUUUGGACUCACAAUCCUUUAAAAAUGGCCUGCUUGGGACUCCACUCAACUGGAUAGGUGGAAUUGAAACCAGCCAUUUUGGUGAGGUGGAAAUGGGCUGCCGCGACUACUUCUUCCUUCCUGGGUUUGUUGACAUGAGAGAUCCCACCCAGUCAGGGAUCACACAAUAAAUGGGACAAUGUCAGAGUGCUGCAUAGCCAAUCAGAUUUGGCUUCAUGAUGGCAAAUAACUGAGGGACAAUGUAACUGAAUGAAACAAAGUUUGCGUAUGGAGUGCGUUUUGUUGCCACUACCCAGAUUAGGGACUUUUCCCCAGCUCCAUCCUUGUCUCCUCUUGCAGCUGUAGCCUUAGCAUUGGACUGUCCUGAUCCUGUACUUCCUAUGCUUCUUGGUGAAGGUUGCUUGUCUUCUUUGCUAAGCGGAGGAGAGGGAUUGCACUCAUCCAUCACUUUCUGGUGUCGUGCAGGCCACGCGUGCCUCGACAAAGUGUCCUUGCAUCAUGUAUCUUAUCAGCCAAUAGGCUUCCUCUUAAAAAUAGAUCUGACCCCUGUUGCUGGUUGCUCAGGACAACUCCUCCGGAGGAUGGCUGUUCAUUUUGCCUUCCUGGCCCAGGCAUGGUGUGACCAUGGUCGCUCUUACUUUAACUCCGCUCUCCUUGAACAGCUUGGCUCAGAACCGGGAGAGAGAGAGAGAGAUUCAUUGUUAACUCUUCGCAGUACAGAAGGAAGGAGCAAUCUCAAGGAUUAGAGGGAAACAGUGUUUUCAUCUGCAGGGUGAAUCGUCCACUCCAGCAAAGUUGUCAGUGAUGUGCCUUUUUUUUUUUAUUGCUCUUGUUUCGCAUCUUUUAUUUUCUUUUUUGCAUUUUCUUUGAGGAGCACAAAGUGAUGUACAUGGCUCCCCCCCCUUACUUAAUCCUCACAACAGUCCUGUGAUGUAGGUUAGGUUGAGAGGCAGUGACCGGUCACUUGGUGAGCUUCAUGACCAACAGGUAGGGUGUUCUAGUCUGGCACUAACCACAACACCGCACUGGCUCCCCACACCACACUUUUAACCAGGGACUGUUCAGACCAUGGUGCACCUCAAGAUUUAUCUAAAGACCUUCAAGGAUGAACUUUGGAGAGAACUCCCCUAUGAGGACAGAUUGCAAGGUUGGGGACUUCUUGAUUUAGAGAAAAGGCGACUGAGAUGAUAGACAUGAUAGACAUUUAUAAAAAGAUGCCUGGCAUGGAGAAAGUGGAUAAAGGAAAGUUUUUCUCCCUCUCUCAUAACACUAGAAUUAGUGGACAUCCAAUGAAGCUGUUGGAAGUUUCAGGACAGAUAAAAGAAAACCCUCCUUGAAGUUCAUAUUUAAACUGUGGAACUCACUCCUGCAGGAGGCAGUGAUGGCCGCUACCUUAGAUGGUGUUAAAAGAGAAUUGGACAAAUUCUUGGGGGAUAUGGCUACCAAUGGUUAUUAGCCGUGAUGGUAAUGCUCUGCCUUCACGCAGUGCUUCUGAAUAACAGUUACUGGAAGCCACAGGAAGGGAGUUUCUCAUUGUGCUUGGGUCCUGCUUGCAGGCUGCCCUUGGGAGUAUCUGGUUGCCCAAUGUGAUAACAGGAUGGUGGACUAGAUGAGCCAUUGGCCUGACCAAGAAGGCUCUUCUUCUGUUCCCUGUCCAUCGCAGAGUGAUGGCCUGGCUAGGGCUUGAAUGGCGAAUGUUCAGAUCUGCAACUUGGACUGCAUCCAGCCUUAUGAGCUGCUACCCAGGCUGCAGAGGGGAAUCUGGCAUGCAGUGUUGACCCCUGUGAUCUGCAGGCAGAACGAAGCCUCUGGAUUGGCUAAGCCUGCCCUAUUACCAAGCAAAAUGGCAGCAGCAACGGGAUCAGAGUCCUAUGAGGCAGGAAGACUCGUAUGUUUGGCCAUUUUAUACCUCAUAUGGUUCCACAAAAGUGGGGGCACCUGUUUCUCUUCCAAUUAGGUAUGUGGGAAGUGGGGUGGAGAACAACACCCCUAUACCAGCUAGGUACAAGGAUGGCAGCACAGCCUUUGAAGCAGGCUUGCAGGUUCAGAACGCUCCAGCAGGCUAAAAAGGUGACAAGGAAUGAUGUAAAAGGCAGGCGAAACCUUAAGUAUUCGGAUGCGUUCACGUCUCAUUAAACAACCCAUUUAACCGGGGCCUGUAUGGCUGUAAGGGAAAAACGCAGCACAUUACAGUGAUGAAGAAGCUGUGUUUUACAGCAAAGAAGGAACAUAGUCUUCUCUCUGUGGAGGUGGUGUGGGGCGGCGGGAAAUUGCUGUGCGAAAUAAGACACCAACCCCCUCAACUUUUUCUUUAUUUAAUAUCCCAUCUUUUUUUCUCCUGAUGGGCAUAAAUGGUUCUUUCCUUCUCUCUCUUUGUAUCUGCACAACAACCCUGUGAUGCAGGCUAGGCUGAGAAAGGAUCGCUGGCUUGAGGUCACCAAGUGCGUUUCCUGGAGAAGUGGGGGAUUUGGGUUGCUUCCCUCACCCACUCCUGAGUCACAAUUUGACACUCUAAACCACUAGGCCACACUAGGUCUCCAGAGGACAAGUGGAAAUCAAAAGGACUCCCAUUCCUCCAUUGCCUCUUCAGGACCAGAAGGGUUGAGGGUGAGGCCACACGGCCCGUUUCAUAGAAUCAUAGAAUUGUAGAGUUAGAAGGGACCUCAAGCAAGGCUUAUCUAGUCCCCACCCCCCUGAAGUCUCUACUGUCUUCUGGGGGCUGGAGAGAAUGGGAUGCAAUUUAGAGCCCAGCUAGGAAGGCAGGACUCUGAGGGCAGACUCUGGGGCACACACAAUAAUGAUUGGCCUGUCAAGCCACAACACAUUACUUUUCUCCACUCUUUCAAAACGAUGGCACAUUAGAUCUCCAGGGCAAACACAAGCUCUACUUGGUGAAGACCCGUCUGUGUGAUUUCUAAGGAGCUGGCUGUUAACAUCCCCUUGACGUUAAAAUUUGCCGACCAAAACCCAACAGACAACCUUCACCUCCCUGCUGACCAUACCUGAUCUUCUGUCUCUCCUAGGGUCUCCACCUUCCCCUCAGGUGCUGGUUUCCACCCAAGAUUAUUCCCGAGGUCCUGGGGUAAGUAUGUGCUUCAGAGGUUUCCCAUCUGUUCAGUUUAAUGCUGUAAGCUUUCAAUAACAGAGGCUCGCCACUUCCUGAAUUAAAAACUAGAGUACCGAAAGGUUCGCCCUGAAAGACUGGGAAAUUAUCUGCUCUCGGAGGAGCCUACCCUCUAUUUCUGCGUGAGUCACUGUUCUGGGCAUGCCUCCCCACCCAGUGGCAGGUCCAUUUGCCACAUCCCUGCAUCAGGAAUGAUGGAAUGAUACAAUCUCACGUAAUGCUGAGAGCUGCAUAACAGCUAUCCACCACCCGUGGAGUCUGAUUGGAAAGUGGCAGGCUCUGAGUGGUGAGUCAGACAGAGAUGUAGCGAACAACCUUACUUGAAAGUGGGCCUUUCAGAUCCCUAUGAUCUUUUUGCACUGUGGGUGAUCUGAUGAUCUGAUUGUCCCCAGUGCUGAAGAAUUACCUGCUCCAGCAAAGGCUGGGGGGGGGGGUUGAUGCCAACCAGAGCAUUGGUAAGGGUAGGUAAUUCUGCAUUGGGAAGGUUUCUGUGGUUCAGUUGCCAGUGUCUAACAUGGGCCAGAGUGGUGACUCAUGAAGAGAUGUACUUUGGGCUCCUGAGAGGUUUUAGUUUCAUUCAUUUCCUCUGGCAUGUGGCUUGAGAUUUACCAGCUUAAUGUUUUGUUUAGUUUUAACAGUGGAGUUCUAGUUCUUGUCCUUCUCUUUCAUGGAGGGCAUCCCCCCCCCCGGUAAAUUAAGGGGCUUGGACAAUGGCAGAGAAAAGGCAGGGGGGAAAUAAAGGAGCUUAGUGGGUCAACUUGCUAGGAAAAGCCAUUUGGAUUUGAAGGCAGAGGAGAAGGACUGGUGACUUGCUUUGCGACCCCGUCGUUGCUGUCAUUGGAUGAGAAGCUGAUGUUGCAGAAAUCCUGCUUUUAAUGGGAUGCAAGAUAAAAGGGUGGCUUUGAGCUGCCCGCUUCUCUUCCGCUCUCUUUCAUGUUCACACUAGGAAAGCUCCCCCGCUUCACUCGAGCUGCUUACCAGUGCAUUUUUUAGCUUCAUUCUCUUCUCAUGGUGGUCAGUUGAUUUGUAGUGGUUUGAGAGUUGGCCUAUGCCUGGGGAAGCCUGGGUUCCACUCCACGCUCAACCAAGACAAUCCAUCGGUUACCUUGGGUGUCACACACGUGUACCCACUGUCAGACUGAAGUGGUUUAUGUAAAAUUUAGCUGAAUGCCCCAUUCUGUAUUAUGUCUAAGUCAGCUCUUAAUUGGACCGCCAUGCAGCUGCUUGCUUUAGGAAUUCAUCCAUUCCAGGCAUCUCUACGUGCCUAUUCUGGAGAAUAGAAUAAACAGAAUAAACUCUUUUCUUCUCUCCAUCCCUUACCUUGCAUCAGAAGAGCGAGCAGCAGUGAUGCUUCCUACAUAACGCUCAUAUUUUCAUUUCAGCUGUCAAUAUCCCAGCUCUCUGUGCCUCCAGUGAGCUGCUCCUCCAAAACCCCAUCGCAGCCAUCUGGAGGGGCUCUGUCAUCCCAGUCCUCGGAGGCUCUGAGGCAGCUGCAGGAGGUAAAGGUUUGGACAACGCUGUUGCCCCAAGAGCUUGCAAAGACUCUCAAGGGCCACAUCAACCCUUUCUCCACCAAGCAGCCUCCGGAGCAUCUCCAAAUAUUCCGGGGCAGUCAAUUUUUAUUGUAUAUAGCCAAAGGCCUUUACAAUGGGCGACAGAAAAUAAAAGGAAAACUUUCAUCUAAAAUCAUAGAACGUAACCUGUAGCAGUUUACAGCAUAAAAAGAAAUUUACAACAUUAAGAUUUAAGAUUGGAGUGCAUUCACAUAGCUGGAACAGAGCUUCUUGGCUGCCAGCACAAAUUUGGCUAUCUGGUGGGUAAUGUACAGAUGUUUAUCUGCUAGGAGUUCAGCUGUCACUUCCUGUGAGGAUCGACCUGGAAGCCAAUUAAGAAUUGGCGAUAUAAAUUUUCCUUUGGGCGUUGUAUACAGGGGGCAAAUCAGCAGGUAGUGUGUGAUGUCUUCUACCUGAUUGCGAUCCAUAUGGGGAAUUCCCCGAUAUCUCCCUUCUAAAUAUGCUGAGGGCAUCUGUUGGAAUCUUAGUUCUACAGAGGCCCUGUGUAGUUGUGGGAAGGUCAGAGUUUCAAGGUAAUGGGGCCUUGAGUGAUUGGUCUUAAUUUGGGGGUGCCAAGUAGAGUAAUAGGCGGCAAUGAUGGAUGCUCUGUCUUGGUUGGCAUCCUGAUCAAAAAUCCAAUUUCUAAGGUCACGUGGGCUAAGGGCUAAGUAGUUCUCGAUUUGAAGCCUAUAAGCCCUAAGCUUAUCUUGGCACUUUUGUGCCCAGCCCCCUGUUCUUAGUUGAUCUAACCAGCAAGCUUAGUAAGAGUAUAAUCCUCAAAGGCAUUGAGCCUGCGCAGUAUCUCAGGUAGGCUAGAUCAAUUCUGGCUGCUAGCAAAGAGAGGCCCAACUCAGCUCUGAGGGCUCCCGUAUUCUGGGGCAUGUUAUUGUGCUUGCACACUCAUCGCGGUCCUAAUCUGUUGCGCCUCCCCAUCACCCUGUGGGAACUGACAGCGCAUCCUGAACAUCCAAUUCGCGCUGGCUCUGCCAUUGAGCAAGGUGAGGCAGAUUUUGAGGGGCAGGGAGUGGACAGAGCUACAGAGCCUCUCUUGUGCACGCUAAGCUAGCUUGCUGCCCUUUGAUGCAGUGGAGGACAGUGUCUUUCGCUGCCAGUGUUGAAAUAAGACCCAGUCAUUGGUCUUUGCUGGCUUCUGUAUUUGGAAUGAGCGGGGGUGGGGGUGGAGCACUGCCUUGCCCUUCAUCUCAGAGCUGGCCUUGUAUCCAGUACCUUUCAGGCCCUGCUUGUGGGAUAUCCAAAGGCACCUUGUGUUACUUUGGAAGGUGGUGGACUCUCCUUCAUUGGAGGUUAGGUGGCCAUCUGUCAGGGCUUCUUAGCUGUCAUUCCUGCUUUGCUGGGGUGAACUGUUUGACCUUUGGGUGCAUUCCAACUCUACAGUUAUAUGAUACCUUGCUUUGUUCUGUCUGCACACAGCCCUCUCUGCAUCCAGCCACAGGCAUGUGUCAGCCAGCUUGCCUGUUUUGGAUGAACAUCCCUUUCCUUUUCCCCUUUGCAAGCAGGAUAACCCCCGUGGAGCCAUCACCCACUUGGAGUCCAACCUCAGCUACAGCUCGCUGGCCCAGGAAUCCCCCACCGCAGAUCAGCUCCAGGAGCUGCCCUUCACACCAGUGCACAUGCCCAUCAUGGCCCUGGGGCCGCACUCAGAAAGGUGAGGUUGUGCAGGGAGGAGGCGGGGCCUAGUCACUUGUCGGUUGGCCCUGACACAGCAGACAGGAUUGUGGGGUGUGGCUGAUGGACAUGGAGAGGAGGACUGAGAGCCCCCAUUUCUGCUGUUGAGGAAGUGCUGCUGAAGACAGCACAGCCUCAUUGGCAGUAAUAAGAAAAAGCAAGGGCUCGUUCGUUUGGGUGGGGAGGAAGCCAGAGAAGAUUUCAAGGGGUGAUGAGGAAGCCUCCUCCACCUCCCCUUUCAUGUAAGCCAGGGAUGGGAAGCAUUCUGUGGCCCCCCAGGUGUCACUGGACCCACAUAACCUUGACUCCCAUCUUGAGGGCAGUGGCCUUGAUCCAGCAAGGCUUUUUAAGGAGCCAGAUGGGAGUAGAAUCCCGCUUCCCUGCUCUCUGCAGAAACACAAGUGCUGGGCAUCUCCCCAAAGCUUUUGGCCACUGGACACCUAGAUAUUUGCACCCUUGCUCUUAAGGCCAGUUGAUUUCCCCAGAUAUGUGCUAGAGGGGGAAACGCUUAGGCUGAGAGUCUGUUGGCUUCCCCCAGACUCAGCUGCCUGCCUCUGCUUCAGUCCUAGCACUGGCCUUACGCGGGCCGCUCUCGCCCGCUUGCGUGCAUCAGGAUUCCCUCAGCUCCUGGACUGCAACAAGGAGCCUGUCCAAAUUGUGGACCCUGUGGACCCUGUGAACUUCAUCCCACAGCGGGAAGAAGCUGACCUUCUGCAGAACAAUGAAAUCAUCCUGCAGUUUCUUGCAUUUACCAGGUAAAGCCUGUUUCUGGGGUUCAAGACAGGUCUGAGUCUAGAGAUGGGAAGGCCUGGGAAAAAACUGGAAAAAUUGGGUGGGGUGGUGGAAACCCAGGGGGUUUUUCAAUUUUUUCCCCAUAGCUGUUUUUUUUUUCGGGGGGGGGGGGUGAAGUGUGUGGAAUAUACAACUGUAUCAAAAUUGGGGUUUUUUACAAUUUUUCUGGGGAAAAAUCAGCUUUAGAAAAAGCUGGAAAAAACUGCCCCCCCCAUUUUUCCAGUCCUGCCCCCCCCAGGCCUUCCCAUCUCUGUGACUGAAUCAAUGCUUUUGAGGUAGUUUGGGUUUUGUUGUUAUCAGAAAAAAACUUGGAUUUUGCAAUAGUUUUGAGCUGCCUCAAAAAUGGCACUGUUUUCCUUCCGAGCCCUGGACACCUAGCAUUUUGCACAAAAAGCUGUGCUGGAAGCAACAAACAACUGUGUUAUGAUGGUUGCUUUGUUUUUAAGGCUCCAGAGAGCUAUGUAGUUCCUGAACUAGCUGACAGGGAACCCAGCUGAGGGAGGCAGUGCUGCGUCUCUGAGCUCGUCCACAGGGACUAAGCCUUGGAGGAAACACAGGCAUUUCAGAUUCAUUGUUUACAAGUUUUGCAUGACUAUUUGCCAAAUAAUUCCCCUUCAUUAAACAGGGAGAUUUCUUCAGGCAAUGUAUGAAGAUUUGGCCCAGCUCUUACUUGUCCAUAAGGGGGAAAAGAGACAUCCUUAUUUCUCAUUUCUCUUUUCCUCAACCAGUCUCUGCUGAUCUAAUCCAUCCACCGUGAGUGUGUGGAAGUGAUUGGUUAACACAAAGGAAGAAAUAAAAUAAGUAGAAUAGCCUGUAGGGAUACCAGAAGACCCAUUUGAGAGGUUGCUCUGUGUCUUAAACAUGUCUUUUUGCAUUGUACUGAAAACCUUCCUCUAUCAGCAUCAGACUCCUGUAAUGGUAUCAUUCAGAAAUUAAAAAUUGAUCUCGUGUUACCAAAUGUGUCUACCCAGACUUAAGGUCUAUGGACUUGUGGGUUUUUUUAUGCAGGGGGAGGAGGAGGCUGGGGGAUGAGCACCAAGAUUCUCAAGGAUUUAAUUCCAGGUGUUCUAAGGAAUAGCUCCAAUAGCCAGUCCAGACAGGUAGAUCAUGCAAGGUGUGCCAAGGGACACAAGUCUUUGUUAGGUGUGUAGCAGGGAGCAGUUCCAGUGAUGCAGGGAGUUGUCAGAAUGACCAGUCCCCCAGCUGAGGUUGAUUGGAGGCAGACAAGGUCAGAGCUGAGGUCAGAGCAGGCAGUCUCUGCUGUAGGAAGGCAGGUCCUGUCUCUCAAAAACCUUUAGCUUUUCAAAGAAUUAGCUAGCCAUCCUUUGAGAGGUGCCCUUGGCCCGGCCAGUACAUACCCUGGGAAUUGGUGACUCAUGGCAUAGGGAUUUAAAUCAUCAGGAUUUAAUUGUCUUCUGUCCCUUUUGGUUGUUGUUAAACAAGGGCUGCAGAGGACAGGACAGCCUUGGAGACGUGGCCCAAAACCAUCUAUUUCACCUUCCAGUUCUACCGCUUCCCUCCAGUCACAACUCCCCGAUUGCAGCUGGUCAAUGCAGAUACCUCGAAGGCAGCUCCAUUCAUUCCAUCUUCUCACAUCUUGGUGCAAAUCAAGGAAGAUGGGACCCUGAACCUUGGUAAGGCCUGAGGGGAACAGAUGGGCAGAAACUGAUUUCUACCCUCCAGUCCUUCCCCAUGGUUCCCUUAGUCAGCUGCCUUCCCUAGUAUCCCUCCUUAGUCUGUCGCUCUUCCUUAGAUAUGUCUUCCUACCUUUCUUCUCUCUUCCUAUGAGCCAAGAAGCUCCACAAAUGGUAUUUGGAUGCCUUUAGAAUCAGAGCAGCUUAGUUAAACACUGACAAAGACUCUCUCUGAUGUCAUAGCAAUUAGGCCUGCAGUGUGUCAGUAAGGAAUAUCUCUAAACCUUUCCUACAGUCACUUGAACAUCACAGCUAUCACUCGGAUCUCUCUGUUUCUGAAGGGAGGGAGAGAGGCUGCCAUACUAGAGAGUGUGAAUUCCAGGCAGACUUGAAUCCAGCUGUCUCUUCAGUUUGAAAAAUGAGGCCCUCCAAGAAGGAUCAUUCCCAAUUCAGAAUGCAGCACUCAGAGCCGGCUCCGAGCUUGUUGCAGCAUCCCCCAGGGAUGAAGUCUCAAGCUGCGAGUCAGCAAAAUUCUCCUUUCCGCCGUGAGCCUGAUGGAAGUGGAAGCUGAAGGGACACCUGCGAGCGAGGUUAACUCCAGUUUUUAAUAGGUCAAUGACACGUAUAACAACUGACUCCCAAGCACAGAUAGCAAGAAUUAGAAUCUGCUAUGCAGUUGAGCCAUCAUUCCUUCAGAGCAGAAGUGUAGCUAAUAAAGCCCACCAUUUGAGAGGCUUCGCUUCAGAUACUGCCUUGGUGUAUUGUAAAUUCUCCCUUUCCUCCUUUAAAACAGUUUUGGUUUUCAGGUUGGAGAUUAGGCCAUUGACAUAUGUGCAAGCCAAGUUUUACUCCCAUCUCCCAGAUGCCUGUAUUCCCAGUUCACUAAGCACCGUGUUUCUGAUCUUCUUGAAAACAGACAUAGAGGUUGAGUGGGUGUUUGAACUUAAUAGCAUAAGAACAUGGGAAGAGCCUUCUAGACCAGGCCAAAGGAUCUAGUCCAGCAUCCUGUUUCUCACAGUGACGGACCAAGAUGCCCCAGGGGAACCCCACAAGCAGGACCUGAGCACAAGAGCGCUCUCCCCUCUUGUGGCUUCCAGCAACUGGUAUUCAGAAGCAUCACUGCCUCUGACCAUGGAGGUAGAACAUUGUUAGUAGCCAUCAAUAGCCCUCUCCUCCAUGAAUUUGUCUAAUCUUUUUUUUAAAGCCACCCAGAUUAGUGGCCAUCACUGCCUUCUGGAGUCAACAGAUCCUAUGGAGGGAGUUCCAUAGUUUAACUAUCUGCUGAAUGAAGAAGUCUUUUCUUUUAUCUGUCCUGAAUCUUCCACAAGUUCUAGUGUUAUGAGAGACAGAGGAAGACUUCUCUCUCACCAUUCUCUCCAUGCCGUGCAAAGUUUCAUAACCUUUCUUCACAGGGGAGUCGCUCCACUGCUAUGAUCAUUUUGGAUGCUAUUUCUGAUCCUUUUUCAACUCUGCAAUAUUCUUUUUGAGGGGAGGCAACCAGGACUGCAGAGCCUUCCAAUAUUCAGAUAUGAGAAGCCUCAUCUUCAGUCUGUAGCAGUACAGUUAAGACACAGGUUCAGUAUACAUAAUCUGCUCUUUGUAGAACUAGGACGGAGUGUCAGGCACUGGUAAGCAUCAGGGCUGAAAUUUGGCAAUCCAGAAUGCUGACUUGCCAGUUAGCUAAGCAGAUUUUUCUUUAUUUAUUUCGAGUUCUACGCAUCCGAGCAGCCAAGCUUCAGACACCUUGUUUCGCUCUGCAAAGUGCUUUUUGGUCUUAUUAAAGCCUCGUCCCGGGAGAGGCGGUCCUGUUCUAUACCCUGCUGAGUGUCUCUGGUUCAUAAAGCCACCCCUCUCCCCCGUGGAACAGUUAAUGGAAAUUAAAAAGGGGGAAAGACACACAUUAAAUGCUGCUCUGUGCUGGGAUAGGACGCUCCCAGUGUGACUUUAAAAGUUACUUAGCCAGAUCUUUCAUAAUAGCCUUGAUCAUUCUGUUUAUUAAAGUGGAGCCACACAGCAGCAGCAGACCCCUCAUUUGCUGAUGACUUUUGAAAAGGAAGGCCCUCAAGGGUUGGUCCUCUUGUUGGAGCUGAACUGCUCAUCAUCUUCCACUCCUCAGUUGCUCCCUAGAUCCAUUGACAAAUGCCAGUGCUGUUCUAGUCAGGAAGGCACAAGGCCUCGCUGUGAUCCAAUGCCCCUUCCCUUCUCUUCUUUCCCUUUUGAACUCUGUUGCUGAAUUAUGCUGCCACACCCUUCUCUCCUUCUUUUAAAGAUCAUUAGCUGUGAUUCCUGCAUUGUAGGGGUUUGGACUAGAUGAGCCUUAGAGAUCCUUCCAACUCUACAGUUUCUAUGAUUUUAUGUUUCUAUUAUUCUGUAAAGCUUUUUUUGGAAAAAUUAAUGUAGCAUAUAAAGUACAAGCCAACAAGAAACGAAACAUAAUGAAAGUUAGAAAACAUAACGCAGGAGCAGCACAGAGAGCAGAUAACGUAGUGGCUUUCCAACUAAAUAGAGUGCAUUAGCAGGACACCUACUUUGCCUCCCGAAGGUCCCGUCCCCAUUUAAAGCCCCAGAGAACCACUGCCAUUCCAUUUAGACUAGGGAUAGAAAGUUUCAGAUACAGGGGCUGAGAGUAGCCCCAGGAGCCUUUAUAUCUGGCCCUGUCAGGUUGCUGCCAGCGACUCCCGGCUGGUUGCCCAGGAACGUACAAAGACAAGGGAAUGUUUCUUACCGUCCUCUUUUUAUUCAGUAUUUACAGAGAGAGGCUAUAGGACCCAGACUCUUGGAUAAUGGCGUUGUCCCAAGUGAAUCUCCACCCUCCAUCUCUCCCACUCCCUCAUUCAUCAUUCUCAUUGUCUCUCCUACGGGCGUUGCUACGUGCCCUCUGUCUUUGAGCACUUUGCUCUCCUACUUCCAAGGCUUGCUGGGUUCUGGGAGAGGGGGGUCUGCAGUGCAUUCUAAAGACACUGUGUCUGUCAGCUGUUGCCCCCUGGAGCUUCCUCCUCCUCUCCCAUUAUUUCCCAGCUUUUCCCCUCAUCUGCCUCUGAGCUGUGACCUCCCUCAAACCCCUGUUGUAAAUCUAAACCUCCUUCCUCUUCCUUCUCCCUGGGUCAAGCUGAGGAGGUGGUCUCCCCCAUUGCUCCUCUGCCCAGUCCCUGGCAGGCCCUCAGGACAUUCCCUAGUCUCUACACCCCCACCUGCCCAGCUCCACACCCUCCUUGAAUGCUUCUCCUAGAUGGAAUGUGUCCCUGAGCCCACCACCACCCGAGGGAGUUGGUGCCACUGUGGAAUGGCUCAUACCCUCAGCGAGUUUUUUGUUUUGGGCCUUACACACCUGUAACCAGCAACUUUCUCUGCAGGCUCCCCAGGUUUCCAGCUGAAAUAUAUGGUGGAUCCUGGUUUCCUCAAGCCAGGUGAGCAACGGUGGUUUAUCCGUUACCUGGCCGAGCACACUCUGCAAAUAGACGCGUGGGAUGGCGAUUCGUUGCUCCUCGUCGGAUCUGCUGCUGUGAAGCUGAAGGUGGGGAUUUGUUAAGUUGGAACUGACUCUUGGGAGGGACAACCCCCACCCCACCCUGAGCCAAUUCCGUAAAAUUUAAAUACCACUUGAGCGUAACAAAAACAAAAACCUCAAAGCAGUUUACAAAAAGAAUAAGGUUAUCAGUAACGCCCCCCCGCCAGCUAUUUAAAACAUUCACAUAGUAAUUUAAAUCAGCAAUAAGCUAAAGACAGAUUGAAACCCAGCCAGAUGGGCGGGGUACAAUGAAUUAUUAUUAUUAUUAUCAUAAUUCUGCACAGCUGGGUAGCUUUGUUUAAACAAAAAUAGCAGGUCUCUGAGCACAAGUGUUAUAUGUUGACAGGGUCUCACUCAAAGUGGACAUACUGAAAUAUAGAGUAUUUAGAGAUGACUAGACCUUUUAAAUUUUCCACUGAUUCUACUCCCUAUGAAUUAUAUCAGCUGUUGCAAAGCUGGUGUGCUUCAGACGUUUGAGACCACAGCUUCCAUCAGUCUCAGCCUCAUAUGGCCGUGCUGGUUGGGGCUGAUGGGAGUUGUAGUCAAAAACACCUGAUUGGGGACAGCUGACGUAGACAAGGGUGACCUAGAUGGACCAAUGACCUAACUCAGUGUAAGGAUGUGUUUUAUGUUAAGAACAAAAGAGGAGCCAGUCGGAUCAGGCCAUCUUGUCCAGCAUUCUUUUCACACAGUGGCUAACCAGAUCUUGCAAGGAGGAUAUGAGAGCAUCCCCCGCCCCUGCAGUUUUCCGUAUCCGCAAAAUGUUCCUUAUGGUUAUUUGUGGCUAGGAGAUCUCACACACAAAAGAGCAUUGGUGGUUGUUGGCUGCUAAUGACAAUGCAACCCUAUGUUCUCAGGUUUGGACCUAGAUUGAAAAAGUUGGGAUUUGUAGUUCAUCCCCACAAAGGAUUUGUAGUUCAUCCCCACAUCUUAGGCAAAAAUAAGGAGUCCAGUGGGAGUUGUAGUCCAGAACAGCUAGAGGGCACCAGCUUGGGAAAGUUUGGAUUAUGCCUACUGCCUGUCUGGCAGCCAGUCUGAUAACUGAUUUCAGAGGACAACUCAAAAGAGGAUUGGCUUUUUAUUUAUUCAUUUCUUGCAUUUAUAUCACAUUUUUUUCUUCAGAGAGCCCAAGGUGGCAUAUAUGCACCCCCCCCCCCAAUUUUCAUUUAAUCCCCAAACAAUCAUAUGAGGUAGUGACUGUCCCAAGGUCUCCCAGUGAGCUUCAUGGCCGAGUUGGGGAUUUGAACCCUGGUUACCCCGGUCCUGUUCUGACACUUUAACCACUACACCACACUGGCUUCCUGCUGUGUGAGUCCACACUCUCCAACACAUGCACACAUCUGAAUGAUCUGCCAAUCAGACACAGACUUUCCUUGUUCUGCAGCAUUUGCUCCGCCAGGGCCGGACAGCUGUCCAAGUCCACCGUGAGCUGGAGGUUGUCACCAUGGAAUACAAGCAGGACACAACCGUGAUGAGUGGGGAGAUUCUCAAGCACGGGGGUGUGAAGCCCAUUGGAGUCCAUGCUGUUGUGCGAGGGCGUCUCCACCUGAGCCUGGCUAACAUCGGUAAGAGUCUUGUUUGUUCAGGCAUUUCCAUUGGCUUUCCGGGGCAACCUCUUUAGCCUCAGAUUAAAACAGAACUCAGCUGUACCCAGGAUUUCCUUCCCAAGGAGAUCCGCCCAGGUCAAUUUUGUUUAAUCCUGGAGGACAGGGCUCAAAAUAUCAAAAAGUAUUUGCCUAUAAGUGCAGAAACAGGGCCACAUGGGAUCCCAAAGUGACAUGGACCAGAAAUAAUUUGUUCUAUCUCUAGCCCCAGCCAGGGUUCAGAUAAGCAUAGUUCAGCAGUAAAAUCCCAGAGCGGAUCAUCAAACCUCAAAACCUCUCCAGCACCCCCUCUGGCAGAGUAGUUGGUUUUUGUUUUUAUGUAAUAGAGUGCUGACAAAAUCCACCCCCACCAAGCACAGCCUGCCAGGGGUGUUUCUAGGAAAGGACCUCUGCUGUGAUUCUGACUCUGCUGUGCCUGCCCCACCUGGCCCUGUAGCCUAGCACCCCAUCCUACUGAGACACGGGCAUCAGCUCCACAGCUGACGGAAAACAACCGUUUGGGCUGUUUAGGGAGGAUUUCCAGCUCCUCGGAGGGGGAAGGGGAGGAAAGCAGAAGAUUUGCACCUUGCGUUGCGAAAGCUUAUUAUCCCCCCUGUGCCCCGACAACGGUAAUAACAUCGGGUUGUUGCGGCAUGGUGGAAAUACACAGGUCAUUAAUUCUGCUUAGUCUUGUUUACAAGCGGGCAAUCCAAGGCGGCUUUGAAAGGAGACAAUAUGGAAAAGGCGACACUCAAUUAGAUGCCAACAAAACAACAACGCAGGGGAAACGGAGGCGGGGGCGUUGGAAGCUGCACAGAACCGUACCUGGAAGGACGAGGAAUCCGGGCUUAUAAGGGCCUUAGCGCUACAGGCCUCGUAGCAGGUGCUUUAAUUCAUCUGUCUGCAAAAAAAUAAAGGCGGUCUGACUCCAUGUGUUUCCACCCCCCGCAAAAAAAAUCUUAUCUUCAGAAGAAAGAUUAGCUUCCAUUCUACCAUAUCAUAAAUUGACAUUUCAUACUUUGCCUGCAAGUGGGUGAUAAGCUCUUUAGCAAGGAGUGGGGGAGGGACAGGGGCUGCGAUGAUCAAUCCAGAGAUGAAUCAAAGGCCGGGGAAGGAAAUGAUCUAAUGGCGGAGAGAGAUUCAAAAGGGACUUGGCAAGUCCUGGCAAAGGCACAGAGCCCCAUUCCUCCUCUUUGACUCCACAGCUACAUGUUCCUUGAUCCUGCAUUUCAGUCGUCUUGUUGGCUGGUUGUUGUUGGCAUCUAGUCUACCAGUAGCAAGGAGGUACUGGAAAUUUCUGGAAGGAGCAUCAAUCGCCACCCUAGUAGAGACGAAAGUAUGGCAGUUGGCUUUGGCAGGGAAAUUGACUGACAAAUCAAAGCUUGUGAGAGGUUUGAAAGGGAAGGACACAUUUACAAGGGACUGUUAUACCUUUAUGUAUGCCCCUAAAGGGGACACGGAGGAAGCCCCUUCACUCUACAACAUUUUCUGGCUAUUUUAAUGUUUAUAAUUUGUAUAUUUGUUUGAGUGACUGGAAUUGUGUUGGUCCAGGAGACUGACGGCCUCUCAGUAAUCAAUCAUCUCAUCUGGGGAAGGAGGGGGAAGCAGGUUUGUCGGUUCUGUUGUUCUUUGAAGAUCUGCCACAUGAGACGACAAUGACGACGAUGAUAAAAAAAUGUUCUCUGAUCCCGUGCUGUCUGAGAACGACUGAGUUUGGAUGGCUGAGUAAUAGGGACACUUCUUGCUUUGCUGAUUAUGCAGGGACCAGAAUACUUGUGGCCAGGGAAAGAUCGAUUCCUUUGCAAGGGCCAGGCCAAAUCCUGCUCUUUCCCUCAGAUAGUUGAAAGGCAUGAUGAUUUGACAUUGCUCUCAGCCCCAGCCCUCCUGACCAUCCCCCUCAUCAUCCCAAAUUAGUUCGCGCUUGGUGCCAUUUUUUUGCCCUGCUCAGGACUUUCUAAAUUGCUGCUCUGCAGUUCACAGAUCACCUGUACUUUGAUCUCUUUGAGCUAAACUAGAUGUUACUUUAAUUGGUGCCAAUGGGAGCUUUUUAUGAAGGCUUGGAGCCAGCGUUGCCAUUAAACAAAGUGAGGCAGCUUCCUCGGGCAGCAGGUGGUGGGUGGUGGCAGCACCCCCACAACAAUCCCUCCUGAGCCCCCUCUCUUGGAGGGCAGAGCUGUGCCCUUCACCUGUGCAGAUCAUGUGCUCUGACCACUGAGCAAUGGUCCCCCUGCUAAAAUUAAGUAAAUACUUCACCAUGGCAACUAUGGGGACUGUAGAAAUUGUGACUUCAAAGAAGGACCUUCCUGCAUCUGGAAGGAACAGAUCAAGAAGGAACUGCUUGAAGGAGCCAGGAAGUGUAAGCUUCCUUCAGAGGAUCCAAGGGAUGAAGGCGCUCACUUGCUCCCGUUUCAGAGGAUCCUGGCUUCCGUUGCGCACUGCAAAAUCAAAGACCCUCUUAUACAGAAAGAGCCUUAAGGUGCCUCCUUUGAUAACUCUCUUUUUCUGAACGGGCUGUGGGUUUAGAUGGGAGAGAGGGGCUUUUUUAUUUUUUAAAAAAGAGAGUUUUGGCUGGCAGGUUGAGUCAGAGAUCAAAGGAGCUGUCGGACUUGCAAAGAGACUGGAUAAGCUUGCCAUUAUGCAUCAAGGUGUUUAUUUCCGAAAGUCAAAGGAGAUCCCACUGAGUUCCCCUUCGGUGUCAGAAAGGUAUAAAAUAAGAUAAGGCAAUUGCCAUGAGGGGGAAGGAAUUGAUUCUUUGAGGGGGUGCUUUUGGGGCUUAGAAUUGCUCUGGUGCCUCUGCAGAUGGUUCCUGUUAGGCUCCUUUCUGGAAAGAAACCCAAGCUUUCUCAGUCACCUUCAUUAUUAACAUUGCUCCGGGGAAGGUAGACUUUGUUUUCUGUAGCGUACUUGUUCUGGUGCUUCUUGUAAAAAAAACCUAAAAAAACUCCCAUUAAUAAAACCCCAAAAAGCAAACCUAGCUUGAGGCUUUGAAAGAUCUGAGAAAAAGAGGAGGAGGGUAGGAGGGUAGAGAGAAAGCUCUUCAACAAGCCAAAGGCACGUUCUGAAUACUAUAUCUUAAGACUGGAAUUAGCCACUUCGAAAUGCACAUGCGUCUCCGGAUAUGCUUUGGAAACAUGGAAACAUAAGUCUAUAAGAAGAACCUGCUAGAACAGGCCAACAUCUUGUUCUCACAGUGACCAAACAUUGCCUGUGGGAAACCUGCAAACAGGACCCGUGCACAAGAGCCCUCUCUCCUCCUGUGGUUUCCAGCAACUGGUAUUCAGAAGCAUUAUUGCCUCCAACUGUAGGCAGAGUGUAGCCAUCAUGGCUAGUAGCCAAUGAUAGCCUUGUCCUCCAUGAAUUUGUCCAGUCCUCCUUUAAAGCCAUCCGGGUUGGUGGCCAUUACUGCCUCCUGCAGGAGGGACUUUCAUAUUUUUAACUGUGCGCUGUGUGAAGGAUGUUCUGUUAUUUGCCCUAGAUAUUACAAGCUUCAGCGUCAAUGGGUGUCCAUGUCUCAUGAAGAAGAGAGAAAAACUUAUGUCUAAUUACUUACAACAUGCAUAAUUUUAUAAACUUCUAUCAUGCACCACUUACCUUUUCUCUAAACUAAAAAGUCCCAAACACCUUUCCUUAUUUUUAUUUUCUUGGUUGCCCUUUUUUGAACCUUUUUCAACUCUACAAUAUCCUUUUGAGGUGGGGUGAGCGGAACAGUACACAGUAUUCCAAAUGUGGUUGCACCAUAGAUUUCUAUAAUGGCUUUAUGAUAGCCGUAGCUUUGUUUUCAAUUCCUUUUCUAAUGAGCCUUUGCCUGGAAUUUGCCCUUUUCACAGUCGCUGUAUGCUGGGUCAAGAUCUUCGAGUUCUCUAGUAUGACCCCAAGGUCUCAUUCCUAGCCUUUCAUCACCAGUUCAGACCCCAUGAGCAUAUAGGUGAAAUUAUUAUUAUUAUUAUUUUAGCCCUGACUGCAUUACUUUGCACUUGUUUACAUGGAAUUGCAUUUGCCAUCUUACCCCCCAUUUAUUCAGUUUAGAGAGGUCCUUUUGGAGCUCUCCCCAAUCCCUUUUUGUUUUAGUGACCCUGAACAAUUUAGUAUCGUCAGUAGACCUUGGCACCUCAUUGCUCGUGCCUAACUCUAGAUCGUUUACGAAUAAGUUAAAAAGCACAGGUCCUAAUAGCGAUCUUUGGGCGACUCCACUUUCAACAUCUCUGCAUCUAGAGAAUCAACCAUUUAUUCCUACUCUCUGCUUUCUGCUGCUUAGCCAAUUUGUGACCUCUUCUCUUAUUCUUUGAGGGCUAAGCUUACUCGGGAGACUUUGUCGAAACCCUUUCAAAGUCCAAGUACACUAUAUCAACUGGAUCACCUCUAUCCAUAUGCUCAGAGAAGGUUCAUGAGACAGGAUUUGCCCUUGCAGAAGCCAUGCUGACUCUGCUUCAGUAAUGCUUGUUCUUCUUCCUACAACUUAACCAGUUUGUAAUCCACUAGAGGAGCUCUCCUGCUGCAUCCAUUACAGGCCAUCCAGGCAAGACUACAUUCCAGGGGAACAUUCAAGCUAUACAAAAACACUUGAGGAGAGUGCAGAGCAGGGACUGUGGGGUGUGUGGCUUGAGGAGGGAGGAGGUCUGUGGAACCCCCUGGGGUUUGAUAGAGAGGUCUGUGUUCAUCCCCUGAGCCUGUGCUCCCUGAGUCUCUGCCUCGUCUUCUUUUGUAGGCCAUCUGUGUGAACAAAGGCAGAGGAAGUCCAUCUCUUUGCCACCUUCUCGCUCUCGGAUCAUCUCUUCCCAUGACGGGAACAGUGGCUUCCAUGGGGGCAGCUUGCUGUCUUCAAAUGAUUACAGCGGUAAGUCGGCUUCUGAUUUUCCUUAUUGGGUUAUGCUGAGGAGGCAGGUGGGAGCAGAAAUGGGGAAGAGGAGAGACCACCGCUUUCUCCUUCCCCAAACAGUGAGUGAUGCACCAUGCAGGUGAAUGCAGGGAGGGGUGGGGUGGACCGCCUGCUAAGGGCUUUGUGGCUUUGUCUUCUUCCUCCCCUUCUUCCCCUCAACGUUUUUGAGUUUAUUUUUUAUUUUUCUAAUAAUUUUUAUUGAUUUCAAGAAAACAAUCGAACAGCUUCUAGUAAACAUACAUAGCAGAAUCUAGUUACAGACACAGGUUAUAGAAUACACAAUCAGACCAGAUAACAGCAAAUGAUUAAAUUACCUUAGAAGAGUCAUUACCAGUUUCGUGUGAUUAUUGAUUAUAGGAUGGAGCGAACUUGUUUUCUAUUGCUCCGAAGGGGAGGACCCGAACCAAUGGAUUUAAAUAGCAAGAAAGGAGAUUCCAACUGAACCUUAAGAAGAGCUUUCUGACAAUACAAGAUUCCUGCAUUGCAGGUGGUUGGAUUAGAUCACCAUUGUGGUCCCUCCCAUCCCUAUGAUUCUAAAAAGAGCUGUUCAGCCGUCAAAUGGACUCCCUCGGAAAGUGGUGGACUCUCCUUCCUUGGAAGCUUUUAAGCGGAGUUUAGCUGGCCACUUGUCAGGGUUCCUUUAGCUUUAAAGAGAUUUGAAUCUCUGGUGUCCAAGGGUUCUGAGAAGGGAUUUGUUUCAACACUUUAUGCUCUGCUUCUAGACUUGCAAUUUUUCUCCCUUGCAUUGCAGGGAGUCAGACUAUAUGACUCUUGGGGGUUGUUUCCAGCUGCAGUUGUAACCCCUCUAAAGUGAGGUGUGGGUGGAGGGCUUGAGAACUUUGAGUCCAUACUAAUAAAGGGGGGGGAAAUAAGACCACACUCCCUCACACUGAUCUUUCUUCGCUUCACCCUUCACCUGUGCUGUGUGAGACGUUCAGACAGGGCUGUCUCCCAGAUGAUAUUGAGCCAUGCCACUUCAGGUAGCAUUUUUCAUGACUUCCCUUGUUGAGCAAUGACCACCCAAGCCACCACCAGUGAAAGCAAGAAAAGAGCUUUGUGCUUAGCUUUCGGAUUCAGGUCACUUUCCAGAAGUAACAAUGCUAAGAGAGUGUCAGGCAAUGGGGUGGACCAGUUCCUGAUGAAAUUGUGUCCGAUAUCCAAGACCAGACCAUUGAGUUUAUUUUGAAAAGGUGAGGGUAGGUGGCCACUCGUUCCCUUAAGGGUAUGUGGAUCUGUUAGCUUGCUGGUACCUCAUGUAUGAAUGUGUGUCCGCUUUGCAAUGGGCUAUGGAGACUGGCUCAGAAAAUGCAAGAUGUUAAAUCUGAAGCGCACAGGGAGGAAGCCUCAGGUGAGGCUGUGCAAACUUGGCACUUAAAGCAGCUCUUCAGUUAAGCUAUGUUUUCUUUCUAGCAAGGGAUUGUGUUCAAGGUGUUCAGUGAAAAGCCAGCUUGACUUGAUUUAUUGUAUUUACCCUGCUUUUCCUGUCUGUGGGCCCUCAAAGCAGCUGCCAGGAUUGAAAACAGUCAUGCAGAAGUACCAAAUCAUCAUUAGAAAACUCCAAAGAGUUGGAUGAAAACCAACCAGCUGCUCUGCACCUGAGCCGCUUUUGAGAAUGGCCAAGCUCACCCUCGUAGUGAGGCUUUGGUUUUUUGUUUUUAAUUCCAGACACUGGCUCUCUUUUAAAGGUGGAUGCUGGAGGGUUGAGUGAUCUGAUCAGAACUUGGUUGGAGGCUUGGCAAGGGCAGCAGACCAAGCCAAGCAGCACCGUUGUUUCAGCUUCUCGUGGGCACAGCCAUUGAAUAUUGGGGGGGGGGAGUUUGGGGGGGAAGGGAAAAUCAGAGGUGUAUUACUGUAGCCAACUGCUGCCACACAGGUAGAGACUACCUGCAAGGGUUCUGGGAAACAGAUUAUUUUACUUGUUUCACUUUACUUUGGACUGCUGUUCCUGCUUGCAUCACUCACCAGCCCCACCUAUCCACCACCCUAUUUCCAACCCCCUCUUUAUAUCUCACCAAAAGCCCUUUCCUCCAUCAGAUUGCCCACUCCCCCAGCUCCUCACAGUUUGCCCAACCUCCCUCCUCCAUAGCUCACCCCCAAACCCCUUGCAAAAACCAUCCCUCAUUGUCCAACAGCUCUCCCAACGCCCCAAACUUUUGUACCCCAGUCGCAACCCGGCCCCUUGCUCUGCUUCAAGUGCACACACAUCCGUCAGUGUGAUGACAUAUGAGUGCAACUGUAGUAAAGAGAGAAAACAUUUAUACGUCUCCUUCCAUCCAUACACACACACACACACACACACACACACACACACACACAUAUAUAUACACACACACAUAUUCAUAUUCCAAGAUGGCCUACAUAUUUUAUUUAAAUAUGCAACAACUGUAGCAGAAUAAAAUAGUGCCCCCGCCACCAAGACCAACAAAGAACAAUUCAAAGAACAAAUGAUAUAGACAAUUAUUUUUGUUAUUUAUUUAUUACGUUUAUAUCACACCUUUUCCUCCAAGGAGCUCAAGGUGGUGUGCACAGUUUUCCUCCUAUUAUCCUCACAACAACCCUGUGAAGUAGAUUAGACUAAGAGGCAGCGACUGGCCCAAGAUCAUCCAGUGAGAUCCAUGGCUGAGUGGGGGAAUUUGAACCUACGUCCUAGUCCAACACUCUAGCCGCUACAUCACACGGGCUCUCUAUAUCUAAUAGCAGAGAAGAUCCCCACAGCUGAAUAUGCCUUAAAGCUGCUUGAAACAGCUUUCCAAACAUGUCAGGGUGGAGUAGAUAUGGUUGUCAACCGGUAGGGAGUUUCUGAGUUACCCAUAGGGAGAACCCGGAACUGCUAGCGACAGUGCCCUGAAAGAUCCACAAGAAAGAUAUUCUGGGUGGGAAGAAUAGUGAACUGGGAGCCUGCCCUAGAAGGGGCUAGUUUCCAAAAAGAGCUCUUGUAACACCUGCAUCUAUCCGGAUGCAACCUCCAGAAGCAAGGGGAAUCCUGUUGCACAUCUUUCUGGAGUCAGCCAGCCUUGGGCAAGCGCCACUUACAAAGGUUGUGUGGCAUUCACCCACCUUAAACAUCCCCUUCCCUCAGAGCAGUCUUGUCCAGAUGUAUCUCCAGGCUUUGUGAUUCAUUUGUUGUUGUUGCCAAGGUUGCCUGAGCUGAUCUGCCGCGACUGGGAGAACAGAAGGUGGACUGAGCAUCCAAUUAAGGGCAUCUAACCUGCAAAUAGGACUUACUAUUUAUAAAGAGAGAGAGAGAUGCAGCCAGACUAAUAGGCAACCUUGUACAGCAGUCCACGUCAGAUGAAGAAUUUCAUUUGGGAACCUGAAUGGUGGAGUUGCCAGGAGACCAGUGGACCUUUCCUUUUGAACUGCCAAUCACUCCAGGCUGUCAUAAAUGCUUUACACAGAGUAAGACCACCAGCCCUUCAUGACCAGCUCUGCCUAUGUAUUAAAACUACUCAGGCCGAGAGAGAGGAGGAGAGGGAUGCGCGCUCGCGCGCGCACACACACACACACACACACACACACAGAGAAACAUUCUCUGGCCUGACACCCUUCAACCAGAGAUUGAAACUAGGGCCUUCUGCACUGGAUCAUGCAGCCCUUUAAUGCAUAACAGUUAUUUACUUACUUUUAUUUUACUGCAUUUAUACCCCACCUUUUUCAAGCUCCUUGCUCAAGGUGCCAUACUUGGCUCUCCGCCUCCUCACAACAACAACCUUGCAAGGUAGUGACUGUCCCGAGGCCACCCAGCGAGCUUCACCAUGGCCGAGCAGGGAUUCGAACCCUGGUCUUCCAGAUCUUAGUAUGACAUUUUAACCGCUAUGCCACACUGGCUCUCAUCGAUUAGCUGUGGUGGUGGAUGAAAGUGCAGCAGGAAGUGGCCAGUUCAGUGUAGACAAUAACUUGGUGGACAAAUGGGGCGACCCAAUAGAAGGCAGCUUGCUAUGCUUUUGAAACUCCAGUUGCAUCUACUGUCAGGGCUGGCCCCAAGACAUUUUGCUUGAGAACUAGAUGCAGCCCUCCAGGUUUUCCUGCCUGGCCCUUAGGACUCCUGCCUGGCCCUUAGGCCUUUCUUAAGGACAUUUUCUUGUCAACUGGAGUCUCUUGUUUGCCUUGGUGGAGAGAUGUGUGUCUAGAGACCUCCGACUCUUGUGUGGCUGAAUGUAGCCAGCUGUACAAGGGCACAAAGAGUCCCAUCUAUUCUUCCUCUCACUUUUGCCUCUAGCCUAGCCCACCGUUCGCAUGUGGCCCACAGAUUCCCCAUGGCCUUUGGACUGAGUAAAGUUCCUCAUCCCUGGUGUAGACUGAGCUAGAUUGCAAAGGUGGUUGCCCUACAGUUCCGUGAUUCUAUGGCUAAUGGUUGCAGCAUAAGACAGCUUCUUACGUUUCUGUGCUUUAAAAGCUCUUUGUUCUCUUUCUGUUUUACCUCUGGUGGUCUUUUUCUCUCUAUAAAAAAAAGCAUAUUACUUUAUUUGCAAAGCUAUUUCCCACCACAAAGGAAAGAAAAGGCCACAUCAAACAAGGAACGGAAGAAUAUGAAAGUGUAGCCAACUGGUGUGUUGAAAAUUGGUCCCCCAAAUGAAAUCAACCCGGGGAGAUAAAGCCGCAAAUUAAUAACUUAAUACUCAACCAUUCAGCAGAGUAACGUGUAGCUAAUUCAUUAACGUUGUCUUCAAAACCAAACUUGAAGCCUUUCAUUUUGAGAUCUAAUGGAAUUUGAAAAGAGGGCAGAGGUAGCCACGGUCUUAAUUGCAUUUUUAUCUUUAUUGCCCAGUAAAAAAAAGAGGGGAGGGGCAGGGAGAAAAGGAAGAAGGAGUAAUUUUUUUUCUUAUUAAGGAAACAGAAAAUGCCACAGGUUUAAAAAGCAGCAUUCAGGCAGGUAUCAAUCGCACUAGCAAUUCCUGUGCAUCAAGACAGAGAAACGAUGUGAUUGGCUUUUGCUUCAUCCCAUCUGCCCAUUUCCAUCAUGACCUCUGUCUGUCUGUCUGUCUGUCUUCCAGCUGGGAACGUGUGCCAGGCACAAAAACUGGCUGAUGUGGACAGUGAGCUGGCGGCCAUGCUCUUCUCGCGCCUGCGCGAAGUCAGCGCCACGUUUCAGCACAGCAGCCGCGAGGCCAGCGUCACCCGGAGGCGGAAGCUGGAGAGGAUGCUGUCGGUCCGGAGGCGGGAGUCCCAAGAGGGCGAUGCUGCGAAGAAAGCCAGCCUCAUCACGGUGAGAGACUGGUUCCCCCAUGGCCGCCUUCUGAGCUGGACCCUUGGCCCAUUUAGCCAAGUACAACUCACUCCCAAGUAAUGGCAUCUCUACAGGUUCUUAGAGCUGAGCCGUCAGGUGGGAGACAGUCAGUGGUCUUCUACCCGCUGUCCGAACACAUUGUCCCAGAGAGAGCCACAGGUGGCAUUGCCCUGUGCGUUGUGUGGAAUAAACAUGUUCCAUACAGUUUCAGAAUUGUCUUUGGUUUUUGUGUUCCGUAGUACUCUUAAGAUGCUGUGUUAGUUUCUCCGGAAGAGCUAUGUCCCAUAGUCUACCCUGCCCACUCAGCCAGUUCUUGAGCCUUUCCUUCCCUCACAGGGACGGCAGGAGGAUCGCAUCCAGCACUCCCGGGACCUCCAGAUCAUCGAGGCCUACCGGGAGCGCAUCAAAGCCGAGAGCAUCGCCAGCAUGCUGAGCCAGGCCAUUACCACCCAUCACACCCUCUACGCCACGUUUGGCACGGCUGAGUUCUUCGAGUUUGCCCUGAAGAACCCGUAUAAUGUCCAGCACACGGUCACCAUAGAGACAGACAACCCAGAGCUCAGGUAGGAGAAGUCCCAGGGCAGCAGUUGGGGGUCAAAGCAGGCAAUGCCCUUCAUUGUGCUUUCUGAGCCCCAGCCAGAUCACUGUGAGAGAAAAAGCGGCUGCAUUCUGAAGGCCAGAAGGAUCACACAAAAACUUCCAGGAGACGGGAGACACACAAUCAUUCAUAAAAAUGCUUGGCAUUAAUAUCCGUUUGUGUAUCUAUGGUGCGUUUCUAGUGUUCAGAUCACCUCACGUGCAUAAGCUCAGUAAUCCUUACAACAUAUUGCUGGGAAUCACAGGUUGGGAGCGCACUCUUGCCCUUGGAUCCUCCUUGCGGGCUUCCCAUUGGGGCAUCUGGUUGGCGCCUGGUAGAGCACGAUGCUGGACCAGAUAUGCUUUUGGCCUAAUCCAGCAGGGGUUCUCCUUAUGUUCUUAUAUUGAUUAUAUCCAUUUUGGGCCAUUGGAACAGGGUCCCUUGAAAAACGCCAGGUGUGCAGUCAGGUCAAGAUUGAUCUUUUCCCCUCUUCCCUCCCUAGCCCUUUUCCCUCGUGUGCUGUUCUUGUUUUGUUUUGUUUUUUUAGGUUGUAAGCCUGUGUUGCCAGGGACUGUCUUAUUUUAAUUGAUCAUAUGUAAGCCACUUCAGAAGCCUUUUUGUCUAAGGAGCAGGGUGCAAAGGCUCUAAAUAAAGAUUAAUUAGUGGGGGGUAGAGGGGAGGUUUAGUUCACACACUGCACACAGAGGCUGUUGCAUCCCCUGUAGGAUCUCUGCCAGUGGGAGCUGCAGUUCUCAAUCUCAGGAAGACAAUUCUGGACACCCACCCUGCCCGGCAAAAGCUUUGCCCCCCCCCGAACCAGUGGGCAGCAUUCAUUUGCCUACAGGCAAUAAUAAAAGGGUUCUAUGCACAGCAGGUGGCGCUGUGGUCUAAACCACAGAGCCUAGGGCUUGUCGAUCAGAAGGUCAGCAGUUUGAAUCCCCAUGAUGGGGUGAACUCCUGUUGCUCAGUCCCUGCUCCUGCCAACCUAGCAGUUCGAAAGCACGUCAAAGUGCAAGUAGGUAAACAGUGUUUCUGUGUGCCGCUCUGGUUUCGCCAGAAGCAGCUUAGUCAUGCUGGCCACAUAACCCGGAAAAACUGUCUGUGGACAAACGCCGGCUCCCUUGGCCAGUAAAGCGAGAUGAGCGCCGCAACCCCAGAGUCGUCCGUGACUGGACUUAACUGUCAGGGGUACCUUUAUGCACAUGAAUGCCACCAACCCCAGUUAGAAGGUAAAUUCUUCAGUUGUGAUUCUUGCAUUGCAGGGGGUUGGACUAGAUGGCCCAUGGGGUCCUUCCCAACUCUACAAUUCUAUGCUCCUGUGAAAUUAAUUCUCCCUCCGUGAUACACGAGGAAAGCUGACACAUGUGCUGCAACAGACACCGGCUCCCAGCCACAGUGUCAAAGGCGGCAAUCCAAAGUUUGAUUUUGAGAUGGCUCACAGGUAACAAAGGGGUUGGAAGUCCCACCUGGAAGUAAAAGCAUUUGGCCUUUGUUUGGUUUGUUUCUCCCUCCAGUGUCAUUGUGGAUGCUAGAGAAUGGAGGCACUUCAAGAAGCUGACCCAAACCACCACCCCUCUGGAGGAGGACAUGUUUCACCUGCAGGACGACCUCACGCCUCAGGUGUACCUGCGCCCCAAGGAGACGGUCCACAUCCCCUUCAAGUACCAGGCCUUCUCCCUGGAGCAUGCUGCCACCAUGCAGGUAGAGAGGCGUUCGUGCUUUGCUUUUUAAAAUACUUCCCAAAUAUUUGCUUUUGAGAAACUUUACACAAGGUGCAGCACCGGAAUCUCAUUUAAGCCUAUAGCAAAAUGAAUUCCACAGCAUAUAAACCAGGAUAAUGGCUCACAGACAUUAGACUCCCAGAAGACAGUGGGAGGAUUUGGGGGGGGGGAGUUAAAAUGGGAAGCACACUCCAACUCCUCUCUUUCAUUCCCAGCAAGGUCCCAUGGAGCUGAUGUUCAGCAAAGGCAAGGAGGACUCCUCAGCCCCCUGGAAGUCCUGUGGCAUACAAACAAAACACAUCAGGGUAAAUCGCACUGAUUGACGAGAGUGAUUGGGCAGCAUCCAGUCAGUCGGCUUGUGGGUGUUCUUCCCUCUUCAGAUUUGGUGGUUCUGUCACUCUCGGUACAUUCCUCAUGCAGGAAGGUUGACGGGGUGGUGGUGGCAGUGGCGGGGGUGGGUCUGUGUGCAAUGACUUGGGGUGGGGGCAGCUCCAGACAUGCUCCCCUCCAACUUACCACCCCUGUGCCUUUCGAUCUCCAAACCUUGCCCAGCUCUGUAAUAAAGAUGCGGCCUGUUUUCCAAAAGGCACUCAAUUUUAUUAUUUCUUUAAAGGUACACAAGGACCUGAUUAGUAUUACAGGUGGUAGUACUGAAAUUACUCGAGGAUUAUUUCUGCUCUCUGCAUUUACGGGAUGUAACAAGGAUAUCAAGCCUAAGGACUUAAUUCCGCAUUUGCUAAUUGCGGCUUAGGCAAACCAUCCCUCAGCAGUUCAAUAAAGAUUCAGCCUGUUUUACGAAAGGCAGCUUUUCCUCCAGGGCGCUCAAGGUGGUGUAUGUGGCUCUCCCUGCCCCCCCUCAUGUAAUCCUUGCAACAAUCCUAUAAGGUAGGGCGGGGUGAGAGGCAGUGACAGGUCCUCACGGUCACCCCCAUUCAUGCUGCCCUGUGGGAACGACAUUAACUUUCUCCCUCUCCCUCCACCCAGGUCUCCUUCACUGCAAGCGGCGGGAAGCUCCUUGCCAUCCUCAGUGUGAACGUGGAAUCCCAGCCCCACGUGGUGGAUCAGACCUUCCGCUUCUAUCACCCGGAGCUCACCUUUCUCAAGAAAUCCAUCCGUUUGCCUCCUUGGCACACCCUUCCAGGUAGCUCUUAGCCAAUUUCGCAGGCAGCCCCACCCCCUGAAAGUGAAGAACGAGAAACGGCACGUUGAAAAUCACUGCCAUUGCCAGGGCCAAGCUGGAUAUACUGGAUGUAUGCAGUGGGAAAGGGUCAUAGCUCAGGGCACCUGCUUUGCAUGCAGAAGGACCCAGUUUCAGUUGGGAUCUCUGGGUAGGGCUGAAGAAGACCCUUGUCUGAAGUCCUGGAGUCUUCAGGACUGCCAGUCAGUGCAGACAAUACUGAGCUAAAUGGCCCCGUGUGAUACAAGGUAGUUUCCUGUACUGAGGUACAGGACAUUAGCUCAGGGGUAGAGCAUAUGCUAGGAAUGCAGAAGGUCACCAGUUCAGCCCUUGAUUUCCUGACUGGGCAGUUGGGUGGUCUUAGCGGUAUAAAUACGUUGCACACAUUGCUGUCAGCAGAUGGGAGGAUUUUGCAUUGUAUGCCGCAGCAGCAAUGGCAGAGAUUAUUUUUAUUCAUGCUGUUUUUGUGGGAAUAAUCAGACCUCACGAUCUAUUUUUGUCCUUGCCAGGUGCCCCAGUGGGUAUGCCGGGUGGAGAACCAGAGAUGUUUGUGCGUUGCAGUGACCCCAACAUUGUUUGUGAAACCAAGAAAAUGGUACUGAAUGCCCCACAAAUCUUUGAAAAUUAUUCCAACCCACCAAAGAUUAGCGAGUUUCCCCCCACCCCCUUUUGCUCCUGCUCCCGAAGUCCCUGUAAAUGUGCUGAAAAUAUUUCUUUCAUAACUUCCAGCACAGCUCUGAGUCUUACACAAGUUAUAAAUUAACUUUUCCAGAUGCAAAAAAGCAGACCCUUCAGGGAAGAGAGUGGUAUGUCAGUGCAUUGUCCCUUGUGUGAUGAAGGUCCCAGGAUCAAUUUCCAGCAUCGCUGGGAAAGGGCUCUCUCUGUAUAACACCCUGGAGAGUUUCUUCCAGGCAGGGUGGACCAGGGUGAGGUUAGCAGUGCAGCCCUCCAGAUGUUGCUGGAUCCCAGUUUCCGUCAGCCCCAGCCAGCCCAGCCAAUAGUCAGGGAUGACAGGAGUCUUACUCUAGCAGCAUCUAAAGGGAUGCGCGUCAACCACCCCUGGUGUAGAUCAGUGGUGGAAGGCAGUCUCCUUUUUUCCAAAACCUGCUCCCUGGUUUUAAUUCAGAAAUUAAUUCAACACUACUGGGUAAGGUCUGGUACGUCACAAUCUGGUCUCGGUCUUCCCACCCAGGGGCCUGGCGAACCUCAGGAUGUCUUUCUGAAAGUCGCAGGGGGCCCAAGUCCACAGAUCAAGAGGUUCUUCCUUUCUAUUUACACGUAAGUAGGAAACCAUGACGGCACUCAGAUUCUGUGCUGGAUCAAAGUUACUAAGGGUGGAGGCUUCCUUCCUUGCUUGCUUGCUUGUAUGUGUGUUGUUGUUUAACAGGUAAGAAGCAAAGCGAUAAAAAAUAAUUUUAAAAGAUCAAAAGGCACCUGCAGCCUAUGUUGCUCUGUCUUCUUAAGGAAACAGACCCUGGAACAUUCAGCCACUCGGAGAAGCCCAGAGCUGAGCACAGAAUUGUGUUUUAUUUGGAUGUUUUCCUUUUGGUUUUUUAACAAGGAAACAAACAAACAAACAAACAAACCAGGAUAGGAUUGUGCCCUUCUAGGCCGUGUGAGCGUUCCCCAGGAACUGGGCGGCUGGUGCUUAAUUUAUAGAACGCACACAUGUGGGUUUGAGGGAGGAUUUUCCUUCUUUCCCGGCUCGCAGUUUUGGAGCAGUCACUUCCCCGAGUAUUUUUCACUCUGACAAGGCUGUGAAGCACCAUCUGUUGCUCCGUUUGUCACUCCAGGGACCCCUGGCUGGCUGCUCCGACACAGAUCUGGCAAUUCUACCUCCAUUCUUUGCAGCGGGUGGAUGUUAGCUGCAUAACAGGGCAGCUGACCCGCCUUUCACUGGUGCUCAGAGGGACUCAAGCCAUCCGGAAGGUGAAAGCGUACACCUCACACCCGCAUGAGCUGACGGUAAGAUCAGACCCCGGGACUCCGUGGGGACUUUACUUUAUUCUGUGGUUGCUCAGAUCUUAAAAGAACAGGAAACCUUCUGUUUCAUUUUCCUCCUCCUUUAUUACGCUUUUCUCCCUCCUGCCUGGAUUAGUCAAACGGUUGAUCCUAGCCAAUCAGGGAUCACAUGAUGCAGCUAAUCAGAUUCGGCUGGGCAAUGUUUUUCCAAGGACAAAUAAAAGCAAUUGAGAAAGAAAGGGUGAUGCACAUUUUCACAAGAAACUGACAAGAAAUCGCACAAGGAGGGUCACACACACACACACACACACACACACACAUUCUGCUGGGAAAUUUGAUUCCGCCUCUGCAAGUGCCUUUGCUUGGAGAUUUUCAUCAAAGGUCCCCACGAGAUGGGCCGUCCGCUAGGAUGCAAGAGCCCGUUAGGAGACCUCAGACAAUUCACAGCUGCAAAGCCUCUUCUGUAAUUGUCUUUUGAUUAAAGCCAUCGUACGGAGGGAUCAGUGGCCCAAAACCCCAGUGGGCAAGUUAUCAGAAUUAAUGAGUCUAUGGAGAAUAAUAAUUUCUUUAGAAUGCAUUUAGUCAUAAUUAUAAAUGUGAAUAAUAAGAGAAACACAAACUCCGCUGCCCUCACAUAAAUUGAAAGGGAGGGGGGCUUGAAAAUUCUGAAGCUACAUGAGUUGAAAGGGAACAGCAAAAGACAAAGGAAACUUGAAGGAAGCUCCAGCUUCACUCAUGGUAUGGAGUCUAAGUGAGAUUCUGCUGAUCAGACCUGGGAUCAGUUCCUAGAUGUGGAUUCUCUGAUGAGCCCUGGUCAAUCCCUCACCCUCAACUUCACCUCUCCAAUCCGUAUACAAGCCCAUACGGUACUCAGUGUGACAUGAGGUUAUAAGAGCAUAAGAGAAGCCUGCUCAGAAGGGUAAUGGGUUGAGAUGUGAGUAAUCUGCAGUUCUCUCCAAACUCAGAAUUUGGCAUUAGGUUCAUGCAUAACUUAGGUGGAUGGUCAAACAGGUGCACACCUGUAUGGGCAGUUGGUCUGUUGAUGGUGCUAUUGGCGAUGUUUGUAUGCCAGAGAAGAUGCUGAGAGAGGCAUGGAGGGACUUGACCGCUGGUGAGUGUGCAGCAGCAAGUAGCAAGCAUCAAGAGCUCAGGGAGCCAAAUCUAGUUCAGAUUGCGCAGCACCUGGGCCAGCUCCCAGUGGAGUUUUCAGAGAAGAUGGGUGUUAUAGGCAGACCUAUUGAGUGCCCAUGUCCUGGCCUUUAGCUGAGAGUGAGAAGGAAUUUAAAGCUGCCAACAAUUUGAAGUCAGGAGUCAAUGUCAGCGGGUUACUGACAUCUGUAAACUCUCUGCUCAGAGCUUAUGAAAGAUUGAGAGUCUUGGCCAACAGGUCUUCGUUUAGGAAGUCUAAACUUCCAGCCUCUGGGGAAGAGUCAAACACAGGAUCCACUCCUUGAGACUGCCCUCAAAGUGGGCCUCGAAAUGUCUCAGGGUGUUCAGGGUCCUCAAGGCAAGCUCCUGCUGACCCUCAUCCAUUGAGACCACCUCCCCUGCCAUCCAGAAGCACAUGCAGCCUGAGCUGUGGUGUAGAAUGGCCUUGUAUUCUCUAGAGAACCUCCUGUGGAGUCAGCUGAUUGUUAUAUCUCUAGAACAGCCUUUCUCAACCUUGGGUCACCAGACGUUGGACUACAACUCCCAUCAUCCCUAGCCAACAGGACCAGUGGUCAGGGAUGAUAGGAGUUGUAGUUCAACAACAUCUGGGGAUUCAAGGUUGAGAAAGGCUACUCUAGAGCAAAGGGGAGGAGGAAGCCAGUGGCAAUUAUACCUUAAGCCAAACAGCCCUCCCUUAAAUGUAAUGAACAUUAAUCACUGCAGCUGGACAGACUGACCAAAGAUGCCUGCUAAAUUGCUGGCAUGAGGCGGAUGUAGCCCCAUUGCCAAGGGAGAACCUUUACGAAAAGAAAAUGCGAGGCCCUUGCCUUUUGCCUUUGCAGGCUCUCAUUUCCAUGUCAGCAGCACACAUUGAAUCAUCGCCUCAUUUGCAUUCCAGGCUUGAAACAGAGGUAGAGUGGAUUAGCUUCCCCCGUGGCUUGAUCAAAGGACACUAGGGUGGUCCCUUUCAGAAGAGCCUCGUUGGUGUCUGUAGCAUUUUGGAUUAACCUCUGAGAAGUCCCUCCUCCUCCUGAUCCUCCGGCAGGGGGCUUUGGCAGCUACUGUUCACAGCAUCACUCAGUCACCUAGAGUCCACAUGGCCUUGAGGUGACUGUCCCCAUUGGGGCACCAUUGUUAAAGGGCCAAAGUAUGGAUGCUGACCCGAGCAGGGAUACAUCCAUCACCUUUCUCAUAGUUCAUUUGUAAGCCACCUUUCCAUAGUUAAGCCCACCCUGUAGCAUCUCUGGAUAUGAUGUAGAGGGAGGGAGGGAGGUGCCCUGUGAGGUGAAGGAGAGGACCAUUGUGCCUUACACCUAAACAGGAUGUUCCCUUCCAAAAUGCUUACCUGGCUUUUGGCAAGCCACCCACACCUUGUAGCUCACAUCUAACAAAGAGGAAGGGAGGAGUCUUUCUUCCUCACUUCCUCUGCGGGGGAGACAUGGAUUUCCCUUCCCAGAAUCCUUUGACAGUGACUUUAAAAUGGAACAGAUUUUAAGUCUUAGCUAGGCCUGAAAUCACUUAUGGUUAGUAAAACCACCCACGGGCUAUUGAACAUAGGCUAGCAAGCAAGCUACGUUCAGAGCGAGUGAUGGAAUGCCUCAAAUCUCUAGGUGACUAUAGACAGACCAGGGGUGGUUCUGCCGUUGACCACAGUCUUUCCUGCUAAAGGUGGAUCUAAGGAUCCAUGCAAUAAGGCUGAUGAAGCAGCCCUGAAAAGGAGUUCUGAGUCCUCAGCAGCUUCACUCCAUGGUUUAGUCAGCAACUACUCCCUGUUUUCCAGAGCAACCUACGUGUGGGCAGAGGUACAGGCGCCGAAGAUUGUGUCAUAUUUUGCAGUAAGCUCCUUUCCCCGUAGGCUCGUUAUGAAGCUGAAUGUUGGAAGAUUCAGGACAAAUAAAACAAAGCCUUUCUUCAUGCAGUGCAUAGUUAAACUACAGAACUCGCUCCCAUGGGAGGCGGUGAUGGCCCUAACUUGGAUGGCUUUAAAAGAGAAUCUAAACAAAUUAAUGGAGAAUAUGGCUAUUGAUGGCAACUGGCCAUGAUACUUCUGCUCUGCCUCUGCAGCUGGAGGGAGCCAUGUUUCUGAACACCAGUUGCUGGAAGCCACAGGAGGGAAGCGGGCUCUCAUGGUCAGAUCCUGCUUGCAUCACUUUGGCCACUGUGAGAACAGGACUAGAUGGGCCACUGGCCUGAUCCAGCAGGCUCUUCUUCUGUGCUUAUGUCUCCUCGUUCUUCCUCUGCUAGGUGGACCCAGAAGGCGUCUUCAUCCUCCCUGCAAAUGGCGUGCAAGAUCUGCACCUCGGCGUGAGGCCUCAGAGUGCUGGCAGCCGGUUUGUCUACCUCAACCUGGUGGAUGUCGAAUACCAUCAGCUUGUUUCUUCCUGGCUGGUGUGCUUAUCCUGCCGGCAGCCUAUUGUCUCCAAGGUAAUCAGACAUUUGCCUUUAAUUCCCGGUUUUACUAAGGGUGAUGCAAGGGGGCCAGAAAGGUCAGGUGGAGGCUGAACAUGAGGGAUCCAGAGUCAGCAAGGACAAGACCUUGCUUCAGGUGGGUUUUCCUUUCAGUCUGAAAGUCAAAAUUCUUCUUACACUCCUGUCUCAGGAGUGCCAUUUAGGGGGGACUCGGGUGGCAAUUUCAAGGCUGCCUCCAUGGUUAUUCUUCAGGAGUUUUCUUGUUUCUGGUCAUUAUUAGGAAUGAUAAAGGUGUGUCCUAAAAGGCAAUGCACUGUUUGUUUCCCCCUCUUGUUGUAAUUUAAAAUCCAGGCUUUUAGCUGCAUAGCUUGUCUCCCAUCACUGAAAUCUGUUCUGUGGGCAGGAAGGAACUUUGGCCUCUGAGCUCUGCCCUUGCCUGUUCAACAGAGGAGCAGUUUGCCAUGCUGCAGUUCAGCCACCCCCAGCUCCCCAGAUUCAGAGACCAUGAAUCGGAGAACACACAAUUCGGUUCAGUUUCAUGUCCACAGCCAUGGUCUCCUUCAGCCCUUCCUCAAAACCCUUUCUUAGAAGCUUUAUAAUUUUGUUUAGCUUCAACCCACUCUGCAGGGAGUGAGGGUAGAUUGGCAGACCUAUAGUUCCUGUAUUUUCCCAACAAAGAGUGCUUCAUAGCGAGGCAUUCCUGAUCGAACCAGGGUUUAGAUUUGUUGGAGUAUAAUGGCCGCCGUGUUGCAUUUUUGGGGUCAAAUAGGGUUGAAGAAGUGAAAGCAAAUCCUGAAACAAGUUUAUUCUAGUUUCAGGGCAUGAGGAGUUUAAGAGGUUGUCUCUCCUAAUGAGGAAUAUAUCUGAGUGUAACCUCCCAGAUACUUUCUCGUCCAGUUCAUCGAACCAUCUAAUGUUUUCUUAGAAGACAGUGGGUAGGGAGGCAGGAUCCCACAAGCCUUAACCUUUUGGCUAUUUAUUCAUUAUUUAAUGUAUUUAUAUCCCACUUCUCUCCCAUACUGGGAUUCAAAGCUGCGUGCAACAUUUAAAAACAUCAUCAUAAAAUACAAUGUAAUACAAAUCGAAAAAUAAUAGUUAAAAUGCAUCAAAACACACUUAGAACCAGCAGCUGAAGUACAGUUUGCAGUGAUCAGCAUUGUCUGCUCCUUAGUUCUCCAAGUCCUGCCUGAACAGGAAGGUCUUGGCUGGCCAGCAGAAGGAUAGCAAAGAGGGAGCCAGGCUAACCUCGCUUGGGAGGGAAUCCCACAGUCUGGGAGCAUCCGCAGAAAAGACUCUCUCUUGUGUCGCCACCAGCAAUGCUUCUGAUGUUGAUGGGACCAAGAGAAGGUGCUCACUGGAGGAGCUUAGCAAACAGGCGGGUUCAUACAGGGAGGUCUUCCAGGUAGCCUGAGCACAAGCAGUAUAAGGCUUUAUUGGUCAUAACCAGUGCUUUGCAUUGUGCCCAGAAAUGGACUAGAAGCCAGUGAAGUUGUUUUUUUAAGAGGGGAGGAACAUGCUCCCUGCAAUGCCCCCAUCAGUAGUUUGGACCAGCUGAAGCAUCCAAAGGUAGCCCCACGUAGAAUCUGUUACAGUAGUCCAACUGGGAUGUAACUAGGGCAUGUGUCACUGUGGCCAGAUCCAGCAUCUGAUUUGCCCCCUCCCCCUUUUCUCCGCUGUCUCAUUAUAACAGCCGUCUCUAGUUUGCUUAUUAGACAUUAAGUCCUCUGGGUAGGAAGUGUGCCAGCCCUGUAGAGCACCUGAUACUCCAAAACUGGAGACAGUAGCAAUUGCCCUGGCACACCUGACAGCGGGCUAGGUGAGAAAGCAUGAGCUAUUCAGCAGCUGCUCAAAAGGCGAAGCUAAGAGCUAACUCAGCAGCAGCUCAAAUGGGAUGCUAAAGUGUGAAAUCGACACAUACACACACCGAGUUUUUUAUAGCUCUGCAGCCUCAAGAUAUGAAGAAAUCCAACUCAGUCGCAGUAGACCCACUGAAACUGAUGGCCUUCGAGUCAUAGAACUGUAGAGUUGGAAGGGACCCCAAGGUUCAUCUAGUGCAACCCUCUGCAAUGCAGGAAUCGAAGCUAAGGAAUCCCUGACAGAUGGCCAUCGAAACUCUGUUUAAAUUGGGGAAGCUCUUAGAUUUCAUUGGGCAUAGAUGUUGGGUGCAACCCAAUAUAUAGACCUCCCCCCCAUCUCCUGUGUAAUUAACAGGAGGCAGGGGCUAUUUGAAGCAGGAAGGAUUAAGGGAGGAAAAGAGUGAAUCACCCUCUCUUAGAGUGUCUCUUCCCCCAAAGCACAUUCCUGUACCCACUAAACUGAAAAAAGGGAAAGAAACUCAGAGGAGAUCCUAAACACAGAGAUCUCUCACAUCAUGGCACUUCAUUCGGCCCUGAUAGUGGUGUUGCAUCAUCCCGCCCAGUGUUGUCUCGGACUCCAGUUUUCCUUUUCUCCCCACCUCCAGGCUUUUGAAAUCGUGCUCCCCCCUGGUGGAGGGAAAGGCUCAAACAAGAGGAUCACCUACGCCAACCCCUAUCCAUCCCGGAGGGUCUAUUUCCUGCACACCAACCGGCCAGACCUUCUACAGUUCAAGGAGGAUUCUUUUGAGGUAGCAUCUUUUUUUAAAAAAAUAAAAUAUUUUUUUAUUGGGAAUUUUGACAUAACAAUUUAUCAAAAAUACAUCAUCCUCAUUCCCCCUCCUGUUUUUUCCCAAACCCCCCCCCCGACUUCCCUCAGUUCCUCUCUCUGGUUUCUCAGCACAUGUUGUUCUCUGCAUGCUAUAAAAUUGUAAAAAUUGAGGUAGCAUCUAAAGAGGAACAGGAUGGUUUGACUUUGCUGAGGCUCCAGGAAAUUCUCCAGGCAGAAAUGCUACCCCGGGCACUGCAAAGUUGGCUCUCAACUGUCUCUGUAAUCUGCAUGUUUGGAUAGAACCAUAGACUUGUAGGGGUGUAAGGGACCCCAAGGGCCAUCUAGUCCAUCCCCCAGUGCAGGAAUCACAGCCAAAGAAUCUCUGAAUGAUGGCCAUCCAAGCUCUGUUUAAAAACCUCCAACAAACUAGAGUUUUGAGCAUAUUGAGGGCAAUCAGCUCUCACAUCCCAAAAUAGUUCUGUAAGGGUUCUCUUCGCAUGUGUGUGCCUCAACUUUCAAUUUUGAUGAGGGUAUGCAGUGUUUCAAAUGCAUGAAACAGCCACCAUAGACCAAAUCCCAGAGGCAAAGCUUCCGUAUUGUCUCAUGUAGCCUCGAGCACCAUCUGAACACCUUCCAGCCAAAAUCCAGCACUAGAAUAAUAGUAAAAAUCCCACACCACCCUUGAGACACAAAAGGUGCUUCACUUUGGCCUGGAAUUGGGCCUUGCCCUUUUCAACAAUUAUACUGAGGGAUCAUCCACGGAAUCACUGCUUACGAAGCAAUUUAUAUGCAGGCAUCUAUUAGCCCUCAACUGACCCUCUGGCUACCGUCCCUGUUGUUUGUCCUUGCAGAUCGGCGGAGGGGAGACGUACACCAUCGGCUUGCGAUUUGCCCCGAGCCAGAGUGCUGGCGAAGAGGAAAUCCUGAUUUAUAUCAAUGAUCAUGAAGACAAGAACGAAGAGACUUUCUGCGUGAAGGUGACCUACCAGUAGUGUUGUAAGGUGUAUGCGUUUGUGUGCCCUUGCCUCGAUUGUUUCCCACUCUCCUGCAAUCCAUCAAACUUCCCUAAAGGGACAGUCCCGCUCCCUUCACGAUCCCCGUCUGCAAACAGCCUUUGCGCCCCUGAAUUGUCGCCGACCACAAGUCUGCAGAGAGAUUACCUCCCCCACUCCACUACCUCAGAGCGGUGGGACACAUGGCCUCCACUUGAGUGUACUUUAGCUUGCAUCCCAUUGAGCCCCUGCUAAGCCUGCGUGAUUGAUUGCCCGAGUGGAUUCCUGGGACGUCAGCACGACCUCCAACCACGCAGCUGAGUCGUGCCUGUUAUACCCCCACCCCCUUUCCUCCUUGCUCCGGAUCGAAAAUUCAUUUCUCUCGCCAUGAAAUGUCACUGGCUGGUAGAAGGCAGCUGAGGCUUUCAGACCUUUAACACGGCAGUGCAAGCUUGUUUGCCAAUUUGUUUGGUUUUGUAACAUUAUUUUUACACAGAGGUUGGGUUUGGGGCGUGUUUGGGUGCUUGUUUGUUUUUUAAUUAAAGAAUCAUAAUCAGAAGAACAUACGUGCCUUCUCAUUCUUGUUGAAUGAAUUAAACUUAAUUAUUUAAAGCCAC